AUGACAAAUGCAGCCAUCACUAGGCUCCGUGUUGUUAAUGAACUUAUUUCACAGCUCACUAAGUUUGUCCAUGAGGCGGCACAACAAGCCCGUUUUCCGAACAACUGGUUUGGAGUUCAUAUCUUCUCACCUAGUCUGCAAAGCUGCCUUCUUAUAAGAACACAAGAAGAGCUCUCCUAGAUAAGGACAAGAGCUCAUCUUGUCCAGCAUUCUGUUCUCGGAUGCCUGUUGGAAGCUCACAGUGGUUGCUUGCUUCUUCUCUGGUGGGCGAUGGUUGAGGACUUCACCUCUGUUCGCCAUCCCCCUGGCAGCUAGGGCCCACAUGUCUUGCCAGCCAUUAGGGAAACUAGCCUGCCAGCAGAAUCAAGGAGUGGGGAUCCCCCACCAAAAUACCAGCUUCAAAUAGGCCAAUCAGAGGCCCCGCUAAAUGGGCAGUGCCUUGCCAGCCGGCCGGUCUAACAGAAGUUCACAAACAGGACCUGAGUACAACAGCAUUCUCCUCAUGGGAUUUUCCUGAAACUGGUAUUCAGAGGCAUACUGUCUCCAUCAAUGGUAGCUUUAAUUUGUAUAAUCUUUCUUUUAAAGCCAUCCAAGUUGGUCGCCAUCAUGACAUCUUGUGGGAGUAAAUCCCAUAUGAGUUGUGUCCUUUAGGAAAAAAAUAGUUCUUCUCCCACACCCAAACUCAGAAAUCCAUUAAACACUUCAACAUACAGUGGUACCUCGGGUUACAUACGCUUCAGGUUACAGACUCUGCUAACCCAGAAAUAGUGCUUCAGGUUAAGAACUUUGCUUCAGGAUGAGAACAGAAAUCGUGCUCCAGCGGCGCGGCAACAGCAGGAGGCCCCAUUAGCUAAAGUGGUGCUUCAGGUUAAGAACAAUUUCAGCUUAAGAAUGAACCUCCGGAACGAAUUGAGUACUUAACCCGAGGUACCACUAUAUAUAUUUUUUUAAUAUUAACCCAAGCCUAUUAUUUAUUUAUUUAUUUAUUUAUUUAUUUAUUUCCCACCCUUCACCCUAAGGUCCCAGGGCAGGUUAAAACGUUAUUAAGAACAGUUUAAAACAACUUAUGGAUAGAGGCUUCCUGUCAUCUGUUGAAGUAAAAGGUUUCUUAUAAGUAUAGUUAAUUCUGUUUACAGUGUAUACCCCGGAGUAUUCACAAACAAUUUGUACAUGUGAAUAUUUGUUUAUUAGGGAUACACAUUGGAUUUGGAUGACUCCUGAGGUGAACUGAGAUGCUCUGGAGCUAUUUUGGGCUUGUCAGAGGCACAGCAAGACCUCUGCAAGACAGCUUGAAUCUUUAGCAGGCAAUCUUUAGACAUGUUUCUUUAAAAUGCUGCAGACAACUGUCUGCUGAAAGCAGAAAUAAUGGCUUUAAGAUUUCCAUAAUGCCAUAACUUUAGAGUGGACUGAUGGGGGGAGAGAGUUGGGAAGAGAGGAGAAGGAACACUUAAUGGUGACCAGUCAUAAGCUUGUAAUCAGGGAGAAAAAAAUCAUAAUUUAUCCUGAAAAUAAAACCUCUUUAGUUCUUCCUCCCCCAAUCAACUUUAUUUCCCCCCCAAAUGCUUUUUAUUGAGAUUUAAGAACACCAACACCGACCAACAAAAACAUCAAAUCUUAUUACAUAUUACAAAUAUCCUACUUUAUGCUCCAUAGAGCCGCUGACUUCCGUCCUUCCCUUCCGCAAGUUUUCUUAUUCCAAUCUAUAAUUCACAGUUUCAUUGGUUAGAAAUUAUUCCGCUCCCCCAAUCAACUUUAAAGUUGGCUAACACAAAGCCCCUCUACUCACCUGUUGUUGUCUUCUUGUUCAGUGGCACCUCUCUCAUGUCUGCAGUUUUCCAACCAUUGCCCACAAAACACUAAAGGAGGAAGCAAUAAUUUAAAACUUCCAUAGAUACUAGUUCAUUAUUGUGAAGGCCUGUCUAAACAGGACAGUUUUCAGAAGAUGCAUGAAAGUAGGCAUGGAUGGUUCCUUGUGGUGUUGUGCACACUCCUAACGUUUAUGUACACGUAUUGCUUCAGAUGUGUAGGGCCCACUGGAUCACCAUUUUGAGCUUUUCUAGCAUGAGGCAAUGGGUAUAUUACACUGCCAGACUGGCUGUCGAAAAAUGCUUGCCUUAUUACAUUAUAAUAACGUGUGUGCAGCAGAAACGGAUGCUCUACUAUACAGUGGUACCUCGGGUUAAGAACUUAAUUCGUUCUGGAGGUCCGUUUUUAACCUGAAACAGUUCUUAACCUGAGGUACCACUUUAGCUAAUGGGACCUCCUGCUGCCGCUGUGCCACCACCGUGCGAUUUCUGUUCUCAUCCUGAGGUAAAGUUCUUAACCCGAGGUACUACUUCCAGGUUAGCAGAGUCUGUAACCUGAAGCGUCUGUAACCCAAGGUACCACUGUACUAACUUGGGACUUUAUAUAUGCACACUCUUUUAUUUGGGAAGUGGUAGGCUGAAAUAAAUAUGGAUACUUUGUGUUGUAAUUUAGAGGAGAAAUUGAUUAUGUCAACUUUGGGUGAUGAAAGUAGUUGAAUGAAGCAUUGUUCAUUUCUGUCCUGAGCAUUUUUAUAUAUAAAAAAACCUGUUCUUUUACACAGUAACAGAGAACGGUAUGUGUGUUGUAAUUUGCCCCUCACAGAGCUACAGUUGCCAGUGCUCUUAACAAACUAUUGUUCCCAGUGUUCUUUUUCCCCGGGGAGGGGGGGCGUGUUUUAAAGGCGCUCUCAGUAUAUGGUGUGUCUGCAGCUUUUGUUCAAUAAGCCAUUGUUGUUGUUGCCUCGAAACAGAGGUGGGAGAAUGUGUGUCUUCCUCUUUCUUUGUCUGUUGACUGUCACACACCUUCAGCUGGGCUGUUUUCACAGUGGGGUUUGUGCUCUCAUUGCAGACGGACGCAGCUUUGAUGUAUGAUGCCGUUCAUGUGGUGUCGGUGGCUGUCCAGCAGUUCCCACAGAUGACUGUCAGUUCGUUGCAGUGUAAUCGGCACAAACCGUGGCGCUUUGGGACGCGCUUCAUGAAUCUCAUUAAAGAGGUACGUCACUAACCAAAUGUGUCUCGUCUUGCCUCCCCCUGUCUUCCCUCUGCAAAAGUUCAGACCUGAAGGUCCUUUGGCUUUGAAAUUCUAGUCAAAUACACCUUUUGCUAACAAUAUGCACUGAAAUGUUUAACGUGGGGAAGAGGUACAAUGAUCCGAAUAAUAAACAAAUAAAAUGAAUCAUUUUGCUAGGCAACAUCCUCUGUUCUGCUGGGUAAAUGAUCAUAACAAUUUAAAAUAUAAGAACUAUGUGCUGUAUUUUUAGGAUGGCCUACACUCCUUUCAUGCCAAAUUUUGUGAAAUCCUUUUCACUAGAUCAGCUAUGUCCAUAGUAUGCUCUCUGCUUUACCAAAGGAUUUGCUAUACUUUAGUGACAUUCACAUUUUAUGAACCUAUUAGUUUCUUCUCAUGUUAUACUUAAUAAGUCUUUUUUAUUUUAAUUGUGUAAAAAGAACAUAUUUGGAUAAUGUAAAGGUAAAUGCUCUUGAUUUCUUAGCAAAUAACAUUGUGGAAUUGUCAGUGUCAGGAUAGACAACAUGGUGCCCUGCAAGUGUUCUUGGACUACAACUCCCAUCAGCCAUAGCCAGCACGGCCAGAAGGUUAGAGAUGAUGGGAGUUAUAGUCCAACAAUCUCUGGGAGACACAUAUUGGCUGCACAUUGCAAAAUAGCAAAGGUGAAACAAAAAUCUGUACCUCCUAAAGAGAAAAUUUAAAAAAAUUAAAUGUCAGCCUUUUAUCAACCUAGCAAGAUGAAUUUUGUGUGUGUGGAAAAGGAAGGCAAUUAAGAAAUUGUAUGUAGAGAUUAAGGAAAAGUUUGUUUAAUUAUCAAAAGAAUGCUGGGAAUCCAAGAAAUAUGCUAAAAAAAAACCUCUGGCCACAAGGAAAAUCAUUUAAACUUAAUGAAUAAUUAAUAUUUCCAUUUUGGCAGACAUUAAUUUAUUCAUUCAUUCCUUCCCUCUCUCUUACUGCUUACAUAUGAAAUUUAUUAUUAUUUUUCUGUUUUCAUAGGCUCACUGGGAAGGCCUCACUGGCAGGAUAACCUUCAACAAAACCAAUGGCUUAAGGACAGAUUUUGACUUAGAUGUAAUUAGCUUGAAGGAGGAAGGCCUUGAAAAGGUACUUAAGAUACUAUUUACUUAUAACUGAUAUAUCAUUUCAAAAUACUACUCUUGUCCAUUUAUACUUAGUGGUAGAAUCAAUUUGAGCUAAGUUUGAACUACAUUGAGUGUGACAGAAUAUUGGACUUAGCUUUAAUAAAGAACAUCACAAAAAUCAUUUACUUCUAUGGGGUUGUAAUGUUCUACUCAGAAUAGAGCCAUUGAAAUGACUAGAUAUGACUAACUUAGCAUCAUUAAUUUCAAUGGGUCUACUCUGAGUAUAACUUAGUUUAAUACAACCGCUAUGACUGAUGCCCAAAUGCAAAGUAUAGCUUUAACAUUUGGUUUAUUCUAAUAAUUGAGUAUGCUUUUUUUGUAGGAUGUUGUUAUUAUUGGUCUGCUUGGUUUGUUUGCUUCCUGGUGCUAUAAUAAAGACUUGGAUCCAAAGUAUUCUGUUACUUUUUUCACUUACCCGAGGAAACCUUUAAUGUGGUUAAUGAGAAUAGGUCUCCUGGUCACCUGGCGAACCUCUUUUGAAACUGACGAGAGUUACAAUAGCAGCAUGUGAUAAAGUAUGAGAAACUUCUGUUCAGAAUUUUAGGGUGAUAUUCAAGAUUAGUGAUACUCAGAGGAGAUCCAUGGAACUCAAUGGGCAUGUAAUGUAAAUUGGAUAUCACCCGUAAAGAUUUAAAAAAACAUCCAUUGGGCACACUGAAAUCUCUGACGAGUCCCUGUAAUAGCUCUUUGUACCUAAGGCAGCAUAUGCCAUAAAUCAAACAACAAGCCAUACUCGUGUGUGUGUGUGUGUGUGUGUGUGCGCGCGCGCCGUGUGUUUGAACAAAGAACCACUUCAAGCAAGAAGAAAUGGGGAUUUGAUCUUAAAAAACAAAGGCACAUGUUUCAUUUAGAAAUGGUGAUGGCCUUUGCCUGGUGUCUUCUCGCCAAUAAUAUGCUAUUUGGAUGACUGUGUGAUUCUUUCACUUUCUACUCAUUCCUGGUGGUAGCUAUUGGCUUAUAUUCUCCAUGUUGUGUAGAAGAAUGAUAGAAUGUGAUCUGUGCUACAUAUUCACAGAUGGUAAGGAGAAGGUGAAAGAGGCCUGCAGGGCAGGGAGUAAGUCCCCCAGACAAGAUGGUCUUCAUGCUAUGUAGCAUGAAGCUUGCUUCUAUACCAGGCUUCCUCAACCUUGGCCCUCCAGAUGUUUUUGGCCUACAACUCCCAUGAUCCCUAGCUAGCAGGACCAGUGGUCAGGGAUGAUGGGAAUUGUCGUCUCAAUAUAUCUGGAGGGCCGAGGUUGAGGGAACCUGCUGUAUACUGUUGUAAUCUAGAAUUAUCUGCUUCCUUGUACUUCUAGUUCCUGCUUUUUCUUUGUGAUAUAUAUGCAUUUAGUUCACUCUACGUUUGUCCAAUACUCUGCCAUUGUUUCUGCCAAUGUCUUUUCCUAGUCUCACCACCCAUGUUCUGGAAUGUUUUUCAUCUAUGAAAUGUUGGAGGCUGUUAAGCUUUGAGCUAGUACAUGGGUUUGAUCGCAGCACAUGUUUUGGCUAGAGGGACUUGUUUUCUAGCUUCCAGUUGAGCACAUAUUAUCAAACCUAUUCAGGUUUUUUUAAAGCAGCUUUAGAAUAAAAACAUUUGUGCCGGGCAAAUUAACUGCAGCAGAUUUGGUGUCAAGGUUAAUCUUACACUUAAACUUUCAUUCAUGGAGAAAUAGCUUUUAGUGGAACAUUAUUAUGCUGCCUUACUGGUUAACAAUAGCGGUGAAUUAGGAUCCAUGGCAUAAUAUGCUGGAGCUCCCCUCACACCUCUCCUGGAACAUCAAGAGAUAAUGUGCUCAGUAGCACACCUGCCAAGCACAUGUAUGUGCUCUUCUGAAAAGACUUCUUAAACCAUUUUAAAAAGUCAAAUAACACAUACUAAUGGAUACCAGUUAAUUAAAGUAAGUGAUUUCUGUUUUUUUAAAAAUCCUCAGACCUUAUGGGCCUAAGCAAAUAAAAUUCAGCACACCCAGUUAUAAAGCAAAGGAAACAUAUUUUAAUUAUACUACUUUGAAACCAUUAGUAUUUCAUUUAUUUAUUACCAACAGUAGCCCUCUCCUAGCAUUCUGUAACAGUGUAUAAUAAACAGCAGGGAUGAGUAUGCUAGCUCUGCUCAUUUGUUCACCCUGCUGAAGUUAAGUGAAAAGUUAAACAUUUCCAUUUUCAAUUACAAAUUAAAAAGAGAAUAACUAGUUAUAAAUGAAGUUGAUUUGUGAAAAUUUAUAAAUCUUGCUGAAUUUUCAUUUUCAAUUGCAAUGGGCAAGUUUGCCAUAAACCCACAAAGGUACUGUACUCUGUUUACUGAGACCUUGCCCUGCUUUGCUUAAAAACAGUUAAAUUUGUCAUACAGUUUUCAGAAUAAUGAUUUGCCAAACCUGUGUUAGAUCAAGAACCAUAGCACUACUUUCAAAAUGUCCAGAAUUCGGAAAUAAUUUUUAUCACAAAAUCCCAAUGGCAUAAAUCCCUUGAUAGGCUUAUAACUGUUUACAUUAAGGAUAUCUUAUUUACUCUUACUUAAUCUUCUGGGGCCUGUACAUUUUUUAUCAGCAUAUAUGACUGCCACUCUUACUGGGAUCAGUGUCUUUCUUUCUUUGUGCUUGUUCCCUUUCCUGUAGCCCAUAGCUGUCAAGUGUCCCUUAUUUGAAGGGACAGUCCCUUAUUCCAGCUCCAUGUCCCGCUGCUGUCCCUUAUUGAUGGAUGUCCCUUAAAUGUCCCUUAAAUGAUGUCCCUUAAAUUUCAAAGGAAGCAGCUCCUCUCCCUCCCUCCCUGCCGGCCAGGGAGGUGGGAUGCUCCAACUGUGUUGCUUGGCUGUGUUGCUCACCCAAUAGGAAGUCUAAGAACGACUGGGGGAUGGAGCUUGCAUGCCUUGUGUGUGGCUAGUUAAUGCAAGCUGAGGGGGGGUUUUGAAUGCUGGACGCCAUUUUGUUGCACGUGCUGCUGCAAACUUUGCAGUGCAAAGCCAUGCCAGGGAGCCAUCUUAAAUUGAGGCUGCAUAGGCCUUGUAGUGCAUGUGAUUCAGAUUCUAUUCAUUUGAACCUCUGGUUACAAAGUUGGUUGGACAGUGUUCUCAAAGCUACCCAGCAUGAGUUUGACCAGACUGCAGGAGGACAGGAAGACUGGAGUGCCUGGAACAGGUGAGGCUGCAGGUCCCUUAUUUUGGCUGCUGGUCCCUUAUUUUCAAGGUUGCUGGUCCCUUAUUUUCAAAUCUGUAAGUUGAUAGCUAUGCCGUAGCCAGCUUGGCUGCCCUGUCAAUGCCAAUGUGAACUGAGAAACUCUGGGAACUGCAGUUCUUAAGUGACAAUGUUUCAUAGGAAGACAUGCUGCUCUCUGUCCCUCAAACAAGAAGUCCUAAAGCACCCCUCUCCAAUCUGGUGCUGGCCAGAUGUUGUUGGAUAGCAACUUUGAUCAGCUCCAGCUAGCAUUGCUAAUGGGCAGGGGUAAUGGGAAUUUGAUUCCCAACAUCUGGAGCACUCCAGGUUAGCAAAGGCUGUCCUAGAGCAUCAACAAACAAUUAUUGUUGCUCCGUGCAGAAUUCUAGAGGUGAGCUGUAUUAGAAAACCCUGUGGAAGCCAGAUUUCAAAAAUUAAAGACUGACAGUUGAAAAUUUUCACUAGUUAAAAUACUAAAAGCUAGCAAUUUCUUUUAACUUGUUAUCUAGUUAAUUCCUGGUGCGGAUCAGAUGUGGCAGCCAGGAAUCUAUCUAUGCUUGGAACAAUCCAUCGUUGUAACAUGACAGAGAGGUAUAGGAGUUCCUACUUGAAAAAAAACUUCCUUGAAUUUGGGAAAUGGCCAUGAUGUUUCCACUGACCUCUGAAAAUGUUAACUGUGCUUGUAGAAUGCAACAUGUAUUUGCUAUAUAACAAUGGAAAUUUCAUAGUAUUGGAAGAGAAAAGGACGGAUCCAUUUAAAGCAGAGGAAAGCAGGUGCAUUGUAAAUAUACGUUCAGUGAGCUAUCAGUCUGCAGAUGUGUACUUUUCUUGGAGGAUAGAUGUUUGGGUGGAAAAUUAAGCACUCAAUACUCUGAACACCAUUUUUUACUUUGUGAGACACAUUUUGAAGCACAGUGAAUAAUAUUUUAAGCAAGCUGCUUUUUCACAAAUGGUAGCAGAUAUUGGACCAGAGGUGAAUUAUAAGUGUUAGCAGAUUUCACUUUUAUCUUAUAUUGUUCUGUCCUAGUGGCCUGAAAAGAACUCAUAUAAGUGCACAUGCUGUUUUAUAGAUUGGAACUUGGGAUCCUGCAAGUGGACUUAACAUGACCGAGAACCAGAAAGGAAAACCAGCAAACAUUACUGAUUCCUUAUCUAAUCGUUCCCUAACUGUAACCACCAUCUUGGUAAGUAAUCAUAUGUGCAAUUGUUUUCUAGAAAUUCAGCUGAACGUUAAAACUGUGAAGAAAAGUCAUAUUACUUACAAAGCAAUGACCAGUAUGCAAAUGUCUUUUACAUUUAUUUGGCAAUUACUGUAUAAUGAAUGAUCUGAAAUGUUAAUUUAGUUAUGGGAUUUUUAUGAUAAUGGCAAUUCAUUUUAAGUGCUAUGAUCUCAGCUGACUAAUCAUUUAGCGUUCUUAUGGUUCCUUAACAUUUUAAAGUUUAGACAAAAGCUACCAUUGUCGGUUUGGAGAAAGUAAUAUAUACAUUGUGUGUGUGUGUGUGUGUGUGUGUGUGUGUGUGUGAGAGAGAGAGAGAGAGAGAGAGAGAGAGAGAGAGAGAGAGAAUGCAUGGUUUAGACUGAACUUAAAAUCAAUUCAUCACCAGGAUAUUCUUUCCAAAAGCAAUAGUGAGACUUUUCAGCAUCAUCCUAUAUAACCUGUAUGAUUAAUUUCCCCCCCAUAUGUGCUCUUUUCCAUUGUGGGGAAAAUGCCCAUUACUCCUGUCAGGGAACUGACAUCGGAGCCUGAGGCGGAGGGAAGGCUCUCAAAUGAUGCUAGAGAAGGGCCAAGCAGGGAGAGAGGCAGUUCAGCAGAGGGGGAAGCAAAUCAACGUUACACCAGGGAUAAAGGGGGGCAGAUGGGGGAAUCGGCGAGAGGGCUCCAGGACUCUUCACUGGACACCAGUGGGGAGAGCACGGGUCCUCCGCCUCCCACGCCCUCCCUGCGCAGAAGACUUCAACGCAGGGAGAGUAGGAGGAGAUUGGGCAUCAAACAACUUUUAUGUUGGAAGAGGUUUAAGAAACGCCCACUGACGGAUUCUGCUAGCGACUGAGGCAGCCACGAAUUGAAGGGCUGUCCAGACAGAAAGGUUUAACAAGGCAACAUAGCCAGGAGAGGCGGCAACUUACGCACGAGCAACCCCAUACUCAUUAUAACUCCCUUAAAAAAAAAGAAGAAUGCUGAACUCCCCCCAUUUUAGCUCUCAUUUUAAUCAAAUAAUAAUAAUAAUAAUAAUAAACAGUAAGCUUGUAUCAGUAAAGCUUCUUAGUCCUGAUACUUUUAAUUGCCCUCAGGGCAGGGAUAAAGUAAUGCAAUAUGUCUAUUUGAGAACAGAAGGUUUAAUUAUCAGCAUGAAAUAUCUUAGACAUGUCUCUUGCAUCUCAAUACUUUGCUAGAUUAGCUUUUCCAGCACAAUCCUUAAAAAAAGAAAUACUACAGUAGGAGCAUAAGACAGAGUCCAGCCCACUUUGGCAGAUAAAUAGGGAACCACAAAAGGCUCUUCAGCAUCAUAAAUCAUGAAGCGUCUGAGGAAGUGAGCUCUGUGCAAAGUUCUUUGCAUUUUGUUGUUGUUUGCUAAAGAGUUUUGGCAGGGUGGAGGCUCAUAUGAUGACAAUGAAGGGAAAACUGUGUGCACGAGAUGGCAUUCUUCUGGCUCUGAAUCAUGGCUUUCAAUUGUUGCUAAACUACUAAUAGCUUCACUUCUAUCAUCUUUGCUGAGCAGCGUAAAAUGGAACACCCCUUCAUUUUUCAUUCUACAGUGCUUUCUAAUUUAGAAAAGCAUUGACAGAGGAGCUCAGUUCUGUAUUCUGACCGCCCAGAAUAAAGCUCUCUAGGAUAACUGGGUUGGGGGGUGGGUAACCUCAAAUCAAAUGUGUUUCAGCUAAUACUCACCGCUUUUCUAGUUAGAUCCUUUUCAGACACCACAGGACCCAUUGCAAAGUAACCAAAAGGGUACAGAGGAUUGCAAGGGUUAUUAUUUUUAUUUCUGCUGUUUCUGCUUUAGCCAGUUUCACUGGGGUACUAUCAAACAAAAAUAUAACCCUUGAAGAGCAGCAUGCUAUAAAUGCAGCCUGCCAACUGGAGAAGUCAAGGAUCAUAUGGAACAUCAUGCAGCUGGCAUUCCAGAUGCAUGCGAAUGAAGAUCAUCAGUAGUGCUCUUUGCUAGGUGCUACAUUGCUGUGGUCUAAACCACUGAGCCUAGGGCUUGCUGAUCGGAAGGUCGCCGGUUCGAAUCCCCACUAUGGGGUGAACUCCCAUUGCUCGGUCCCAGCUCCUGCCAACCUAGCAGUUCAAAAGCACAUCAAAGUGCAAGUAGAUAAAUAGGCACCACUCUGGCGGGAAGGUAAACGGUGUUUCCGUGUGCUGCUCUGGUUCGCCAGAAGCAGAUUAGUCAUGCUGGCCACAUGACUCGGAAGCUUUCUGUGGACAAACGCCGGCUUCCUCGGCCCGUAAAGCGAGAUGAGCGCCGCAACCCCAGAGUUGUCCGCGACUGGACUUAACUGCCAGGGGUCCCUUUACCUUACAUUAUUUACCUCAGCCUGCAGGACUAAUGAGGACACCUCAGCCUGCAGCAUGGCCCCUACUGUGUCGCAUGAGGCCAUUUUCCAUGCCCAACUAUAGUACAUCUGGUUUCAAACGUGAUCUAAAGUAUGGUAAGUGGUAGAAAUGUGGCUGCCAAGGAACAAUCAAGAGCCUUAAAUUGCUCUUGAUUGUUCUUUGGCAAGGGAGGCUUUCUGUCAGCACAGCUCGUUUGAUAGGCUGUGACAGCAAGCCCACUGGCAUUUGCUGCACUACAGAGUUCCUGGUCAGAAACAUGGAUUAGUAGCAUACUGGGAGAACCCCAACUGGAUGCCAUGUCUUGAUCUCGAUGUCCUCUGACUGUAUCAACAAACUAACACCUCCAAGCAUCCACACAUCCUCUAUGCAGCUCUAAAAACAGAGCAAAAAACAACCAACCAAAUAAAGAAUCAGGCUUCCCCUCCACUACACAUAUAAGCCUCAGACCUCCAUCACCUCAAUGCCUUGAUGUCAUCCACACUAACCCUAGAUAGCACUGCUGUGGUAACAUCCACAAUAGAAAAGGAAUGAGUUCUAUACCAGGAAGGGUCAACCCCAAUACACCAGAGCCCUCUUCUCAAUAGUCCCUAGUGAGAAGGGCCAAGCAGUUAGGGAUAAUGGGAGUUGUAGUCCAACAAUAUCUAGGAACCCAGGGUUGAGAAAGGUUGCGUCAAGGCAACCAAGGAGCACCUAAACCUCUGGUCAAUCUUUGAAUGACUUCUUGUGUCAUUUCACUUUCAUAAAGUGAAUUAGAGCCCAUGAAAAUGUGUGCUGCAGUAGACUUUUUCAUCUUUAAGUUCCCAUAAGAUUUAUUUUUUUUAACCAUUAAGUAGUUUCUCCUAGUUAUCAACCAAAAUCUGUCUUCAACUGAAAUCUAAAUGUACUCAGAUUAUUUGACCUUUCCAUUUUAUUUGGCUUGCGUUUCAUAUUGCACAUAGUUUUUAUAGUGCACACAUCUCAGUCCUUUCUAAUUUGUCCUACCCUUUAGGUGCCAAUAUCCACACACAGUGUUAGCCAUACUUGGUGAGACUGUUCAUGUUACUGCUUCUAGAUGGAUUUCAUUAAAAGAAGAAGCAGCAGCAGCACAGCCUAACCCUAGAAAAACACAUUUAAGUUGCUUUGAUUUCAGUAAACAUGAGCACACAUCUGUCAUACUGAAAUCAAUGGGACUUAAAAGUGCUUAACCUGCUAAUUGUAGCCACAGUUGUUUAAUUAGACCCAUGGCAAUGAGAGACUAAGUGUGUAUGAGCAGUUCAUCUUGCUUUAGGUCUGCCCCUGGCCUGAGACUCUUGUCAAGUGGCUAGCAGCAUGUCAGAGUAAGACAUUAAAUUGUUUUGACUGACUGUAUGGGUUUUUGGACAACUUUAGGUCUCUAUCUUUCUGAAGUCCAAACUGCUAAAUGUAAAAGCCCUUUGUGUACUCUUCAUAUCUGACAUAAAUGUUAAUUAGAUAUGGCAGCCCUUUUAAAUUCUCAAAGCCAUAGUGAGCAGUAGAUUUCUUUCUCUAAGAUUGUAAUCCUGAUAUCCAUGGCUAACGUAAGGGUAAGUUCUGAACAAACAUGGCUAUAAUUGUGCUUCAAAUAUGACCAUCUUUCUUUUUUUCUUUUUUAACAGUACCACAUUUCCACACUUAAAAUGGAAUAAAAACACUGCAGAAUGUCUGCAAUAAGAAAAUACAGUGAUACCUCGGGUUAAGUACUUAAUUCGUUCCGGGGGUCCGUUCUUAACCUGAAACGCUUCUUAACCUGAAGCACCACUUUAGCUAGUGGGGCCUCCUGCUGCUGCCGUGCCGCCGGAGCACGAUUUCUGUUCUCAUCCUGAAGCAAAGUUCUUAUCCUGAGGUACUAUUUCUGGGUUAGCGGAGUAUGUAACCUGAAGCGUAUGUAACCUGAAGCAUAUGUAACCUGAGGUACCACUGUAUAUUUAGUGAGUCAUGGUCUGUUUAGAAAUUCCAUACUUACUAGAUACUAAUAAUCAAUUUGAUUAUCACAUUAAAAAGAAAGCCUAAAGUAAACCCUAAAUGUGACCAGCUGCUUCACAAGCAGGUUCCAGGUUGAAUGCCCAGCCACUCUAGGUAGAGCUGGGAGAGACCCUUUCUGAAAACCCAAAGAGCCACUAAUGGUCAGUGUGUAGACAGUACUGGGUUAGAUGGACUAAUGGUGUGACAUAGGAACAUGGGAAGCUGCCUUAUACUAAUGAGAGUAAUUUUUACUCCUGAUCAGGGACAUUCAACUGGGAGCCUCCCCAGGUCACUGCUGGAAAAUCCAGUAUGGGGAACAUGUCUCCUGCUUAUUAUAAGAAUUAACCCAGUUACCCAAGUUCAAUGUGAGCAGACAAAGAAAAGGGGCAUGUGAGAGUAAGGUUCCUUGUUGCUUUUAGCCCUGCAGUUAAGAAGUGAAGAGGUGUGGCCAACUACAGAACAGCAGAAGCUGCAAAGCUUUUGUGUUUGAGGUCUCUUGUAUCAAAAGCUCAGCGAACAUCUGUGGUUUGCUUAUGGAAGUUUCUGUCUUUGUUCCACAAAACCAGGAACAACACAGUGCAGAGGCAGGCAGAGAAAAGGAAAUGUAAUUAGUGAAGAUAAACACCAACUUAAAAGUAUCUAUGGGAAAUGUGUGGGUGUAUCUGUGUAUCUAUUUAUAGAUCUCUUACCUUCAGUAUGCAUAAAAUUCAAUCUAUUUGGAUUAUUGGGUAGAGAUGCUACUAUAUUAAUUUGAAGAAACCAGAGAACCUUUGGCUGUAUUAAAACUAUAAUGUAAACAAGAAGUAGGCCAUAAGGAAUCACGCUAGUGUGGCAUGCCAUUGAUCAAGAGUAAUGUGGCUGACAAUAGCAGAGAACAAAUUCUGUUUAGAGUUCACUUUUUUUAAAAAAAAGUUGAUAUGAAAUGAUAAAGAAAACUAUUUACAGAAUGUUAAGUUGAUCAAGUCUUGUGUGCUAUGAUCUUAGUGGAUUCAACUUUUCACACAUGCAGCACGAUUAAUUCUAUAGGAUUAAAACAUCUUCAGGGUUUAAACGUUGAGGUAACCUAUAAAUAGAUAAAGUUGGUUGCUUGGAGCAUUGUCAGCUUUUAAUAUGAAUGAAUGCUUUGGAAGUUAUUCUGAAGUAGGUUCUGUGACUCUAAUGACUUUUUCAAAGAAAUGUGGUCAGACAUAACACUUGCGAGUGAGCUGAUCUGGGAUUGCUUCUGGUCUCUGUGCAACUCCACUGGGAGACAAAGUCAAUAUGAGCUGACAUGACUAGGAGUUCUAAAUAAUUUAUCUUUUCUGAAGUACUGGAGGGUGUUUGUGUAUGAAGCAUUCCUGGCUUGGUAUAUUACCGGCUCUCCACACAUCUCAUCUUUGCCUUAGAGCACCAUGUUUUAUAUUGUAUUGGGCUAUAGGCCAUUUUUCAAGACUCUUGAAAUCUUUGCGUUGGAGCAGGGAUUUUGCUCCCAGUGAAUUCUUCACUUUUUGUCUGUUUGCUUGCUUGCUUCAUGGCUUAUAUUUAUGCAAAAGAGUAAAACUCCAUGAGAUUUAUAGCCAGUGGGGUUUAUAAUUCUGGCAAGGCAAGCAGGAAAAGAAAGGAAUUAGCUAAGUUACAAGAAUAGUUGCAGUUUGGAUCUUGAGCAGUUUGCAAAGUGGGCCCUGUGAAAAAGAGCAACGGCUGGGUGAGUGUGAGACAUGUAACCUGGACCUCCUGGUGAGGCCAGCCUGCUGCUGGUUGUACUGAAUCAAGGUCACAAUCAGGAUACCCAGGCCUAUAAAUAUUGGGCUUUGCAAGUGGGUCUUCAGCAAAACCCAAUGUGUGGCUGUCUGCUGGGAGAAGCUUGCCUAGGUGGGGUGUGCAGGCAGAGCGCAACCCAUGAUCCUGUACAGUGGUACCUCGGGUUACAUACGCUUCAAGUUACAUACGCUUCAGGUUACAGACUCCGCUAACCCAGAAAUAGUACCUCGGGUUAAUAACUUUGCUUCAGGAUGAGAACAGAAAUCGUGCUCCGGCGGCGCGGCGGCAGCAGGAGGCUCCAUUAGCUAAAGUGGUGCUUCAGGUUAAGAACAGUUUCAGGUUAAGAACGGACCUCCGGAACGAAUUAAGUACUUAACACGAGGUACCACUGUACUACAUAGAAGCCCUGCACAGUUGAGUUCUCAUCUGAACCAUCCUCUACACUGCCCUACUUUAUGUAGUAGCAUGUUCAGUUGUUUUGACAUGUAAAAUGGAAAAAUCAACAAAAAUUAUUUAUAAAAACAAAUUUGUUAUGACAUAAUAUAUUUCCUUUGCAUCUAACCUGCUCCUUGAGUAUUGUUUCAUUUCUGCUUUUAGCUAUGGCUAGUUCAAUACCCCUUUGAUUGAAAGGAUACCAGGGUAAUGUACCCAACCCCACAAAAUGAGCCAGUGUCAGAGGAGGAAUUUAAAGUUAAAUCUCCAGAUCGUCUGGUAUGCUUGUUUUUAAAGGUAUAAACUGACAAGGAUAUUCUUGCCAAUCGGCUUAUUGAGGAAGAAAAACUGUGCAGGCAAUAUUCUAUUCAAAGUAUUAUGAAGCUUGGUGGGGGGGUUAACUGUUAGCACCACCUCCUUGCAAACCACAGCUUACUCUCACAGACUUGAGUAGAAGAUAUAUGAUUAAGAACUAUAAGCUGCAGAAAUAAAUGGCAUGAGCAUUCAAUAGUGACCUUCCUUCCCUAUGAGGAACUUCUGCUUGUGUUUUAAUAAUCAUCACAGUAGAAGAUUCUGCUAGGGCUGCCAUACAUCUGGAUUUUCCCGGACAACUUUGGGGUGUGUCUAAAAAAAAGGCUCAACAAUUUUGGGGGUUUGCUAUAUUUUUUGAAAUAUGGCAACCCUAGACUCUGCUGGAUCGUGCCAAAGGCUCAUCUAGUCCAGCAUCCUGUUUUCAUUGUAGCCAAACAAACACACACUUCUAAAGAACAGGAAUGCAAAACAUCCUCACUUCUUUCACAUCUAAAAGGCACACACAAACCCUACGUUUCCAAUCAAACACAAGUACUGAAAGUUGCAGCACACAGAAGCAACUCACCAUUUCUCCUCCCAAUCUCCCUUUCACAUUCAUAUAAAUAUAAAUGAUUAAGUAAAAAAUAGAUAUUAUAGAAAUAUGAUCACACUAUCUGCCUACUGUGGUUCUCUCUUAUUGAAUAUUAAUUUGAAAAAGGAAGCUGCUCAAAGUGGUAGCCACACCCCUUUCCUGGCAGGAUAGGGGAAUGUGCUCUACGGUGUGGCCUUAAGAGAACAGCUGUGAGUAUGCUCGGACUGCUCUUCAAGGAAGAGAAAUGUUCUCAACUGGGCUGGAAAGCUAGCAGCCCUGUUACUUAAUUUUCACAUUUUUUUUCUGCACAGAGACACAGGGGAGAGACCUCUUUACCAUAGGUAUACUUCUAGACUAGAACUGGGGGUGUGUUGCAGACACCUGAUUGUCGAGAGAACAGCAGAUUGACAGAAAUGUUUGCAAAGCUUCUCCGAGUUCAAAUAAAAGUAUAAAAUCUGUGUGGGACAGGAUGGAUGCAUUGGACCUCCUCUUCUUAAAGUGGUUGCCCCAUUAAAAGUUAUUGCUGACCAACAUUUGGAAUCAGGAUUAUAUUCUUCAAUGCCUCGGAACACUGUAUUUAUUGAAAACAGUCCUGGAAAAUCAUCAGAAAUUCUGUAUUUGUUUUACAUUCUCAGUGCUUAUGAAACAAAUUACUAAUGAUCUGCCAAUUGUUGGAUGUGUUUGCCAUUUCAUGCAUUACUUAAUGGACUAAAUAUUUCUCUGGAGAGCUGCAAAUGCAUCAUAAGCUUCUUCUGGAAAUUCAAAGAGAUUAAAAUACUGGGUUGUGUGUGAUCCUCAGUUUAAUUUGUCCAUAGGCUUCUUUUUUCAUAUAAUGAUGAAGCGUAAACUGAUGGUGCAGAGCAGAAAAUUGUGUGCAUGAAAGACAGUGGGAGAACUGAAGGUUUUUUCAGUAUUCUGAAAUAAUUUGAAAAAGCACUGGCAUUCACAGCUUUAAGAAUGUAAGCAACGUUUUAAGGGGGAUCAGUGAUCAUAUUUAAGAUGAUUCUAGGCUCUGUUGUAAUAGAAUAUAGGUACCUGGGAAACUGUCUUAUACCAAGUCAUGUCAGUGUCCAUAUAACAUAGGGCUGUCUACACCAACUGGUAGCGGUUCUCCAGAUUUUCAUAGAGAAGUCGUUCCAGCUCUACCAAGAGAAACCAAAGAUUAAACCUGAAACUUUAUGCAUGCAAAGAAGGGAUCUAACAUUGAGCUAUGGCCCUUCCCCCAAACAUGUGCUCUACCACUGAGCAAUGGCUCUUGCCACGGUAAAUACAGACUAAAAUGUCUUGAGCAUUAUCCAGCAAACUAUACUCAGAUAGUCACAUGACUAAGUUCCUGUAGAAUGGAACUUAGGGAUAAUGGUAAAUUUUUGCAGAAUUGACCCAUUGGCUCCUGCAAUGGUAUUUAUGACGGUGAACCACAAAGGAACCCACUGGCGUGCAUUUUUUCCAAUUAUGGGGUCUUGAAUAACAACAUCAUCACUCAAUUUCAGAGUAAUCAUUGUGUUAAUAUGUUCUCAUCUUGAACCAGUUAAUGCUGAUUGCCAGUGGCAGAGCUUCAUGCUCUGGCACCGGGGGGCAGAGAGCAUGCGGGGGCGGGGCUGGCGCUUCCUACAGGGGCGUGGCAUGUGUCCUGGGGGUGUGGCACUCCCAGCGCGGACAAGGGGGCAGCCGUGAUGCCACCCCACCGGGAUCGCACUGCCAGGGCAGUGCGCUCCCCCCGCACUCGUCCUCCUCAACCAGUGCUGAUUGCCAAACCAUACAACUGGUGUCAAUAACUAAUUGAUGAAAGAAAUCCAUUUUAGCUGAAACUACUACAGCUAUAUCUACUUACUUUAAAAAUGAAUUAUUGUGUGUAUGCAAUGAUAGUAUCCAUAUAACAUGAUCAAAUCAAUCUUUCCAGAUUUAGAAUUAUAUCUUUAAAAUGUAUUAGCAAUUCAUUUGUUCUGAACUGCAGUGACUGAAGGGUCUCCCUCCCUCUCUACAUUCAUUUUUUUCCAGGAAGAGCCAUAUGUGAUGUUCAAGAAGUCUGAUAAACCUUUGUAUGGGAAUGAUAGGUUUGAGGGAUAUUGCAUCGACCUCCUCAGGGAACUAUCAACUUUCCUUGGAUUUACCUAUGAGAUAAGGCUGGUGGAAGAUGGAAAAUACGGAGCCCGGGAUGAUGCCAGCGGACAAUGGAAUGGAAUGGUUCGUGAACUGAUUGAUCAUGUAAGUUGCUACUUAAGAGUUUCAUCAUCACAAAUGACCACAUUUUCAUUUUGUCUCAGUAGAGCUUGUCAGGAGACUUGUGGAAGCUCACCCCAAAUAAAAAGGUGAUAUUUACUAGUACCAAUUGCCACUGAGUUGUUUAGUGAGUAUUAUUUGCUAUUUCAGAUAAAUUAGACAAAGGUAGCAGACUUAUCACCUCUCUCCCUAACCUCCUCUUCCAUCAAGAGUAAGAAUGAUUAAUUGGAAAUAAAGUAAUGUAUAUAAAUGGAAGAAUAUUUGGAAAAUACUAUUCUGGAAUUCACUACUUCGUGUGUAUGUGUGUGUGUGUGUGUGUGUGUGUGUGUGUGUGUGUAGAAUGGGAGUUGUGCAUGUUUGAUCCAAAUGAAACACACACAAACACAAACACACACAUACACCACAAAGAAAACUGCAUUAGACAUCUUCUUUCUGACACGUACAUUCCAAAUUUGAUAACUUUUUGGUACUAGGUAAAGCUCUUUUAAUUUCCCCAGGUAUUUUAGAUCUCACAGUUUUAAGUCUGUCUUAUGUGGUAUUUUUUCUUGCUAUGUUCCUAUUUUUUUGGGGGGAGGGGUUAUUUUAUUUUUCUGCAAGGUGUGCUGAGAAUCAUUGUUUGUAUGAAGAGUGGAAUAGUAAAUGCUGAAAAAAUCUUUUACAUUUCAUACUACAUUUAAGUCUCUCUGGUGUUAAAGUGCAUGAACGCAUAUGGUAUACACAGUGAACCUGUAGAUGGAAGCUCAGGAGCAAUCAAAACCCUCAUUGUGAUACCAGACUUGAUUUUACAUCUCAAAGGAAUCCAUAUAUAACCUUUAAAAUAUGUAGUAUUAUCUUCCAUUAGCAUAUACUGAGAAGAGCCCUGUCUUGUCCGUUUAAAGUAUCAGCUAGGAAGUCUUAGACAGCAAGACAGAAAUAUCAAUGCAUGCUAAAACAGCAGGGUAAUUCAAUGUGAGUCAAAACAGAUAUCAUUACAGGCAAUUGUUUAUAAUUGACUAAGUCAGACAUCCCUUCAUUUUAUAGCUUUUAAAACAUACUCUCUCAGUAGGUGGUGCCAAUUGAAUUUGGUCUCCUGGAAAUGGAGUUUAGUCUCUUUGAAAAUUAUGCAAUUGUCUCUGGCUUCUUUGUGUUUUGUCAAAUUUGCAUUUAUUUUGGCAAACCGCUCAAUAGCAAGACAUCUGAUCAAAGCCACUUGUAAUAAAGCAAGUAUUCUGAGGCCUGCUGCCAUUUAACGCAACAAGAAAGGGAGACUGUUCUGUCAUUCAUGACUGUACUUCUUAGUUGGUAAGAAUGGAGAACCUUGAGUAACUCGGGUGGUGCUGUGGUCUAAAUCAAUGAGCCUCUUGGGCUUGCCGAUCGGAAGGUCAGCAGUUCAAAUCCUUGCAAAGGGGUGAGUUCCCGUUGCUCUGUCCCAGCUCCUGCCAACCUAGCAGUUUGAAAGCACUCCAGUGCAAGUAGAUAAAUAGGUACUACUGCAGCGGGAAGAUAAACAGCAUUUCCAUGCUCUCUGGCACUCGUCAUCGUGUCCAGUUGUGCCAGAAGCAGUUGGCCACAUGACCUAGAAAGCUGUUUGUGGACAAACACUGGCUCCCUCAGCCUGAAAGCGAGAUGAGUGCCGCAAUCCCAUAGUCACCUUUGACUGGACUUAACCGUCCAGGGGUUCCUUACCUUUUUUUUUUUUUUUUUACCUUGAGUAAAAGCAGUUUAUUAUUGGGGCAGGGCAGUCAACUAUAUACCUAAGGCAAGGAUGUGGAACCUGUGGCCCUUCAGAUGUUCUUGAGUUCGCAUAAUUUCUGACUCCAUACCAUACUGGCUGGGGUUUAUGGAAGUUGUAUUCCAACAACACCUAAAGGACCUCAGAUCUCAGAACUCUAGUCUAAGGGUUUGCAGAUCUUCCAGACUCUCUCUGUGUAAUGGAGUUUGAGACCUGUCUCCUUAUGCUUCACGUUGCCUUGUCCUUCCUUAAAUAUUAAACAUUAUUGAUGUCCCUCAUCGCCAAAUACUGAAACUGAAACCAAGAAAGAAGCCUAGCAGUAAUGUGGCUCCCAUAAGCAGCUCCCCUGGCAGAUAUAUGUACCUUAAUAUCCUAAAUAGGGUCAAGCAGUUAUGUUCAAAACCACAGAUUAUAUAUUAGAAAAAAUUAAAAUAAUAUUUAGCAUUAACAAACUGCAUUGAUGGCCCUGAGGAAUUAGAACAUAACUUACAAUAUUGUGUCCCCAUUCUCUCUAGCUCAAGUGUUGCUAGUGAUUUGUUUCUCUGGGUUUUGCCAAAAGGGCCCAUCUUCCAGAAUAGAUUCCCCAUUUUGAGACAUACUCCAUUUGUGCAUAAAUCUAUGAAAGCUCAUUGAGGUGUCCCCUUCAAUGAAUGUGUACACCCACCCAUUAAGGAUCUCUCACCCUGCCCAGUUUAAGCAGUAACAACAUGUUAUAUUGCAGAUUGCUUUUAGAAUUCCUUGCAAGUUUCAAAAGUACCUUCUUGUCAUGCAGUUGCUGUUAAAGAAAGUACUGUACACACACACACAGAGAGAGAGAGAGAGAGAGAGAGAGAGAGAGAGAGAGUUACCAUCAUACUCUUUUGGAUUAUGGCCCCAAAGUGCUGAGGCCCGAAUUAUAUUCUGUUGUAUGGCAUGAGCCUAUAUCUCUUGUAUCUUUCCUGUACCUGUUGCAUCCUCUUCCAUAGCAGAGUCCCACUAUUUCUGUUCAGAUUAUGCUGACCUAGUGUAUCUUACCAUUCUUUUCCCUCCUGAAAAUAGACUGAAAUAAUCAAAACUGAUGACCCUUAGUUUAGACACAUUUUGCAGGGGAAGGGGAACUUGAGGACUUCUUAGUAUCUUAUAUGUGUAAAUAUUUCCCAAGUCAAGGGGAAGUACCUGAAGAGGGAAUAUCCUGUACAGGUGAGUGAGAGCAGGAUUGCAGUGCCGGCGUGGAGGCUGAGGAUUAAGCAGGGCUUCCUGUCCACUGUACUGAAAUAAAGCUGUUCGUGUUUGACUUUACCUGAAGUGCCAGGAGUCUAUUUCUAAAGAAAGGCAGCCCUGCUGGGCAGCAGCACAUUCUAUACACCUGUUGUCCUUCUUUCUGUCUUGCUCCCUUGCACAAGGUUUAUUUUCCUCUCUUUCACACAACCAGGAGACAAGGAAAUAUAGGUUGCCUUAAAGGAGCCUCUCUUUAGUUAAAAGAUAUAUACAACUCAGCUGAAGGGCUAGACUGUGCAACCAAUUUCUCACAUUGGUGAGCACUUACACAAGUAAUCCAAUUGAUUUAUAUCUAGCCCUGAAGUGGUUGCUUUAAGUCAAGGGAUUGAUUAAUGAAGAUGGUCAUCAGUAUAGCCUUCUGAGCCUCUGUGCCUAGCUAGCAAGCAAUCUGUUUCUAUUUGUCUCCAUUCCAGUUUUCAUUUUUUAUUCGCCCCUUUCGCUUCCCUAUGACAUUCCAAACUGUGUGUGUGUGUGUGUGUGUGUGUGUGCGCGCGUAUACAGACACAUUUUAUCAUUCUUCAAUUAAACAAACUCUUAAGAAUUGUAAUAUAUAGUCCAGGAAUAAUCCUUUUAAAUAAAGAGAGUGGGGAGUGCUACCAGAUAAGGAGGUUUACCUGAAUAAUUUAUUUUUUAAACUAGUGUUUAUGAUUAUUUAUUUUCCUAUUGUGUGUAAUCUGUAUACUUAACUUGUUAGACAUUUUAACAGUUGCUAUGCCAGGACAACAUGCACCCACACACCUGCCACUGUAUGUUGAGUUUUAGGGUUGUGUUUUAGAAAUGGAAAGGUGCAAAGCCUUUUCAUUUAUUUCUGUCUUGCUGAAUUUCUGUCUUGUAUCUCAUCUUCAGAAUGCUUAUAUGUGAAAACAAAAUAGAAUUCCUGCAGUAGGAAUGUUUUUACCAUUCCCAAAUUGUUGUUUUGCAUUCCUUUUGAACAGACUAGCUAUUGUACUUCAUUCCUCAUUAAAAAGAACAGACUGUGCUGUUUGACAGGGUCCCCUCUUUUCAGUGUAGAAUCUUGCAAAAUAGCUAGGUUAGGUGUUUUGUAAAGGGAAUAAAACAACAAUAUUUUUUUUAAGAUGGAAAUCUUAGCCCAAGAGUAUCACUGCAUUUGUUUUGUUUUUUUAAGUUUUAUUGAGGCUUUUCAUAAUAAGAGAGCACUGCAUUUGGACAAACCUGGAGAAAACGUGUGUUUGCACAAAUAUUGAGAGAAAUUUAAAUCAAAAGUUACAAAGUGGUAAAAAAGAGAAUCCCCUAGAUGCCAAGACCCAGGUUUGGGGCAAGUAUUCUUCAGUGGGAGAACCCCACCCAGCAGAGAUUUAAAAACACAAAAUAUGCGGCAAAAUAAAGUGUGGAAAUAUAAGCUGUUGGGUCUUCAAAAUAUGCCUUUCUAAUUUUUUUCUGAAGUUCCCCUUUUCCUGUACUAUAGGAAAAGACCACUUGAGUGUGGAGCAACCAAAUCAAGUCUCUUUACACACUCAGCUUCUCAGGUCGACUGAAGGAACAAAAGUUUGAUUACCUAGUCCCUCCCAAGGUGAGGAAGAGUGACCUAGUUAAGUCUGGCAGGACAGCUUACUCUAUGGAAUUAACCCCUUCAUGCAUUAAUUAGACUUAAGCAUGUUGGUUAUAUGAAGCUGGUUAUCGCACACAAAGGGUGUUUUUAAAACUUCUUGAGAAAAAUCACAUGGUUUGGAAUACUUGCCUCACCCAAACUGGACUCCUAUUCGGUUUUUGGUAAAUGAGUACUAUUUAUAUAGGUUGCUUGCUUCCUAGGGUGCUCCCAUGAUUAAUUUGAAAAACUUCUCUGACUUUUUCCAAUAGCCUGUCGUCUCGUCCAAGCACAGCAUGUGUUGCCUUGACUCUGUCACACCUGCAGGUCUUGUGAAGCCCCUGAGCAUUGUUACACAUAUGCUGGGCAAUGUGUCAAGCAUGACAUUGCUGACUGUACACUCUCUCUGGUAGAGCAGUAAUGAGGUGUUCUCUCAGGAUGUUAUAUUCAAGCUGGUUCACUGAAGUAAACAUUUGGACAUUUGACAAAUACAUCUGUGCUCAGAUCAGAGGCAAAAUGCACUGAUCAUGGCACAUCAUACAUUUUGUUCUCAGAGCAACUUCUAUUAAAUAAGUUGCAGUUUAGGUAAACAGACAAAAUUCCUAAUACUCCAUCCAUUUUCAGUUAUGUAUGCAGGGACUUUUGUUAAUCCUUAUGUUGUAAUCCUCAGUACCUUGAGUAAAUCCUUUGAUAGAAAGUACCUUAGUACCUUAAAAAGAAGGAGCUUGCCAUUUUGGGUCGAUAUGAUUAAGUUUAAGUGUGUGGUGGCCAAACAACUCCAGGCAUUCAUAGAUAAGGCUGAUUUCCAUUUCUGCCUGAGGUUACAUGACCCUAAGACAGAAAUGGAAGAUGUGAUCAUGUUGAUUCUCAUGGCUUUGUCAGCAACCCUCUUAGAUGCUUGGAGGAACUGGAAAACAGGGUGGCUACUUUGCACUAUUCUAAACUAUUGCAGGGACCAAUCAUCCAACUGUCUGUAAUAGGCUGUUGUCACUAUUACAAUGAUAGUGGCAACAACAGACAGGGAUAGUGUCUGGAAGCUCUAGUAGGGACUAAGAAGCUAAACCAGUACCCAAAUUAAAAACAGAAUUGGUGGUGGUGACCCAUGUGAUUGAGUGGAUGUUUGCCUGCACUAGACAUUUAUUUAUUUAUAUUUCUUACCUGCCGUUCACAAGAUCCCAGGGCAGAUUACAACAAUAAAACAGACAUAACUGUUAUAGAGCUAUAAAUGUGAUUUAAAUGUGUGGCAUGGAUAUGAUGGGUGUGACCAUCAUAUUGUAAGCUACCUCCUUCCCUGAGUCUUGGAAUAGAUGAGAAUAUGAUUAGACACAAGUAAGUAGUCAAGUGGAAGGUCUCGAUCCACACAGGUUCCUAAAAGUGGAAAAAUAGAUGCAACAGGGCUGUUCAGGUUGCAUAAGACAUUCAAAGCUUUGUCUUAAGACCUGUUGAGAUAGUAUACCUGUGCCUGUACCACUUCAGACUGUAGAUUUGGGGGAGGGAGCAAAAAAAUUUGAAUAUAUUUCUAGAACACUUUCCUUCGACAGCCAGUUUUCUAGAUGGUUUCUUUAAAAAGCAAACACAAAAAAACAACAACACACCACUUACAUGAAAGCCAGGUCUCACUCAGUUCAGGUCUCUCUACAAACUCUUUCAAGGGCAUUUAAAUGGUUCUGUGAAUAGUUGUUACCUGGCACAUGAAGGACAGAGUGAGAGAAAUAACUGAAAUCUCUAAUUUAUUAGAUGAUAAGCUUUUAAAGGCAUUUCCAGAGUCCUGUUCAGUAUUGUGUUUUCACAUUGUUCUCAGAUUUGUGCUUGUUUUUGUGUCUUUAUUUUCUUAUUUAUUUCUUCAUUUGUUGUUUGUUUUUAAACAGCACAGGGAUGUUCUAAUUUAGCUCUUCCCUGAUUUAUGUUUUUAGCCCUUUGAAGACCAUCUGUUCAGACUGCAUUUUUAUUUUGUGGCAUACAUUUAUUUAGCAUGUAGAUUAAGCAUUAUUGUUUUAUGCCUGAACCAUUUCUCUUCACUUAAAGUAAUUUCCGUUAAUCAUUAUCAAUUACAUUUGAUUAAGCUUUUUUGGCAUACCUCCAGAGCUAGCCUUUCUGGAGCCAUACAUACGGAUUCACAAUAUUUAAUCAUAUUAGAUGCACAUAAUUUAUUUCCCUUCUAUUUGUUCAGUCUUGGUCACUGCUUAACAAAUAAAUAUUGGUUAGUACCAACAUUGCUUCAUAUCAAAGUGUACAGGUCACAUUCAGAAUUCAGCUGAAUUCAAUGGACUUGUGUUUAUUCCAUGGGUCUAUUCAGACUGUGCCUAACACUGAAUAUCAUACUAGGUUAGUGCACCUUUUUCUUUCUCUUUUGCCCCAGCAGCUUAACUGCUAGAUUCUCAUGUUUUUAUUUUCUUUUUUCAAAUGAUUACAGCAUGCUAUCCCUUUUCUAUCCCCUAUCCUCUCUCGCUCCUCUUGGCCAUCCACAAGAUAAUUUAUUGUGAAAAUCUGUUAUAUGCCAGUAGAGACCACUCUGACUUCUGCAUUGUUUGGUCUAAUUGCUGAACCCAUGAGACUUUGCACUAAACGCUCUGACCUUUUUAUUUCCAAUGCUAUUAGCUGUGACCCAAAUGAGCACAUCAAGCAUGACUUCUUUGUUUUGCCCUUAUCACCCUGGUUUUGCUUCUGACAAGCUGAAUCCAUCUUCUGCUGCAACACUCAGCUAUUAAGCUUCCUUUAAACAGCGCCAAUGUAACUCUAGUGAAAAGUAUGUUUUAUUUUUGUCUUUGAACUUUUGUGCUUCCUUACUGUUCUCAAAGGGACCCUCAAGUAAUCACGACAUGUAUCAAAACUUGCUGGUUGACACAUCAGUACCAGCCCAGUGUUUUAUCAUCAGCUGAAAUCCAAAUAUAGUCUAGUAGCUACUCACUAGAUGCUGUGCAAAGAGGAGCCACACAACGACGAUCCUUAGUGUUCUGUCCAAAGAACCAUUUGGCCCUCUCCCUUCACCUAAUUUUAUUAAUUAUUAUUAUUAUUAUUUACUAAAUGUAUAUACCUCCCUUCAUCCGAAGAUCACAGGGCAGUUUGCAACAGAAAAGUACAAAAUAAAAACAGAAAAUAUGUAACAAAAUAGCAAAAAGCAAUUCUCCCAAAAGCCGUAGAUUGUUUAGCUUCAUAACCUUGUACUGAUGACGUAUGCCCAAUUUAGAUCCAGCAAAUCCAAACCUCAAACAGUGGUUUGAAGUGGGUUUAAGAUCCUAGCUUGCUCUCAUCCAGGUUAUCAUAGUUUCCAGGUACAGAAAUAAUAGGAAAUUAUGGUCCACUGAAUACAUCCUGGGCCUGUCUUAGCUGCUACUUGUCCACCAGCUUUCUCUUACACACAGCAACCCAGGUCAUGUGGGCUGGGAGGGGGGUUGCAGUGGUUUUUAAGGAAGUCACUAGCUUGCAUCAGGGGACACGGGUGGUGCUGUGGGUUAAACCACAGAGCCUAGGACUUGCUGAUCAGAGGGUUGGCGGUUCGAAUCCCUGUGACGGGGUGAGCUCCCGUUGCUCGGUCCCUGCUCCUGCCAACCUAGCAGUUCGAAAGCAUGUCAAAGUGCAAGUAGAUAAAUAGGUACCGCUCUGGCAGGAAGGUAAACAAUGUUUCUGUGCGCUGCUCUGGUUCGCCAGAAGCGGCUUUUUCAUGCUGGCCACAUGACCCGGAAGCUGUACGCCAGCUCCCUUGGCCAAUAAAGCGAGAUGAGCGCCGCAACCCCAGAGUCGGCCACGACUGAACCUAAUGGUCAGGGGUCCCUUUACCUUUACCUAGCUUGCAUCAGGUGUCCUACUGGGAAGACCCAGUUCUCUGAGCGCAUGUUCUGGAAGUUGGGCAAUAAGGGCAGUACAGGAUUCCUUUUCGUGUACCGACCUCCCCGCUGCACCAAGGAUUCCCUACCCGAGCUGCUUUAAGUCGUGGCAGAUGUUCUCCUGGACACACCUAGUUUGGUUGCCUUAGGGGAUUUUAACAUCCAUGCCGACACAACCUUACAAGGGGCUGCUCGGGACUUCGUGGAAAGCAUGGCCUCCAUGGGGCUGUCCCUGAAUAAGUUUAGCCCAACUCAUAGUCACAGACACGCCUUAGACCUGGUGUUCACUUCUAGUGACGUGCGUGAUCUGACAUUAAGUAAAAGUGAAACAAAAAGUGCCAUGGUCAGAUCCUGGUGUAAUUGGACUUCUCUGUGACCCUUUCCCUCUGCAGGGAGGCGGGACCAAUUUGGAUGGUCUGCCCCUACCACUUAAUGGAUCAAAAUGGUUUCCAGAGAGUGGUAGGGGAUGCUUUAUCCCAUGCUGAUGAUCUUUCAGCUGAUUCCCUGGUGGCCUGCUGGAAUGCGGAGUUAACGAGGGCUAUCGACUCUCUGGCUCCGAAGCACCCUCUCCGAUUGCAUGGAGAACCCUGUGGUUUUCUUCAGAGCUGAGAGUGAGGAAACAUUCGCUGAGACAGCUAGAGCGCCGGUGGUAGAAAACUCAUUCUGAAUCGGACCGGACACAGGUUAGAGCUCAACGUUGAGCCUACCAAGUGGCAACAGCAACAGCAACAGCAACAGCGAAGAAGACUUUCUUCACUGCCUCUAUUGCAUCUGCAGAAAAUAGUAGCAGGAGACUCUUUCAGGUGGUUCACAAUUUAACAGAACCACCUUUACCAUCGGGGCAUUGUAAAGACCCCAAGAUCUCCUGCAACAUUUUUGCAAAGUUUUUUUGCAGAUAUGAGCAGUCGCUCAUAUUCGGAAGGAGGUAGGCACCACCAUGGGGGCAGGGCAGGGGGCAGGAGAGUGCUAGAGCCCUGCAUGGAAUCAAUUUCAAUCCGUUACCCCCGAGGGUGUGGACAGGCUGCUUGGACGCGUGAAACCAACCACCUGUCUCCUUGAUCCUUGUCCACCCUGGCUAAUAAAAGCAAGCCGGGAACGGCUGGGUGAUGGGCUCUGCAAGGUGGCGAAUGCUUCCCUUUGUGAGGGAGCAUUCCCAGACCCGCUGAAAGAGGCGGUCAUUAAACUGCUUCUUAAAAAAACAUCUUUAGACCUGGCCAGUAUAGCCAACUAUUGCCCAGUCUCAAAUCUUCCAUUCUUGGGCAAGUUGAUUGAGUGGGUGGUUGCAGAACAGCUCCAGGCACUCCUGGAGGAUGUGGACCAUUUUGAUCCCUUCCAUUCGGGAUUCAGGCCUCAUCAUGGGACUGAAACUGCCUUGGUCGCACUGGUUGAUGAUCUCUGGCGGGUUAGGGACAAAGGUGAGAGCUGUUUCCUAGUUCUGCUGGAUCUCUCAGUGGCCUUUAAUACAAUCUACCAUAACAUCCUUCUGGACUGUCUAGAGGAGCUGGGAGCUGGGGGCACUGUUAUACAGUGGUUCCGCUCCUUCCUCCUGGGCCAUGUCCAGAAAGUGGUGGUGGGGGAUGAGUGUUCAGACCCCUGGCUCCUCACUUGUGGGGUGCCCCAGGGUUCUGUCCUCUCCCCCAUGCUUUUUAACAUCUACAUGAAGCCGCUGGGAGAGAUCAUCAGGGGGUUUGGGCUGGGUGUUCAUCAGUAUGCAGAUGACACCCAGCUCUACCUCUCCUUUAAAUCAGAACCAGUGAAGGCGGUGAAGGUCCUGUGUGAGUGCCUGGAGGCGGUUAGAGGAUGGAUGGCGGCUAACAGAUUGAGGUUAAAUCCUGACAAGACAGAAGUACUGUUUUUGGGGGACGGGGCGGGCGGGUGUGGGGGAUUCCCUGGUCUUGGAUGGGGUAACUGUGCCCCUGAAGGACCAGGUGUGCAGCCUGGGAGUCAUUUUGGACUCACACCUGUCCAUGGAGGCGCAGGUUAAUUCUGUGUCCAGGGCAGCUGUCUACCAGCUCCACCUGGUACGCAGGCUAAGACCCUACCUGCCCAUGGACUGUCUCAGCAGAGUGGUGCAUGCUCUAGUUAUCUCAUGCUUGGACUACUCUAUGUAGGGCUACCUUUGAAGGUGACCCGGAAACUACAACUAAUCCAGAAUGCGGGAGCUAGACUGGUGACUGGGGAUGGCUGCCAAGACCAUAUAACACCAGUCCUGAAAGACCUACAUUGCCUCCCACUAUGUUUCCUAGCACAAUUCAAAGUGUUGGUGCUGAACUUUAAAGCCCUAAACGGCUUCGGUCCAGUAUACCUGAAGGAGUGUCUCCACCCCUAUUGUUCUGCCCGGACACUGAGGUCCAGCGCCAAGGGCCUUCUGGUGGUUCCCGCACUGCGAGAAGCUAAGCUACAGGGAACCAGGCAGAGGGCCUUCUCGGUAGUGGUGCCCGCCCUGUGGAAUGCCCUCCCAUCAGAUGUCAAAGAGAUAAACAACUACCUGACAUUCGGAAGACAUCUGAAGGCAGCCCUAUUCAGGGAAGGUUUUAAUGUGUGACAUUUUCAUGUAUUUUUAAUCUUUGUUGGAAGCCAUCCAGAGUGGCUGGGGAAACCCAGCCAGAUGGGCGGGGUACAAAUACUAUAUUAUUAUUAUUAUUAUUAUCAUCAUCAUCAUCAUCCUAGGUUAAUUGUGGUGCAAUGAGAAAGGAAGGACUCCUUGAAGACAGAGGGUGGGGGCACAAGAUUUGAAAUAUAUACAUCCAAACCCAACCGUCUAUAAGUAAACUUGUAGUACAUAGAUGAACACUUAGAAUUUUUUAAUGCCAGGUACACAUUAGCAUGUCAAGCAAUGACAAACCUAGACAGCAUUUUAAAAAGUAGAGACAUCACCUUGCCAACAAAGGUCUGUAUAGUUAAAGCUAUGGUUUUCCCAGUAGUGAUGUAUGGAAGUGAGAGCUGGACCAUCAAAAAGGCUGAUCGCCGAAGAAUUGAUGCUUUUGAAUUAUGGUGCUGGAGGAGACUCUUGAGAGUCCCAUGGACUGCAAGAAGAUCAAACCUCUCCAUUCUUAAGGAAAUCAGCACUGAGUGCUCACUGGAAGGACAAAUCGUGAAGCUGAGGCUCCAAUACUUUGGCCACCUCAUGAGAAGAGAAGACUCCCUGGAAAAGACCCUGAUGUUGGGAAAGAUGGAGGGCACAAGGAGAAGGGACGACAGAGGAUGAGAUGGUUGGAUGGUGUUCUCGAAGCUACCAGCAUGAGUUUGACCAAACUGCGGGAGGCAGUGGAAGACAGGAGUGCCUGGCAUGCUCUGGUCCAUGGGGUCACGAAGAGUCGGACACGACUAAACGACUAAACAACAACAACACACAUUAGCAUAAAGUAACAGAUAUAAAAACAUAAUAGAACAUCAAACAUUUUAAACUUCCCUGUACAUACAUUACUAUUGAUUUGAGCUCCUGAGCUGCACUAAGUGUAACUGUGAUAAACAUUUAAGCUAUCCUCUAAAUCACCAAACACUGGGAAGUGUACAGCUCUUAGGAUCAUUACCAGUCAUUCACAAGGCAUUUCCCAAAUUGCAGCUGUAUUUCAAACCGAACUUCAAAGCUUGACGUGCUGCUGGCAAAGGUGCCCACCACAUGGCUUUACUCAUUGUAUUAAGGAAAUUGGCACGUUGUUCUUUGGCUCUUUUUGGAGAACUGAUUAAUAAAUUCUUCAAGUGCACAAAAACAGCUCCUCCCUAAAGUUACAUUGUAAGUGCAAUUGCAGAAGAACACGUCAAAGUAAUUUAAAAUGGGCUUGGCUCUUAUUCAUUGUGAACAGCCAUGCAUAAUGCCAAGUCUGAAAGGUGUGUGUAGCCUUGUUCAGACUGCUUUGCAUUACAGUUGAAGCGGGGGCCUUCCCACUGGCCAUGCCUCUGGGUGUGUGUCUUUUUGAUUGAGACCCUGUCUCAAUGUAAGGAUGUACAUGCAUGCUGCAAGAUCUUGUGAUGCACACCUUUCUUAGGAGUAUCGUUCACACGUAUUAAAGCUAUGUGCAUAAUAAAGUGCAGCAACGAAGUGUGUUCAGAGUGCCUGUUCUCAAAUACCCAGCCACCCGCAUACUCAAUUCAUAUGUUUAAUAAUAAUAAUAAUAAUAAUAAUAAUAAUAAUAAUAAUAGUGCCCCGCCCAUCUGACUGGGUUGUCACAGAGACUCUGGGUGGCAUAUAAAGUAUAAACACUUGUGGACUCACUUGCAGUGACCCCCCACCCCAGGGACAAAAGGCCUAGACCUUGUUAGGUGUAACAAACUGUACAAGACAAUGUUCUGGGAUUUGAAAAUGGGCCACAUAACAUUUGAAAAUGUUAUUGAUUAUACUUGUAGGUAGGCUUUGGCCCAGGCAGUGGGUGUAUAUCUAUUCUUAGCCUCCAGGUGGAGGGCUGAUGCUUGAACACUCUGGUUCAUCACCUAAGCACUGUCUUCUGACCAACAAUUGGUCAAUUUGAAUUCAAGGGGCUGGUGGGCUCCUCAGGAAUACAGUGGUACCUUUGGUUGUGAACACCUCUGGUUGUGCACACUCGGGGUUAUGAGCUCUGCUAACCCAGACGUAGCCGCUCCUGGUUGUGAACUUUGCCCCAGGAUGCGAGUGGAAAUCGUGCACUGGAGGUGCGCACACAGUGGGAGGCGCCAUUAGUGAAAGCGUGCCUCAUGUUACGAGCGGUUUCCAGUUACGAACAGACCUCCGGAACAGAUUCCAUUUGUAACCAGAGGUACCACUGUACCAGGUUUUCUGGAUAGUACCACUGGGUUGGCAGUUUGUUUAUUUAGAGAAUUCAUUUAUCCUCUCACCCUCAGUAAUACCAUUUCCAGGACAGCUGAAAGAGAAGAUACACUGAAAAGUUGCAAUGUCACACUAGACUUCAUUUACAUGCUAUGCUACACAGCACUGUAUGAUCUUUGUCUCGGUUAGAUCGAUAUCAGCUUGUAAACCAAUGUUUGGAAAGGAUAAAGGAUCAGCAAACUAGGAUGUUGAAUUUAUAAAGCUUAUCACUGAGCAUAUGGGAAACAAAAGCAAACAGCUCUAAACUAUGGUUUGCCUGUUCUAGAGUUGGAAACUCCAGUCCACUAAGAUAGGUUCUUUUUAACCUUGCUUAACACUAACCAUGGUUUGGUGCAAAGUCUGAAUUGAGUUUAUCACAGCAAUAGUAAUGAAUGACAAUUUGAAAAUGAUGGGUUGUAUCUGAUGAGGUCAACCUGUUUGCACAACAGAACACCUCUCUCUCUCUCCCUCUCUCUCUCUCUCUCUCUCUCUCUCUCUCUCCCUCCCACUCUCCCAAAUCUAUUCUGUAGCAGAUUUUUGGGGAGCACAUGGGCAAAGGGGUAGAGUGGCGCUCCCAUGUACAACUGGAAGCCCUUGCACAAACAGCAUGAUUUGUACCCCACACCAGAGUUAAGUACUGCAGACUAAUGAAUUCACUGUGCGAUUGCCUGUAUUGGCUGUUGAGGAUCCAGUUGCUGUGAAUGGCUAUAACUUUAAUCUUGUUACUCAUGCAAUAAGUACUUGCAUCUCUUCAGUGAAGCAAUGCAUUAUUAUAGCCAUAAAACCAACUGUCUGCAGUUUCCUAUUCAGAAUUUUCCUUGACAGCCUCCUAUUAAAGUGCUGACCUUGGUUACUAACUUGAAGUGGGAAAUAAUCAUAUCCUUUUAAGAUUCUAUUCUUUCUCUUGUAAUAUAUAAUUACUGUGACAAAAUGUUAUAUAAAAUCCAGUCGUAUUAGACUUAAAUUCUGAUUUGAAAAAAAUGCUAAAUGAAAUAUAAUGCCAUAUGAUGCUAACAUUACAGGUCCAACAUUGCGUACACUGUGCUACUUGGAUAAUCCGUGCACCAUUUGGAUCCCCCCCAACACUAAUGAAGACAAUUAAACUAAUGGGAAAAUAAUUAGAAUUUUUAAAUAAUUUCAUUAAAAUGUAUAAUUUUAACUGAUUUUCAUUGUACUGAGUUUUUGGAACACUGCUUAGAGACAAUUAUAAUUAAGAUGUAUAUAACUUGUAGAAAUAAAUAAAAUAAAUACAUUAUAGUGAGUCACAUGUAAGCAAGAGGAGUGGUUACUUUUGAAAUUCUGAAAACAGAUCACAAUGCUGCAGGUUGAUUAGACAUGUUCCCAUGUCAUCAGUUCAGUCAACUUGUGUGGUCCCCUCUCUAAUCAUCUGGUUAAUCCCUGACAAAGAGCAAGUUUAGACUGUCCAAGUCUUCCAAGCUCUGGUAUGUAUACAGUAACACACAGUUGUGUGGAUAAAGGCUAGUGUGAUCUUUAAGCCAUUUCCAUGAUUUUGGCCGCACAUUCCCCAAGUGCCUUCAUUUUCCCACAUAGAAUCAUAGAAUUGUAGAGUUGGAACGAACCACAAGGGCCAUCUAGCCCAAAUUCCCUGCAAUGCAGGAAUCUUUUGCCGAACGUGGGGCUCAAACCCACGACUCUAAGAUUAAGAGUCAUGCUCUACUGACUGAGCUAUGAAGUGUUUAGGCCAGCUCACAGUAGCCUUUUUCCUGUGUGAGAGGAAUGUGUUGGUGUGACUUAGUAUCAUAUAUUUUUGUGUCUUCUACAAGAACAUAAAACCUCUGCCUUUCUAGUAAUAUUUAACGUAUUUACACAUGAGGGAUUUUCACUGAAAUGUUUUUAAGUGGAAUGGGUAUGUCCUAUUUCACCAUCUCAGUUUUGCACAGAGUGUUAAAACAGGCAUAAUUUUACAUUUCCCCCAAAUAAAGUGAGGUCAGAGUCUUGUCAGGAAGCAGGUGGGCUUAUUUCUGUCCCUAUUUUGUCUAUGCUGAAUCACAUCUUAAUGAUUAGUUUACAUUUUGUCAUAUAUUUCAAACGUGAAACUGCCCUCUUGCACCAAGAUUCUGGCAGCAAAACCCAGAUAAUCUCAUUCAGCUAGUGGAAACCCAUUUGUCUGCUUGCGUCUUUAUGUAAAGCAGAAAUAAAAACGGCAAGGCAGCAAUUUAUUUCUGUACAGAAAAUGGCAUAGUAAAAUGGGAGAGAAAACUACUUAGAAUGUAUUUUGCUGAAAUACACGACUUUCACUUCCUUUUUUUAUUUCAUGCACUGAUGUUCAGUUAAGCUACGGUAGAUUUAGAGCAUAAGCUGCUGUACAAAGCAAUACAUGCUAAAGAUGAGAAGAAGAUAACAAAUCUGUACUAUUGCUUGCUUGAAUCAUUCAUGUCAGCCUGAACAACUAGAUAACACACAAUCUGUUGGACCAACUUUUAUGUACGUGCAUGGGGCGAGGGCUUAUUUUUUGUUUCUGUUCUUGCUUCUAUUAUGUAUUUUAUGGUUUUUAUCAUGUAUUUUUAUGUUGUGACUGCCCUGAGAUCUAUGUGGGGUGGGGUGGGUGUUUAGUUGGGUGUGGGAAUUUGUUUAAUUUAAUUAUGUUGUGUUUGUAACUUUGUUUUUUGUUUUUAUAGUUUUAUUGUUCUGUUAGUUUGUUUUUUGUAUAGGCUUUAAUUUGAUUUUAAGGGGAGGGGUCAGGGCUGCCUGGGAGUGGGUCCCAGCAAACAAAAUGGCUGGGGCAGGUUCCACGGGGGGGGGGGUGUGUGCGCACUCGGACAACCGAUCUCAGUGAUCACGGGUAGGAGGAGGAGUUACGCUAAGACCAGACCAUGUCAUUACCGAGGAAGCAGGCUUAGUCGUUGUUUGAGGACUAUCCCUGCCUCCAGGUCUGGUCCUAACCGGAAGGAUACUGGAAUCAACAAGGGAAAUCCACAUGACCUGAAAGUGUUGCUGUGCAAUGCCAGGUCAAUGAUGAAUAAAACCUCUGCCAUCCACGACCUGAUUGUGGAUGGAGGAUUUGACCUGGCAUGUGUGACAGAGACCUGGUUGGAUGAAGCAGAUGGGCCCAUCCUUGCUGCUGCUUGUCCACCAGGUUUCUCUUACGCACAGCAACCCAGGCCUUGUGGGCGGGGAGGGGGGGUUGCAGUGAUUUUUAGGAAGUCAUUAGUUUACACCAGGCGUCCUAUUGGAAAGACCCAGUUCUCUGAGUGCAUGUUCUGGAAGUUGGGCAAUAGGGGCAGUACAGGAUUCCUAUUGGUGUACCGACCUCCCCACUGCACCAAGGAUUCCCUGCCCGAGCUGCUUCAGGUCGUGGCGGAUGUCCUCCUGGAGACACCUAGUUUGGUUGUCCUAGGGGAUUUUAACAUCCAUGCCGACACGACCUUACAAGGGGCCGCUCGGGACUUCGUGGAAAGCAUGGCCUCCAUGGGGCUGUCCCUGAAUAAGUCUGGUCCAACUCAUAGCCAUGGGCAUGCCUUAGACCUGGUGUUCACCUCUAUGGAUGUUGGUGAUCUGACACUAAGUAAAAGCGAAACCAAAGAAGUGCCAUGGUCAGAUCACUUCCUGGUGCAACUGGACUUCUCCGUGACCCUUCCCCUCUGCAGGGAGGCGGGACCGAUUCAGAUGGUCCGCCCCCGCCACUUAAUGGAUCCAAAUGGUUUCCAGAGAGUGGUAGGGGAUGUUUUAUCCCAUGUUGAUGGCCUUUCAGCUGAUUCCCUGGUGGCCCGCUGGAAUGUGGAGUUAACCAGGGCUAUUGACUGUUUGGCUCCAAAGCGCCCUCUCCGAUUGCAUGGAGUCCGGACAGCCCCGUGGUUUUCCACAGAUCUGAGGGCAAUGAAACAAUCGUUGAGACGGCUAGAGCGCCGGUGGCGGAUAACCCAUUCUGAAUCUGACCGGACACAGGUUAGAGCUCAAUGUCGAGCCUACCAAGUGGCGAUAGCGACGGCGAAGAAGACUUUCUUCACCGCCUCUAUUGCAUCUGCGGAAAACAGCAGCAGGAGACUCUUUCAGGUGGUUCGCAAUUUAGCGGAACCACCUGCUCCAUCAGGGCCCAGUAGGGGCCACAUGAUCUCCUGCAAUGACUUUGCAAAGUUUUUUGCAGAUAAAGUCGCUCAGAUUCGAGAAGAGGUAGACUCCACCGUGGGAGCAGGGCCGGGGCGGGAGAGUGCUAGAGUCCUGUCUAAUCAAGCUGUGUGGGAUCAAUUCCAAUCUGUUACCCCCGAGGAUGUGGACAGGCUGCUUGGACGAGUGAAACCAACCACUUGCCUCCUUGAUCCUUGCCCAUCCUGGCUUAUAAAAGCUAGCCGGGAAGGACUGGGCGAUGGGCUUCGUGGGGUGGUGAAUGCUUCCCUCCGUGAGGGAGCCUUCCCAGACCCGCUGAAAGAGGCGGUUAUUAAACCGCUUCUUAAAAAACCAUUUUUAGAUGUGGCCACGAUAGCAAACUAUCGCCCAGUUUCAAAUCUUCCAUUCUUGGGCAAGGUGAUUGAGCGAGUGGUUGCUGAACAACUCCAGGCACGCCUGGAAGAAGCGGACCAUUUGGAUCCCUUCCAGUCGGGAUUCAGGCCUCAUCAUGGGACUGAAACUGCCUUGGUCGCACUGGUUGAUGAUCUCCGGCGGGCUAGGGACAAAGGUGAGAGCUGUUUCCUAGUUCUGCUGGAUCUCUCAGCGGCGUUUGAUACCAUUGACCAUAACAUCCUUCUGGACCGUCUUGAGGGGCUGGGAGCUGGGGGCACUGUUAUACAGUGGUUCCGCUCCUUCUUCCUGGGCCGUGUUCAGAAAGUGGUGGUGGGGGAUGGGUGUUCAGACCCCUGGGCCCUCACUUGUGGGGUGCCUCAGGGUUCUGUCCUCUCCCCCAUGCUUUUCAACAUCUACAUGAAGCCGCUGGGAGAGAUCAUCAGGGGAUUUGGGCUGGGUGUUCAUCAGUAUGCGGAUGAUACCCAGCUCUACCUCUCUUUCAAAUCAGAACCAGUGAAGGCAGUGAAGGUCCUGUGUGAAUGCCUGGAGGCGGUUGGAGGUUGGAUGGCAGCUAACAGAUUGAGGUUGAAUCCUGACAAGACAGAAGUACUGUUUUUUGGGGACAGGAGGCGGGCAGGUGUGGAGGAUUCCCUGGUCCUGAAUGGGGUAACUGUGCCCCUGAAGGACCAGGUGCGCAGCCUGGGAGUCAUUUUGGACUCACAGCUGUCCAUGGAGGCACAGGUCAAAUCUGUGUCCAGGGCAGCUGUUUUCCAGCUCCAUCUGGUACGCAGGCUGAGACCCUAUCUGCCUGUGGACUGCCUCGCCAGAGUGGUGCAUGCUCUGGUUAUCUCCCGCUUGGAUUACUGCAAUGCGAUCUACGUGGGGCUACCUUUGAAGGUGACCCGGAAACUACAACUAAUCCAGAACGCGGCAGCUAGACUGGUGACUGGGAGCGGCCGCAGAGACCACAUAACACCAGUCUUGAAAGACCUACAUUGGCUCCCAGUACGUUUCCGAGCACAAUUCAAAGUGUUGGUGCUGACCUUUAAAGCCCUAAACGGCCUUGGUCCAGUAUAUCUGAAGGAGUGUCUCCACCCCUAUUGUUCUGCCCGGACACUGAAGUCCAGUGCCAAGGGCCUUCUGGUGGUUCCCUCACUGCGAGAAGCUAAGCUACAGGGAACCAGGCAGAGGGCCUUCUCGGUAGUGGUGCCCGCCCUGUGGAAUGCCCUCCCAUCAGAUGUCAAAGAGAUAAACAGCUACCUGACAUUCGGAAGACAUCUGAAGGCAGCCCUAUUCAGGGAAGGUUUUAAUGUGUGACAUUUUCAUGUAUUUUUAAUCUUUGUUGGAAGCCAUCCAGAGUGGCUGGGGAAACCCAGCCAGAUGGGCGGGGUACAAAUACUAUAUUAUUAUUAUUAUUAUUAUUAUUAUUAUUAUUAUUAUUAUCAUCAUCCUAGGUUAAUUGUGGUGCAAUGAGAAAGGAAGGACUCCUUGAAGAGAGAGGAUGGGGGCACAAGAUUUGAAAUAUAUACAUCCAAACCCAACCGUCUAUAAGUAAACUUGUAGUACAUAGAUGAACACUUAGAAUUUUUUAAUGCCAGGUACACAUUAGCAUGUCAAGCAAUGACAAACCAGGUGCGCAGCCUGGGAGUCAUUUUGGACUCACAGCUGUCCAUGGAGGCGCAGGUUUAUUCUGUGUCCAGGGCAGCUGUCUACCAGCUCCACCUGGUAGGCAGGCUAAGACCCUACCUGCCCAUGGGCUGUCUCGGCAGAGUGGUGCAUGCUCUAGUUAUUUCAUGCUUGGACUACUCUACGUAGGGCUACCUUUGAAGGUGACCCGGAAACUACAACUAAUCCAGAAUGCGGCAGCUAGACUGGUGACUGGGGAUGGCUGCCAAGACCAUAUAACACCAGUCCUGAAAGACCUACAUUGGCUCCCACUAUGUUUCCUAGCACAAUUCAAAGUGUUGGUGCUGAACUUUAAAGCCCUAAACGGCUUCGGUCCAGUAUACCUGAAGGAGUGUCUCCACCCCCAUCGUUCUACCCGGACACUGAGGUCCAGCACCGAGGGCCUUCUGGCGGUUCCCUCACUGCGAGAAGCCAAGUUACAGGGAACCAGGCAGAGGGCCUUCUCAGUAGUGACGCCUUCCCUGUGGAACACCCUCCCACCAGAUGUCAAAGAGAACAACAACUACCAGGCUUUUAGAAGACAUCUGAAGGCAGCCCUGUUUCGGGAAGCUUUUAAUGUUUGAUGUAUUAUAGUAUUUUAAUAUUCUUUUGGAAGCCGCCCAGAGUGGCCGGGGAAGCCCAGCCAGAUGGGCGGGGUAUAAAUAAUAAAUUAUUAUUAUUAUUAUUAUUAUUAUUAUUAUUAUUAAUGAAGUGGGUAUACAAAUUCUUCUUCUUCUUCUUCUUCUUCUUCUUCAAGAUCAUCAUUUUACUCAUUUAAGUGAGCCAUAGAGAAUAAUAAAUAUAUAUAUAUUAUUGAGUAUUAUUAAGUAUAUGUUUUAUUUAUUUUUGUUUUGAAAAAUCACUAAAAAGCAUUUUUUUAAAAAAGAGAGAGAAUAAUAAAUGCUCCUUGUCUGAAAAGAAGUCUAUGGAUAUAGAGUAUCAGAAAUUUGUAACUUCAUAGUUUGAGCCAAUUAAGUCUUCUUGCUAAAAAGCAACCAGCAAGCACACAUAUGCAUGGUAGAUUCUUGUAACAAACUGAUCAGAGUGGUCUUGGAUCAGCCCCUGGCGCAUGAAAAUGUUGACUCAUUCUGCAGCUGUUUUUGAGAGAUUUCAUGCUAAGGUUUAUCAGGAUAGAGUUUGAUGUUCUCAAAAGUUUUGAAAAUCUGCCUUCACACUCACAGUGAUAUGGGGCACUUGGCAGCCAGCUUCCAGCUGGACAUCUCUUCCUGGAAUAGUCUUGUGAACAUGUGAUGCCACUGUGAACAAGUGCUUUCACUACAGUAAAUGCUUUCAGGAUUAAUCUAAAAUGGUAAAUGUGAUUUUCCCUCUGGGUCCUUUAAAAUUUACUUAUUUUUACUGGGAAGUUUCAGUCACCACUCAACCAUUUCAAAGCAAUCCUUGCACUCAUUGGAAUUCAGAAAAGUGAAAAUUUCAAAUAAUAGCUGUGUAUUGUGAAUUUAAUAUUAGCUUUAAAUGUGUACUGAGUCAAAUUUCUCAUUCAUCCCUUCCAGUUUAGCUUGCAGACUUUGCCUCUAUUUUUAACCGGAUUGGGAGGCUUCAGCAAACCCAAAUUAAAAUUAAAAGGGAGAAAUGUGUUAAUGUGUUUUCUGGGGCUCCACGCAGCUCCAUACAAUUUUUUAUCCUUUGCUGUUUUCUAUAAUCUGUGCUCUUGAUCUCACUGGUGAAUAUCUGAUGCUCAUUUCCUCACCAUAGCUGUCAACUUUUCCCUUUUUUAAAGGGAAAUUCUCUUAUUCCGAAUAGGAUUCCUCACAAGAAAAGGGAAAAGUUGACAGCUAUGUUCCUCACCCAUCUCUCCAUCCCAUCCCAUCUCCUCCUAUCCAGGUUCUUAGUAAAAUGAAAUAUCUUGUGAAAAUCUAAAUUUCAGGAGCAUAGGCAAAUUCUGGAAAUCAAUUACUUAGAUCCAGAUUUCGAAGAAAAGGGCAGUUUCAAACCUUGGCUUUCCAUUCCCUGUGCAUUUACCCCCCCCCCCAAAUGCUCCAAAGAAUUGGGAAGCUCUCGAGGAUGGGAGCUGUUUUAGGUGUGUGGUGUUAUUUUAAAUGGUAUUUCUUUUAUGUUGUUUUUAGAAGACUGGGGAGAGUGGUGGCUAUCUGUGCUGGUACAGAUUCUCUUCCUUUUCUUGGAAAUCAAACAUGAUUUGAAUGUUCAGUAAAGAAAACCGAGCUCAAACAAAUGUACUGCAGCCCACAGGAGUUCUUUGUAAAACACAGGCCUCCCCACCCUGCGCUUAUCAAAACUGUGAGCAUUUUGCUGGUUGAUAGCAGUGUGAUCUGGCCCAGAAACUUUGUCUAGACCAAGAUAAACUCUUUAUGGAAUAUAGACUUCUGCAGUUUUCAUUUCAUUCAUUUUUUCUAAUAUUUAUGCUUUUAAUAUUUGUACAUUGCCUGCAACCCAGAUAAAAUUUAAUAAAGCACUUAUUAAAAAACACAUUCAGGCAAACAAGAGCGCUAACAUACUAUGACUACAGGCUAGCAUUUGUACUGUAGACUUUAAUGCAAGCAAACUAGCAGUGGAUAUAUAAAAGCACGGUCUGUGUCUUUUGUGGCAUCAAUUUAUCAUUAAAAUUUUUAAAAGUUAGACAGCUAGCAACUAAUUGAAAAUACGUGGACGAUUAAUUAAACUCAUGUACAUUAUGAAAAAGACAUGUAAAACAUGAAAGGUAAAUAUAGAGCCAAAACCAAACCAACCUUGUGCUCCAGUUCUGUACUAUUUACAUAUCUGGGGAAAAGUCUAAUUGAACUCUAUAGAAUUGCUUCUGUGUAGGAUUGCACUGCUAAACAUUCCAAGAAAUUAUUAUAAUAGUGUGUUCUUCUUCCUGAAGUCAGACUGGGAUAGCUCAGUGUCAUACAAACUCUUUUCAAAUAGGGGAGUUGAAUGUGAGAUUAACUGGUAACUAAAGCCAUGUACAUUUUGAAUUGCAGUAAAUGGAGGUGCCAUUAGUUUGAUAGGGGCUUGCCUAAGACAUGUGCAAAUCCUUAAGUGAAGCAAUGUUGGACCUGGACAAUGUCUGUAUAGGAAGCCAAUGUUAAGCACAGUGUAAUCUGCUGAAAGCUCUUUAGCAGAAAGGCAGGAAAGAAAUGUAACAAAUAAGUACAGUGUUAAAAUCCAAUAAGUGCUUCCCUCUGCCUUCAUAAGUACAUAAACUCUGGGUUGUUCUGUGGAGAUAUAAGUCACCCUCCAGUUAAAAACAAUGCCAUUGAUUGCACCCUUGGCGAACGCCUGUUGAAACUGUAAGCAGAAUGUUGUCUCUACUUCAUAAAACAAAAGCUGUUAGGAACAGCAGCUGAGCUUUUAAAACUCGUUUGCUGUGAGGCAGCCCUUGCAGGUGGACAGCCUUUAUAUUUCCUAAACUACUUUUACUAAAACUAUAUUUGGCGUGCAGCGAAAUUUUUCAUAGGAGAAUAGUUAGGGCCAGAGGUGCCAGCUUGUGAGGGGGAUUGGGGAGGGGACUAGCCUAAGGGGGCUAGCCUGGCCCCCUUAGUCCAAUGACCGCAUGCCACUGAUUUUUACUAUCUGUUGGGGCCAAUAGAAAGCUUUAUUUCAAACCUGUUUGUGGGAUAGAAAUGUCAGGGUAUAUUCAACAGUUGGGAACAGAAGGGGGUAAUACUGACCCAUACCCCAUAGCCCAGUGAUGGCCACACUUGGCCCCCCCAGCUGUUUUGGGACUACAACUCCCAUCAUCCCUAGCCAACAUGACCAGUGGUCAGGGAUGAUGGAAAUUGUAGUCCCCAAACAGCUGGAGGGCCAAGUUUGGCCAUCACUGCCAUAGCCCCUCUCCAAAAAACACUGAUUGUGGGAAGGAAAGGCAUUUUCAGCAUGGGAAGGGCACCACUGGAAAGCAAGGGAUAAUCUUUCCUCCCCAAGAGGCAACUUCCCUCACAAACACCUCUCCUCUGUUAUAAUUAGGUUUCAAAGAAGCCUCCCAUUGAAGCCAAUAAACUCUUGCUAAAGCCUGUUUCCAGCAUGGGAGCAGGGAGGGGAUUAGUUGGUAAGAAGUCACAGGUGUGAGGGCUAGUUAACUAUCCCUUUCCAAAAGCAUGGUCCACAUUGCAAUUAGGCUUAAGGGGGGUUCUAUUGGCUGGAAUGCUUCUUUGAAGCUUCAUUGCAGCUGUGGGAGGGGUCUCUACAGGUGCAGGUGCUGUUUGAUGAUCCAUGGUUUACAGAUAUUUCUGGCAUGGUCAUGGAUGAGUCUCUUCUUAGCCUGGUAAGUUUAUUGCACUAUUGAUAUUUCCUUUGAUGUUCUGUUCAUGUUUAUUAACAGAUUGCAGACUUGGCUUUCCUCUUAGCUACUUUGUUGGGUUUUCUUUGGGAUAGGAAUGUGGGUUACAAAUACAAAAUGAAGUGAAAUUUUCCAGUCUAGUAGAGACCAGCAUAACCAGCCACUUAUAUGUUGUAUGGACAACUCUUUGAGCAGUUUUCUUAUAUAGGGUUUUCUUUGUGAUAGUUGUGAUAUAUGGACUUGCUUAAAUAUAUGCUUUUGUUGGCAGAGGUGAGCACCAUAGCUAGCCUCAAUACAACCUACUGGCUCCACUGUUGAAGGAGUGACCAGCUCAAAGUUGCCACACUCUACAAGUUAGUUUUUUCAGGCAUUGAAAAGUUUUGAAGCUCUUGAAACUUCAUAGUUAAAUAAUAUCAGGUUUCCGCUUUUAUUAGUUGGGUGUGGUUUUAUGCGUGACUUUGCCCAGUUGUGAUACUCAUGAACUCUCUGUGAGUUUUAGUUGCAGAUUCAGAAAUGCAUAUAAAUAUGUGGGUUUUGCUUUAAAUUUUGAUUGUUGUAGUUAUUUUUGCAUUAUAACUGUGUUGGUUGAAAAGCAGCCUGUAAAUAAACCUUUAUCUACUGUAGCAAGUUCACCAAAUAUAGGGCUAUGGUAAAAGCCUUUUACCCAUAAUAUUUUGUUCUAUCAAAUAGAGUUGAAAGGCUAAAAUGCAAAAGAUCUCAUUUGUUAUGGAGAUGUAGGUGUUUGCAGAGUGAUGACAUGAGAUCUUCAUGAGUGUCAACCAUAAGUGUGUUUUAUUAUCUCAGUUGGCUGCUUUGCCCUGUAAUUGGAAAGAGAGAUACAAUAAAAAUGUGUGGUGAUACACAGAGCUGAAGGUAUAACCGUAUUUUGCAUAACUUAGACAUUCUCUUUGGAGUAAUGAUCAUCAUGUUAAUGUUGUGGUUCUCUAUGGAGGUUGGAAGUGAUGCUCUUAAGCUUGAUCCUCUGAACUUUUAAUACACCACAAAAUCUGUUUAACACAGCAGGGCAUAUUGCAUCUAAUAAAAAACAAUAAAUACAGCAGAAACUAUAGUUUGUGGAGGAGUUGUCAAGUUAGCAUGGGGGGAAAGCAUGGCAAAGUUCACCUCUUCAAGUUAGGCAAUCAAUCUUUGGUCUUCCAUAAAUGCUCUUCAAUAUAAUGAAAUUAAGGUACAGUAUAUUAAGCUAGUUGUAGGACUCCCACUCUCCAAAUCUGUGUGAAAGGGCCUAUUUGUUUGUGUUUGGCUAACCAGCUGAUAAACAGAAGCAGUAGUAGCCAGAGUGUGCUACAAUUGAUGGUAGCGUUCCCUGAGUGGAGUUCUUCUUAGGCCGCUCCAACCAGCAAGAUGCCUUUUUUUGCUGAUUUCUCCUUCAGUGGCACCUCCUAUGAUGUUCUCAAAGGUGCCACAAGAAUCUUUGUUCUUUUGGGGGAACAGGCUACUUCAUACCAUGUAUGAGAGUUAUUUAUAAGUUCUUUUAGAGCAUGCUGCUCACAUGUAAAUGUGCUACAGAUGAGCUUAGGGAGCAUGGACAAAUGUGCUCAACUCUUCCCCUUAGUGUUGCUGUGCCUGUAAACCUCAAGGCAAUGGAAAGUUGAGCCUGAAGCAGGGAAGCUCCUCUGCUUACGGAGGCUUCCUACAUGAGUUAGAAUGCUGUUUUUUUUUAGGGGGAUGGGAAUAGUAGGAGCAGCCCAGAGCUUUAGUGUCUCUACUCUCCCUGGUUGUGUGUAGCAUUUACAUGCAAGCACUGCAUACAAAUAGGGCUGUGGAGUCAAACUGAAUAACCACUACAUUCUGUAACAGGUGUGUUUGCCACCCUAGGGUCCUUUGGAAGGGAGGGCAGGAUUAAAAAUAUAAUAAAUAAAUUGAAUGAAAAUAAUUAACCCAUUUGAAAAUGGAGCGCCUGUGUUUGAGCAACUGUAUGGCAGUAUCGUUGAUGCUUCUGAAGUCAGUGACAAACCCUUUUCUUUCAAGAAUCAGAAAGGGGGGGGGAGUUGAUUUGAAUACAAAGUUUUUACAUUGCUAAGGGGGGAAAUGAACAUGUUAAACUGAACUUGAAAAUCAGACUUCAUGACUAUGAUCCAGAGAGCUCCCCUAAGAAUAUGAAAGUGCCUGUGCAUUCCCAGUGGUAAAUUUAGGAGUGGCAACAGAGAGUAACAGCAGUUUCUGACUUUGCUUUUCAAAUUGCUUUUGAAACUUGUUAGUAUUCGCAACUGCAUUUUUUAAAAUAAAAAAAUCAGGGGGAGUCAAAGAUGCCACUAUUUAGCACAGAUCAAAUUGCAUGGUUCUCUGUAUUCAUUGUGGUUCAAGGGUUUAAAACGUGAGCCUAAUUCUCUUGUUGCGUGUUGAUCAGAACAGGUUAAAUGAAAUGGAGAAUGUUUUAAUGCUUAAAAUCCAUUCAGCCCUCCAGUAUAUAUUUUGAAGGGAAAACCCCACCCCCACCACCUUCAAAUAGAGCAUGUUAUAAGUAAAAUUCUUAUAAAAGUAGUCACUUCUUUUCAGAUUUUUUCUCUCCAUAUCUUUAAUGGUAUCUGUAAACACUCAGUGUUCAAAACACUUGGAGGAAGAGUAGCAGUAUAAAUCAGCUUCUUUACUGGAGGAGGAGGAGCAGAAGCAGAGCUUUAAAUUUCAGCUUAAUUGGUACCGAGACAGGGCUCUCAAAGUGUAUAAGCCUGUGUUUUAUUUAAUUUGAUUGCCUGCUUCUGUCUGCUGCUUUUGACUUAUGGCCUAUUUCUCUCUCCCUCUCCCUCUCUCCUUCUCUCUUUUCUUCCUUUGCAAACAGAAAGCUGACCUUGCCGUUGCACCACUGGCUAUUACGUAUGUUCGAGAGACGGUCAUCGACUUUUCCAAGCCCUUUAUGACUCUCGGAAUAAGUAUAUUGUACCGCAAGCCCAAUGGUACAAACCCGGGCGUCUUCUCCUUCCUGAAUCCUCUCUCCCCUGAUAUCUGGAUGUAUAUUCUGCUGGCUUACUUGGGUGUCAGUUGUGUGCUCUUUGUCAUAGCCAGGUAACAUGUGAAACCUCUUUGUGGUAUUUUGGCAAUUGUUACCUUUUCUUCCCCUCAAGAAUAAUUGUCAAAAGUCACAAAUCCUUCCUUACUUUCUUGUUCUCAUUUUUUUGAUAUGUAGGGCAGGAAUCUCCAACUUUUGGGGGCCAGUGGGCACAUUUGGAGUUUUGAAAACUGUCAUGGGCACCAGUCACAAAAUGGCUAGUGUGGAGAGAUCUGGCAUUUUUAAAAAGGUGACUAUGGAGACUGCCAUAUCUAAAAGAGCAGAAAAAGAGGAAGACAAAAUGAUGUAGGCAUGUCCCUCAUUCGGUGCACUUGUUCACAGAGAAAAGCUUUUUGGAGCACUCCUUGCUUCAUAACAGAAGGGAGGGUGGGAGCCUAGUGCAGCAUCCAGUGAAUUGUGGCAAUGCUUAGGGGUGAGUGUUCAGUAUAGCUGUGGCUGAAUUAGUGGAAAGAGGAACUGCAAAGAAUCUCUCGGGCACUGUAGGUAUUUGCUGAGGCCUUUUGCAGGCACCGUGGGAUAAACGGGUGUGCAUUCUGACCUCUGUGGACACCACCUUGGAGACCCAUUCUGUAGAGGGCCACUUAGUCCUACAAAGAGCUCACAUGAUGAUCUGCAGGGUCCUACACUCCCAUGAUGCCUUUCGCCUGCUGGUUAUGUCACAAAACCCUCUGUAGACUGGUAUGCCUACUAACAGAUAACUGAAUCAUACUUGGCAUAACAUUCAAAUGAAAUAGAUAUUCAGAUGAAUAUUGAUAAGGAUAUCAGAAAACUAAAAACAAAACUCUUGACCCUUGUGUGCAGUGUUUGGGUGCUCUAAAUCCUCCUAGCCCAGCUUCUGCUGGGCCAGCUCUACCCUUUCCAUGUGUUGAGGGAAGAUCUGAGGAGAGGAGCCUAUUCUAUGUGCAUUGUCUUGCCCAUGUUUUAGAACCCUGGUCACACAAUGUUCUAACUUACAGUGGUGAGGGUGGUGGGAUUUAGAAUAGGGAUGGGGAGCCUUUAACUUGUGGCCCAGCCACAAGGAUAAAACAAACAAAACAAAACACUACCUACUCACUGGUUUGAUUUAGCUACACCUAAGGAUACUUGACGACUUAGGAAGGUUCAUUUAGACAUUAGUUUGAAAACCUUUAUUGUAAACUUAAAUAUGCAGCAAAAGGUUUUUUUAUGUAACAAAUUGGUCAGAGUAAUGCACAUUUGCAGUGAUACUGCUCUGCUCUUCUAAGAUUACCAGAGUUGGCUGCUUCCCUCACAACUGUGUUCCUCUGUCUCUCUGUCUGUCUGUCUGUCUGUCUGUCUGUCCAUCUACCUAGUUCUCCUUUUUUCUUGGCACAGAGUUAUUCCUGCAGCCUUACAUGAUCUGUUUAUCUCUGUUCACUGUGGAGAUCCACUUAAUCCACUUCUCUUAUGCCAGAACUGUCAUCAGUAUUAUAUAUCAGGGACGUCCAACUCCCAAUAGACUGCGAUCUACUCACAGUAUAAAAAGCUGUCAGUGAUCUACCCAUUGUCGUUGGAUGGGCCAAAGUUGUUGAGCUUUAAACCACAGUUGUUCAGCUUCCUCCCCCCUUUUUGGGGGGAGGAAAGAGAUCUCUGAGGGGCCAAAGAUCUACCAGGAACACCCCAUGAUCUUCCGGUAGAUCACGAUCUACCUGAUGGACAUGCCUGUUAUAUAUUAUUUCCUUGAUACUACUGUCUCCAUUUUAUAAGAGAUGGUAUUAUUCCCGUGGACACUGAUGAAAUAGUAGUCUUUUGAAAGUAGUGACAGUCGUGGCUCACCCCUGCAUAAAAUAUGUGAUGCUGUAUUGGCCAACGAUUGAGUUUGCUGGUUGAUUCCAGUAUCAGCUUUUUACUGUUCUUUAGGGGUGCCGACAAGUGUGUGGAUGGGUAUCUCAAAGACACUGUAUAGUUGGAUUUUCAGAAAGCUAUUCACUAGCCCCCAAAUAAAUGUUGCAGUCAUGUGGCCAGUGCUCCCCCCAGGGGGUACUCAAGGGUACGCAGUAUCAGCACCUCUUUGUGUUUUGUUUAAAAAGUGUGGCACUAUAACAACUUCAUGGUGAGUACUGGCACCUAUUUUUCUAGAAAAAAGCACUGCACUUGGUUAAGAUUAAAAGGCAUUCCUGUGGAUGGGUAACCAGGUGCAAGAUAGUAGGCAAAGUGUAGAUAGUAUGCAUACAAUGAAAAUAAAGUGAUGUGGUGUGGACAUGUUGUCUUUUAGGGCUAGUGGCAUUCAGUUUCCUCACAAAUUAUCUAAAGCAUGGUGAAUAAUGAGAUAGCACAAGCUUACAGAUAAAGGUUAUUGUAGAUUUCAGAUAAAUUGUAACUUUGUAGAAACUUAUUUCCGAGGUGAUUGUGUGUGUGUGUGUGUGUGUGUGUAGCGUUUUAGCCAAAACGAUAACAAAAAUACACGUCGUACCAUACACAACCUGCCUGUCUAUCUAGAAAGAGCAAAAUCAGCUUUCUACCUUUCCACUUUACAGAACAUUUCCCUGCAUGUUGAAAAAUGUUUAGCACUGGUUGAUUCCAAAAAACAGGUUGAUUUCACCAAUGUUAUAAAGUGAUAUGUUGAUGGAUUUUGUGUACACCUUCUUGAAAAUGUGUUUUCUUACGCUGGAAACACAUUUUUUUCUGAGCAUUCAAGCACUCUUUCAGUUUUCUUUUUUGUUUAGAAAUAUUCACUUGUUCUCACUCACUGAGCAUGGUGGGAUGUUUGUUGUCAGUAACCAAUGCCAUGUUUUUAACGGCCAUUGUUGAGUGUUUUCUUUUUUAAAAUUUAUUUCUUGAUAUAUUCUAUCAGAUGUUGAAAGCAUCCUCCUGAUUGUAAACCAUUCUAAAAACAUACCAAUGAGAAUAUAGAUUUUGUUAAAACAGGGAGCUGGAUUGAAGUUAUAUCAUCUGAUUUGUCUGUAACUUUAGAAUAGGGAUGAGAAACCUGUAGACUCCAACUCCCAUCACCCCUGACUGUUGACCAUGCUGGCUGUGACUGGUGGGAGAUGGAGUCCAAUGACAUCUUGAAGGCCACAGGUUAUCCUAGCCCUGCUUUAGAUGUGCAGAUACAUGUACAGGUUAGAUGUACAAAAUGGUUCUUAGCUUUAUGUGUAAACAAUCCAAGUUCAAUCCAAAUCCAUGCUGGAUUUCGGCAUCAAUGUUGGCUCUUGUGGAAAGAUAACUGCCUAGGUAGGAGAAGUGAUCAAUAUUUUCAAAUGUUACACCACUGAGUUGGAUUUGUGGUGCUGCAGAGGGGUUAUUUUGUACUUGUUGGUGCAGCACUUUGGUUUUUUGGAUGUUGAGUGAUAGGCCAAGCUUUUCGUAAGCUUCUGCAAAGAUAUUUAACAUGGUUUGGAGGUCAUCCUCUGAGCGUGUGCACACCACGUUGUCAUCAGCAUACUGAAGCUCUAUGACGGACGUUACGGUAACCUUACUCUUUGUUUUCAGCCUGCUCAGAUUGAAGAGCUUUCCAUCUGUUCAUUAUAUGAUUUCUACUCCGGUGGGGAGUUUCCCUUCAACAAAGUGUAGGAUCAUGGCAAUGAAAAUAAUGAAUAGAGUUGGGGCAAUAACACAACCCUGUUUAAUACCUGAUCCCAUUGUGAAUGGCUCACUUUGAGAGCCAUUGUUAUCUGCGAUUGUACUAUAAACCCUAGUACAGAUAAACCCUAGUACAGAUAAAACAUAGUUUUAAAACAACAUAAAGACCAUCAAGAAUGGAAGACAGCAUAAUUAAAAUAGAUUGACUUUAGAAAUACUUGGAGGACAUAGCAAUGUUGGGGCUUGCUUUACUUCUAAGAGAGUUUCAGAGAACUGGUACCACAGUGCCAAAAGCACAUGCUCAAGUCACAGAGGUUUGUGGAAUCAUCCACAGAUUUAGGUGACCAGAGUGGAAUGUAUGGAGAGCCAGCUUUCCAGAUACCCUGGUCCAGAACCAUACUGGGCCUUAUACAGCAAUAUUGAAACCUUGAAUCUAGCUGGGUAGCAAAUUGGCAGCCAGUGCAAUAAUUUCAGCAGUAGGUUUUGUCGGGGAAAUUGAUUUAUUGCUCAGAUAAGCGUCCGGCACGCUUCCCAUCGCAGGCCUCUGCAUUCCAAAGUCCACAUAUCUGAGCAUAGCAGAGAUCAUCAGCAGCGGCAAGAGAAAGACUGCAAAAAACUCCAGUGCAUUCUUCAGUGUGCUUAAAUAAAGUCCACUCAGGAUCUUAGCAGCUAAAAGCAGUUUUAUUUACAGCAGACGAUCCAUUAUCUAUCACAGCGAACAGCAUCGCGAAAACACGUCCUCUCUCCUCAAAAGCGAAAGUAGAGAGAAAGAACAAAGACUUGGGGCUCUCGGAAAUGACGCAGAAGUUCCCCCCUCCCAACAGUAGGCAGAGCGUACACUCUGAGCUGUUUAACCCUGUAAGCUCAGGUUCUCCUCACAGGUUUUCCCAGAGAGCAAAUGGGUAACAGUGUUUUGCAGCAGCUGCAAGCUUCCAGACCAAAUACAAGGACAGGGCCGCAGGCAACACAUUACAGUAAUAAAGCCUAGAAGUCACCAGUGUGUGGACUACUGUGGCCAAGCUGUCCCUGUCCAGGAACAGCUGCAGUUGGUGAACUAAGGCUGGUAAAAGUUUUGGACAUAGGAAUCACUUGAGGCUUCAGUGAGAAUGCUGAAUAGGGGAGCGCUCCCAAAUUGCAAGCCUAUUCAUUUAGAUGGAGGGCAACCCAAUCCCAGAACAGGCAACUGACCCAAAUCUCCCAAACUCAGGGACCACUCAUGCACAAAGUUUCCAGCUUGCCUAAGACUACUGGGGUGAGGAUGGGGGAAUCAGCAUGUGGAGGUAAAAGCCAUUUUACUCCUUUUCCAUAUUUGCUUGCCAGUAUAUAUUAAAGGAGGGAGGGGAAAUCCACCAUACUUAAUGUUUGUCCAAUUGGUUUUUAGAGUUGUAAACUGCUUAGAAGCCUGUACUACUUCAUUAUAUGGUGGGCGACGAUAGAUUCCGUCCGCCCCCCCCAAAAAACCUGAUCUUCACUGAGAUAAAAAGUUAGGAAAACAAUAGAAUGCUAUUAAUUCAGGUAGAACUAGCUGAUCAAAGUGAUUCACUCAGGAAUUCUAUUCUGCUAAAUCUUAUUUUCACAUAAAGAGUCAUUCAGCCUGGAUUACCUGCCACCUCUGUGUUCUCCUUCACCCACUGAUUACUUCCUUAAGCUCCUCUAUGCUCCUUGUGAUGGGCCCUAAAUCAUUUAAGCUACUUUUAGCCAAGGGAAGGUCACAACAAAGUGAGAGAGGCCUGCUCUUUCUAUUUGAUCAUUUUUCUACUAGGAGAAAUAGGGUCUCGGUGUGCUUGACAUUUUUGCUCUUCUAUAUAUACAAGUCAACAGGGUCUUUCUUAACAUUAUUCCUUGACCCCUACUAGGCAUACUGCAACACUAAGGAGUUUCCAGGGAAGGCAGCACUCAUUGGCAGUUUCCCCACAUACAGAAGGUUACUUAUUAAGGGAGCCGCUUUCAUUUUCAGUAAUAAAAUGUCCAACCUCAGUAUAAAGUACAAUGUUCUGGAAACCAAUUUUGAUUCUGACUGUUUCAGGGAAGUUAAAAUUUCUCACUAAAAAGAAUCCAUUUUAGGAAUAGUUCCUUCAUCCAGUUCAAAAGUACUGAAAGAUGUCUGCAAAUUAUCUCUGUCUGAAUAAUGAAUUGUUAUUUUGGAUUAUGGGUUACAAUUCAUUAUCAAGGUGCAACUUGCAUAAUUUUGCUGGUGGAGGAUCUUGGUUUCUAAACCCUCGGUCAGAGAAAGAUCAAAGUAGGGAGUUUUUGCUUCACUAAAAUCAAGGGAGCUACUGUUUAGGUAUGAAGUAGUAUGAAACAGUGCCAGGCCUGAGGAAAAGUAUCACUUUCCUUGUGAGUACUGGCUAGCUAUGUUUUGUAGAAUAUUUAAUUCCAAUGUAUUUCCCCUUGCUGCUAUUCACAUGGGCACUGCCAACUGGGCCUUUGGAUGUUUUCAUUGUUAUUUUUGUUUAAUUCUUUUCGUGGAGGAUAAGGCUAUCUUCAGCCUUCGCUGUUGGAUGCAGUAUGCCUUGCAGAUGGGGAGAGCUUGUUGCACUUAGAUGCUGCUUGCAAAAUUCCCAUAGGCAACUGUUUGACCACUGUGAGAGCAGGCUGAAGGACUCUAAUCGUUCAGAGUGGUAAACCAGUUGGUCCACCAGUGUAGCAUCAUUAACAGAGGACCUCACAAUGGUAUGCUGCAGAAGAUUUUGUGAAUCACUUUGAGAGGAAAAUUCAUUGGAUCUGUGCUGAACUUGAUGCCACAGUUGGUUCAUGCAUGUUGGAAGUCCCUUGAGCCCGUCGAAUUACACCAUGUAGGAUCUGUUGCAGUUGUUGCAGUCCAAGGCUGUGGACAGGAGGUUUGCAGCAGUGAGGCAGACUGCAUGCCCUCUUGAUCUCUGCACAUCAUGGCUGGUAAAAUUGGGUAGAAGGGGAUUUACUGGAUGAUCCAGUAAUGCCUCACUACAGGAGAGAGUCAUGCCCAGUGCCUUGAAAGAGGCUGUUGGAUGGGCCCUUGUGAAGAGGUUUUCCAUGCAUUCAGAGCUUUUAGAAAACUAUCGUCCAGUCUCUAAUAUUUCCUUCUUGGGUAAGGUGAUAGAAAGGGUGUUGGCUAGCCAGCAGUUGUGCAUGGAGAAAGUAGAUCAUCUAUAUUCAUUCCUGUUUGGAUUCAGACUUGAUAUUGGCAAUGAAACAGUUAUGGUCAUCCCGAUUGAUAUCAGAAAAGAAACAGGGGACUGUGACCCUGUUGGUUCUUCUUGACCUAUCAGCAGCUUUUGACACCUUUGUCUAUGGCGUUUUGGAGAAACUUAGGGAGCUGGAGGUAAUGUUUUAGAGUCGUUCCACCUCUACCUGCAAGGUCACUAGCAAACAAUAUUAUUAUUAUUAUUAUUAUUAUUAUUAUUAUUAUUAUUUAUUGCCACCAUUAAUUUUAACUUAUUACCUGCCCCUCCUUCUAUCCCAGGCAAGCUAUAACAAUUUAAACCAGCUGCCUCCCUAAUAUCAACCAUCUUGGACCCCAUGAUCAGCAGCUGAGGCUUGCUGGUGGUGCCACAACUGUGGACUUCCCAGUUGGUGGUGACACGUGACAGAUUAUUUCCAGUGGUGGUUCCCCAUUUGUGCAACACUCUGUCUAGUGAGGUGCACCUGUCUCCCUCGUUAUUUACUUAACAUGAAUAAUUUACCUAGCCGUUUGAGGGCUAAAAGACAGUGUUCCUUGCAACCGUGAGAUCACUGGUUGAGUAUGUUUUAACUAUUCUUAAAAACAUUUUAAGACUGUUUUUAGUUUUUGGAAAAAAAUAAUUUGUCAUUGAGGAAUCUGUUUCCUUCAGCUACUUCAGUAGGAAGAUCAGAGUAUAAAUCAAAUUAGUAGUAGUAAUAGCAGUAGUAGUAGUAAUGAUAAUAUGUGGCCAUUUGGCCUGAUGCAACAGGGCUUUUCUUAUGCUCUCAUAUUAAAACAGAUCUUUUGGGUUCUCUACAGCAACUCAAGGGUGUCCAUACCCUACUGUUCCUAACAGAUGAUCCCUUAAAAUAAAAUAUUGUAGUGUGAUUAUAAAACAGAAAGCGGGAAGGAACUGGUUGCAACAUGUCAAGAUAUGUGUAAAAGUUUCUCCUGCGCAUGAUAGCAGAGGCUCAUAAAACUAGUUGCUGCUAUAUAAGAAGAAAAUAUAUUGCAGUGAAGGAAAUUCUAGAAUGUGUAUCCCAAGAGCCAAGGGCUAGUAACAGCAGAAAACUCAAUGAUCAGUAAAGCUAGUAAGUAAAAUGCUAUCAUAACACUAGAAUAAAAUAUUGGCUUUAAAUCACCUCACAACUUCAUAAACCUGGCUAUUAAAAGCCAUUCUUAAGGAAAUUUAUCAGAUUCCCACUUCAGCAGUCUCUAGUGGGGAAGGAGUUUCAUAGGUUUAAUUCCAAUUUCAUUUUUAUUGUUUACCCUGCAGCCAUUAUGGAACCUCAGAGGGUAAUUUUAAAAACACAGUCGAAGAUAUAAAAAUACUCAUAGAUUUGUAGUGCAAUCAAUUACAUUUAUCUUAAUAAAUCAUGUUUGUGCCUUGACUAAUGCCAAUAAAAAGUAGCAACUUUUCAUUAUCCUAGACGCAUUAUUGAAAAUCAAGUGGUCUGUCUUUUGUAGAAUAGACAUUUAGCAGAUAUAUUUAGCAGCUCAGCCAUAUGUUGUUCUCUUGUCCUCUGUAUCAGUGGAUAGUUGAAUAUAUUAUGAGGAAGAUCCUCAACUUCACCAGAUGCACAGUGGAUUGCAGGAAAUGACCCAAUUGGCAACAGUGGUGACAGUGCUAUCAAACACAAUGUAUAUGUAAAUGGACAAUUGCCAAGGAAAUACAACAUGAUCACAUUUGACUUCAAAAGAAGAAACACCCCCAAAAAUGAUUAAAAGAGACAGCCACAAUAUUUGAAGCUGAGCUAGAAUGUAUAUCACAAUAUUACCAAAGCCAAGAGGAUGCCUGCAUGGUUAACGGACAAAUAAGUUAGUAACUUAUUACAGGCAAUGAGACUUUCUUUAGAAAAUGGAAGUCUCGUCCAAAUUAGGAGAACAAAAAGGAAUGCAAACUUUGGCAAGUGAAAUGGAAGCAGACAAUUAGGGAUGCUCAAAGAGCAUUUGACAAGCACGUUGUGGAAAACAUAAAGACCAACAACAACAAAAACUUACAUACAUUAGCAGCCGGAGACCAGCUUGAAAGACGGUUGGAAUAAAUUAUUUGUGUCUUUCCCAGGAAAGGAAUACAGUAUAAGGAACUGAGGCAAAUAGUGGUGACAGCCAAAGUUCUAGGGCUUAUAGACAAAAUAAAAACGAGCAAAUCACUGGAUGCUGUUGGCAUCCACCUGAGAAUUCUUAAGUAAUUCAAAUGUGAAAUUGCUGAUCGGCUAACAAAAAUAUGUAAACUUGUCCCAAAGAUUAUCCUCGAUGCCUGAGGACUGGACAAUGGCCAAUGUAACACCACUUUAAAAAAAAUAAAUCAGUUGACAAUUUGUAUUUAGACUUUCAAAAAGCUUUUAACAAAGUACCUCACCAAAGACUUCUGAAUAAGUUUAGCUGCCACAGAAUAAGAGGAGAGGUAACUGGUUAAGAAGCAGGAAGCAGAGAGCAGAAUAAAUGGACAGUUAUCCCAGUAGAAGUAGAAAGUGACGUCUCCCAAGGAUUGGUGUUGGGAAUUGGUAAUUUUAACUUAUUCAUAAAUGCCUUAGAGUAAGCUGAUGAUACCAAAUUGCUCAGGAUCAUUAAAACAAAAAGAGACUGGGAAGAACUCCAAAAGGACCUUUUCCAAACUCUGUGAAUGGGGAGUAAAUUGGCUGCUGCAAUUAACUGUAAACAAGUGUAAAGUAAUGCACACUAGGGCAAAAAAAUUUAAUUUCACAUAUACCCUCAAGAGGUCUGUAAUGGCCUAGUCUGACCUAAAACAAGACCUUUGAGAUGCUGUGGAUACCUCAAUAUAAAUGUCAAACCAGUUUGUGGCAAUUGUGAAAAAGGUGAAUUCAGUUGUAGAGAUCAUUUGGAAAGGAAUUGAAAAGCUGCUCUAAACAUGCCAUUAUACAAACCUACAGUGCACCCACACUUGGAAUACUGUGUGCAGUCCUGUAUGCUUCGCUGAAAAAGAAUAUCGUAAAAGUAGAAGAGGUAAGAAAGGGGCAGCCAAAAUGAUCAAGAGCAACUCCACUAUGAAGAAAUGGUUCAAAUAUCUGGGCUUUUGCAGUUUAGAAAAGUCUAAUAAGAGCAGACAUGAUGCAGGUACAUAAAAGUGGGUACAGUGGUACCUCGGGUUAAGAACUUACGUAAUUUGUUCCAAAGGUCUGUUCUUAACCAGAAACUUCUUAACCUGAGGUACCACUUUAGCUAAUGGGAACUCCCGCUGCUGCCGUGCCCCCCGGAGCACGAUUUCUGUUCUCAUCCUGAAGCAAAGUUCUUAACCCGAGGUACUAUUUCUGGGUUAGCAGAGUCUGUAGCGUCUGUAACCCGAGGUACCACUGUAUGGUGUGGGGAAAAUUAAUUAAGGAGAACCUUUUUGCCCUCUCAUAACAUGGACAACCAGUGAAGCUGGAUUCAUGGAGAAUAUGGCUCUCAAUAGCUACUUGCCACAAUAUCUGUGCUAUCAGAUACAGUAUGCCUCUGAAUGUUUGUUGCUGGGAAUCACAAGUAGGGGAUAGUGCUGUUGUGCCCAGGUCCUGCUUUCAGACACUUCCGAUAAGUGUCUGGUUGGCCACUAUGGGAACAGAACUCUGGACUAGGUGGGCCUUUGGCCUGAUCCAGCAGGUGGUUCUUAAGUAAUUCCACCCAUUAAGGAAAUUAUAGCAAUGGUUUACAUUAGGAAAGCAGAUCCAGCCAAUUAGGCAAAUAGGGCUAGAUGGUUUUUGUGUGUGUUUUUGUUUUUAGAACUUCUUAGUUCAUUUUUAAUCCAUCUUACAUUGAUCUUUCCUAGUGCAGAAGUGAUUACUGCUCUUUAGAGAACAGUUCAGGUUUAUCCAGAGUUCAGCUUUAUCCAGAAGUGCAAUAUAGCUUGAUUGUGUCAGCUUGGAAAUGAAAGGUAGCAGCAAAUACAGGAAUUCAUUAUCUUUCAUACUCCUAUUUCAAACAAAAACCUGUUUUCUUCCACCGAAUUCAUAAACAAUUUUAAAAUUAUAUAACAAUAUUAAAAAUAAACACUCCUUAUGUUUUUCUGGAAUAUUUGUUUUUAACAUCAGUUCUGUUUGCAAGUAAACAUUUCUUAAACAGAGUAACAGUAUACUUUCAUAUAUGCAGACAAAGGAUCCAACACAGUGCAGGAUCUAUACUUUUUAUUCAGUUGAUGAAUAGCUUUUGUAUCUGGUCUUUGGCCAGGGCAGUUAAUAGGACCUGCCAUGUCAAAGUCCUCAUCCUCCCACUCAUACCAAUAUUUCAUGUACUUUUCUAAAACCAUUGAUUGAAUUUUCUACUCCUCCACAUUCUGUCACCAUCUAUCACCACUUACCAAAUAUUAGAGUUUGUGAGAGGGGAGGGGCAGUAGUUCUGAUAAAGUCCUGUCUGCUGCCUCCCAACUUCAGACCAUUUUAAUUAUGAGAAUGCUUGCUUAUUCUAUUAAGGCACUACUUGAAUACCCACACUUGGCAUUCAUAGUAAUCCAAAGUUCCUGAAUUGCCAUUGUGAGGAAUACUGAAGUUACCUGACACUUUGACAAAUACAUUCAAUUGGUUAUCCUUAGCAUAGAUGCAAUCUUGUAUGAAAUUAUGGCAGCAUCCUUUGCAAGAUCAGUAGUUUUCUUGGAUCAAAUUGUAUCACCAUCUGGUAAAGCAGAUUAUUAUUUAUGAUAUCUUUUAGGCAUGUGGGUUGGAAUCCAUGUACAUUUUCAUAGUAGGUUCACAGGCAUCCCACACUGAGAAUGAAAUAAGUGCAAACCUUGCAUGUGAAAAUUUUAAAAAAGCAAGGUGGUUCUCCUCCACCUUUUCUAUUGUUGAUAAUGUCCUGAUUUUAAAGGUCAUAGUCUUUAUAGUGUCAUGGAUAGCUCAUUCAACUUUCUUGUGGUCAAACCACUCAUUACAUGUCCAUUGCGGCACUCUGCCUCAUCCUUAGUAACAGCAACAGUAGCAACCUAAUUCAUCAGUAUGCCAUGCUGAGCAUAUGUGAUUGUACAAAGCAAUAUGUUGCCAAAAGCAUAUUUGAAUAAAUUGCACCCUGUCAGAUGGAAAGCAUCUGACAAUUUUCAUUCUCUCUCCUCUUUACAUAUUGCCUCCAACAAUGGACAAAACAUGAGAAUAGGCACUGCUGUUUCCAGACAAGGUUUAGUUUUAGAAAGAAAGAAAGAAAGAAAGAAAGAAAGAAAGAAAGAAAGAAAGAAAGAAAAGAGUCUCUCUUCCCACACACAUACCAAGAGUUCUAUGAUAAUAAUAGAGAAGAAAAUUCCAAUAAUGUUUUUAGGAUUUGUUUUGGUCAUAUUUGAAUUUUCAAAAUAUUUUUAUCGUAUUUGUGUUCCUCCUCCCUUUCAUUAGCCAUCUUGACUUUGUAGAUAAGGCAGGAUUAGGAUAUAUAUAAGUGUGCCCCUUAGAGGAUUGAUACUAUAUAUAUAGUAUUCAUCCUCUAAGGGGCACACUGUGUGUAGGAUUGAAAAGUCAUUUGAAAUCAGCAGCAGGUGUAUUGGCACAAAGGGAAAUCCUGUAUGAUGAUGAUCAUAGAAUAAUAGAAUUGUAGAGUUUGAAGGGUCCCAAGGGUCAUCUAGUCUAACCCACUCCAAUGUAGGAAUUGCAACUAAAGCGUCCAUGGCAGAUGGCCAUCCAGCCUCUCCUUGAAAUGAAGGAGAGUCCACCACCUUCCAAGGGAGUCCAUCCCACUGUCAAAAAGCUCUUGCUGUCAGAAAGUUCUCCCUGAAGUUGAGUCGGAAUCUCCUUUCUUGUAACUUGAAUCCGUUGGUUUGGGUCCUGGUGUUUGGAGCAGGAGACAAGAAGCUUGCUCCAUUUUCCAAGUGACAGCCGUUUUGAUAUUUGAAGAUGGCUAUCAUAUCUCCCCUCAGUCUCUUCUUAUCCAUGCUAAACAUACCCAACGCCCUCAUCCGUUCCUCUUAAGGCUUGGUUUCCAGAACCUUGAUCCACCUUGGUUGCCUUCCUCUGCUCAUGUUCCUACUUGUCAAUAUCCUCCCUAAAUUCUGGAGCCCAGAACUGGGUGAUGAUCAUGAUGCAGUAGCACCCAAGCAUUUUUGUGCAAGUGCCAUUAAAGUAGUGGAAAUUUACAAACAGCAGUAACUGGCAUUUUUGUAGUCUACUCCAGCCAUGGAUCAUGCAUACAUCAUGCAAUAUAAAAGACCCAAAGUUGCAAAAGGACAUGACUAUCUUCUAAAUCAUGUCCUGAUAUCUGCACUGGACUGAGUCUGCCUGCCUUAUCCUGAGAUAAAAUGAACCAUUCUAUGUAGGCAGCAGAAUUGCAUGUUAGCACUUCAGAUAGAAGAUGAGAGGUUGCAAAUUUGUUUCCCCACAGGGAGGGUGAAACCUUCAUUGUGCAGAGAAAAGUGACACACUUAAGGUGCCAAGAAGGUGGCAGAGAAGCCAACCAGUGCCUGCAGCUACUGCAACGGGGCAGAACGUUUACUUUAUUUUAUUUAAGUAAGGGGAAAGUGGAGAAUCAUGGUACUGUAAAGGACAGGGGUUCCCUGAAGUUUGGCAGAACAAGAACUCCUAAGCUCCAGAGCACUUUGUAGUAAGCCAACAUGUUUGUUUCACAGUGUGUCUUAAAACACAUCUUUUGUACUUGCCCAAUCCACACACGAUAAGCUAGCUAGGUGGAAGGGCUUUUAGAAAAUAGGUUUAUUUUUUUGUGGGAGGCAUAAAUGCCUGAUGGAGGAUUCAGGAUGUGUUCUGGGGUUGGUGUUUUUUUAAAAAAAUAAAAUAAGUGACAGUCCUAUGUUCCCCACUCCCCACUCCAGGUUCUGAACUAUUCAGCUCUCAGCAGAAUAAAAUGAGCUCCAAUCUUUAGCAGGACUUUAUUGUCCUUAAUACAGUAAACAGUUUUAGCUCUGUAUUGCUAUAAGAUCCAUAUCUACACGUAGGCAGGAUGUGUCUCCUACCCCGCAGCUUUGCAGCUAUCAUAAAUGCAUUCUUCUAAGAUAGUGCCAUCAUCAGCAUGUCGCUAGACAUUUUUAAAUCAGCAGAGACUGCAGCAAUUUAUUUGAUGAGGGUCUUAUUACUUUCUAGUGGAAUUUUAGUGUGAAGAUGGUGAAAUCUUCUGUAUUAAAUGAUCUGGUUUUUGGAAAGUUCUUUGUAAUGAAAUUCUACCAAAAACUCUGAAAAUUCUCUGGUUUCAGGGCUGACAGAAGAAAGCAAUGAGACCUGUCUGGAAGAAAAAUGGGAGCAGUUAAAAGAAUAUAUAUAUAUAUAUAUAUAUAUAUAUAUAUAUAUAUAUAUAGUGCUUAUGGAGCAUGGCAAAGAUAAUAUCAAGCCAUAAAAGCGGGGGUAUAUUGAAGACCCUUCUCUAAUUAGCCAUAUUUGUCCUUCACAUAUUACUUUUAUUUCUAUCUUUCCUUCUGUCUUUCUCUUCUGAAGAGGCAGUUAGUGUAGAGGUGACAGUAGUUAAUCAUGUCAAAAUCCUUGCAAGGGUGCCCUUCAUUUGCUGUUAAUGAGAGGAAUUUUCACCUUGCUUCAAAUACAGCUUUAAUUAGAUGUAGGCUGUAAAUGUAGAUAUCAAAGUCCUCCAUGUAGAGAAGGGGAUCCAUUGUGACUUUUUCACUAUAGCAAAGACUGACAGAACUCCCAGCCCUGCUUCUUGUGUUGCAUUUUCUCAUGAAUUGCAAUACCCACAUGCAAAACAUACUUAUUACUUCUCUGCUGAAUAUAAAUCAGUUAGGAAGAUCCAGUGUAUGUGAACUAUGCUGGGUUUUCCCCCUUAAACACAGGCAGUCAUCUAUUUUUCUGGUUCAGAAAGCAAAAAGAAAAAAGAGGAAAAAAGACGCAAAGUCCAUCCUAAGUAUGGUAUUUCAGCUAACAACAGGAAAUACUGGUGUAAUCAUACUCUGAGCCUCAUACUUUUAAACCAGUCCUUUCACUUAUACUUAGAGUGUUAAGUGAGGAGUAUAAAUGGUGAGUUGUAAACUGUGCAGAAUCAGGCUUGGCAAUUCUGAAAGCACAAUUUGUUUAGAACUAUAGUCUCAGAGUACUGUAGUAAUAGAGUUCAACUGGAGUAGGGGGCUCUGUAGAAAUUGGUAAGGCUUAUUUCUAAAUUAUUGGACCCCUUUUCUAUAGAAAGGAUGUUGUUGUUUUUCCAGCAUUUUUGAGACUCCCUUGCUAGCAGUUCAGAGACUGGGAAAAACCAUACUGUCCCAUUUACUUUCACACAUAGAUUGGCUUUGAGAAUUUAAAGCCAAUGUUAAGCGACUCACCAAACACAUGUAAAAGUAAUAUGCCACUUCCAUAUACUGUAGUUGCCAUGCCUUUCAGAGUCAUUCUACAGCUCCUAUAAGGUUAUGGGAUUUGGAUAUGGUUCACAAACUGGAUUAGCAAGGUUUAGUGUGCAAUAUGUUGUCACAUAACUAGAAGUGAAAAAUUCAAUGAAAUAGCCUAGAAAUCACACAAGUUCAUGUAAGGGUCUUAUACGCACACCUGUAUUUAUCGAAAAUUAGCCUAAGCUGUUGGUUUGGUCACAUCAUCAGUUUAGUACAGGGCUUCUUAGUUCUUUCAUUUGCUUGAAGGGCAUCUGACUUUCAUUCUCAUAGAAACUCUACCAUAAACACACUCUUGUUUUCAAAAUGUGGCUUUUUUCCUCUUCCUUUUUUUUCUCUUUUGAUGAUUUAACUGGGUUAUAAAGAUCAUGUCCAAAGUGCCUACAUUAACAGCUCUUGUCUGCUUUCUGGCUGUAGUGCAAUAAUUUUUAUAUUCCUGUCAGUAUGAUGGGUGACAUUUAAUGUACAGUGAAGGACAACAAUGAAUUAUUAUGCAGUCUAAAAUGGAUAACUGUUUUGCUGGGAUGCUCAGUGUUAACCUAAUCUUUUGUCAAGAAUGUUGAUGUCACAUUGAAAAGAAAUGCCUGUUUUCCUGUAUGAUUUUAGAUGGAACAGUUCCUCCUUGAAUUUGGAAAUCUGUACACCAUUUUUUUUUAAAAAAAACCCAAGGCCUUAUAUAUAAUUUAGUAAUUAUAUUUUAGUUUAAACAUCAAUCCACUGUCAGUAACAGAGCCCGGACCUAGUAUCACAAAUCCUUUCCACUGCUACCAAUACUUCAGGGUUAAAUUGUAAAAUAUUUUCUUCUAGGCCACAAACGGUAUAGAAUACCCACUAUUUUCUUGAUAUACUCUCACUUUUGAGGAUAUAGGGUGCUUCCAGACUGUCACUGUUUUACCAAGUGGGAUUCAAUUGCAUAGGGCAAAUUGAGGUUGCAUAAUGAAGUCGAUUUGUGGCUCUUGAUCAACAUUCCCACUUCAUAAAAAGAAACAAACCCCACAAACCUUGGAAGUUUUGAGGUAAAGAAAACUGACACGAAAGGAAGUAAAAGGAAAACAGCACUGGAAAGUGUGUGGUGACAACUGUUUGACGCAACAGUUCCAGGCAAAUCUGAAGGAAUCAGAAUAGCCAACAAUAGAUAGCUUCCUGAUAAACUUUGUUUAGUAAAUAAGAAUUGCAGGUGAUACCCACUGUCCUCAUGGUGGACCUGUUCACCAACUGGAAGUGUUUCCAGGGGCCUUCAUGACCUUGGUCCUAUCCUUUAUGACUUCUUUUGCUGACAGUUUAACAUAUACGGGUUAAUUCAAGCUCAAAACAGUAAUUUACUUCAGGUUAAUUUAAGAAAGUGUUUGGAAUUUUCCUUUAAGAAGCAUGCAUACAUUAUCAAGGAGUGAUUGCUGUAAACUUUGAAAGUGCUGGUGAAAUAUCAGUUUGAUUUGUAAUAAUAGUAAUAGACAAAACAAACCAAAACCCGCACUUACUUACUCCACAGAUAUUAGAUACUGCCUCAGUUCCUUAAAAUUCAAUUUCAGAUAGCAUCAGCCUUGCAUAGAAAUAUGGUUAUUGUGUCACUGAUAUCAGUGUAAGUAAUGGUUGUAAAUAAUUGUGGUGAAGUGGCUGUCUUAUGUUUAUCACAUUACAAGGAGGAAAAUAGAAGAUGUUUGUUUUCCUCUGCCCAGUGUCUUUCCAGCUCCUAUAUUUCUUUCUUUUUUUAAGCUUUAGACACCCUGGAGCAGGAAGACUGGUUGUAGUCUUAGGCAAUGUGUCAGCUCAAUAAAUAUUUUCAGUAGACUAGCUUCUGGGAACUGCACUCAGCUCCUGCCGAUUUGUUUCAAUUUAGAAGCACUACAGAGCCUGGCUAAGUAAAUCACAGAAGCUAAUUGUUUUAGUCUGUGGAAACAGUAGAUACAGAAGCACAAGCGUUUUACUGCUAUCACCAUGUGACUCACAGUAUAUAGAGGGUAUGGAAAGGUCACAUAAGGACCAGAGAAAUACUAUGCAGAUUACACACAGAGAGAGAUGAGUGUAAUUAAUGAAUUCCUACACCAUAUAAUAACAAUAAGUGAUGUUCCAACUGUGUAUAUAUACCGGCUUUGUUCAAUCUUGUUAUGGACAAAGUUGUGUGUGUACACUUCUGAUAUCUAAACUUUGGGAAGGGAAGAUAAUGCAGAUGUAACUCUGUGAAUAUUUAGGGGACCAAAUGAGAAAACAAGAGGUGAUGAAUGGGUCAGUGCCUGUCAUGUAUAGAGAGAACCUGUCUGUUCUGAAUUUUAUCAGGAGGAAGAAAAGACAAGAAAGUUUAGAGGUUACCACCACCACCUCCCCCCACAAGAAAUAUCCCAGCACGAUCCCCAAAUAGGUUUGUAGACCUCAGUGAAACUUCAUUCAUGCUCUAUAAGUAUGAUGCAGCCCAGGAGCUCCUGGCUUGAUGCAAGAAAGUAAAUCUAUUUAAGAGGCAGAAAUGUUGCCCAUUUUAUUACCUCUUUUAUUGCUAUGAAGAAUGAUAAGGAUCUAGACUAAAAUAUAGAAGAGUUAUAUUUCUUUAAGCAAUGCCCACCCCAAAUGUGAAAGCUAUUGCCAUUAAAUGUUAUGAAAGCCGAUCGUAUAAACAAUAUAAUACAGUGUACACACUACUAUAAACUCCAGUGGGUGACCCUCUCACAGUUCAUCUCAAAAGUCACUGUGGGUUGUUUUUUAAAUUGUUGGUAUUUCUCUUAUAAACCUCCCAUGCUCUGCCCCACCCCCAGCUUCCACAAUGUUUCAUUUUUUAAAGAAGAGAGGCAGAAGGGAGCACCAUCUCACUAACCAGACAGGCCAGCUGAUAGACCAGCUGGUCCCUAAGCUGAAAUCAUGUUUCUUGUUGUUUUCUCUGGGCAGAGAAAACUACAAAUGCCAUGAUCACACCUGGAAAAGGUGCGCUUGAAGCAUCAUUGCAAAUUCUGGAGUCAGCUGAGCUAGCCAGCCUGGUAGUGAACUGGAUUCUGUUCUGCUGCCACAUAUUCCUCCCCAACACCUGCAGUGGUAAGGAGCUUUUUUUUGUUUAUUUUUUAAAAGUAGAACUCGUAGAAGAAGUUCUAAAUUUGCAUUCUACUGUAAGGAUUGAUCCAUAUUUGCAUGCAUAUGAACAGAGAUUAAGUGAGUUGUAAUUAAAAAACAAUCCAGUGAUGCCCUCUGCCAUGUUGAGCCUAGCCCACUCCCAUUUUGCGUGAUCUUUGGUGCUAAAAAUACUCAUACAAUUAAAAGAAAAAGAGAAUGAAAUUUCUUUCCCAGUAUGUUCCUGUCCCCAUUACAACCCCAGCAUUAAUGAAGGAGGAGAAAUUAAAUUCACUACUCAUUUCAAGCCAAAUCUAUCAAGGUUUCUGUAUCUGAAACAAUAGGUGGAUUGAAACACAACCACCUCUCAAAAUUUGCACUUAUCCAAAUUUUGUGAUUCAGCUCGCCAACUGGUGUUUACAAAAAUGCAGAUAUUAGGGAAAUGCUAAAAAAGUUAAAAAUGAAGAUAUUAGGGGGAAAUGCUUCCAUAAUGUGUACAUUAGUCAAAACUGCAUAUAAAAUGUAUUCAUUAAUGUAAAAUGUAAAAUACUGAUGAAUUUUCAUGAGAUUUUUUUUAAAAAAACCCUAAAAUUGCUGCCAAAUGUAGAGAACUGAAUUUAAGUUUGGGAAAUUUAAGAACUGAGGGACACAAAACUGACAGCUCCUUCAAUCCCUACCCAGCAUAUACGUAUAACAACUAUGAAUAUUAUAGGUCACCCUAUAUGUUUGGUAGUGCCAGCCAAAACACUGUUCCUUCCUGAGAAAUUUUCAUGAAAGUGUGUUGUUUGGGAGAAAGUAUUUUAUUUUAUUUUUGAGACUUUAAGGAGGACAAAGCUGGCAAAAUAUGGGGUAAUAUGCCUCACCAUGAAAAAAUACAAGGUUGCAGAAGGCUGCAGUCUUUAUUUUCCUGGGGGGGGAGAGUGUUAUAGAACUGCAAUAAGCAACAGCCACCUGGUAGUAUUCCUUGUUGAGAAUGACCUUAUGGGAAUAAUGCUACCUCACCAAACCGGUAGAGCACUCUCCUUAGGAAGGCUUACCUGGUGCUACUAUUGUCAUCUUUUUGGCACCAGCUGAAGUUCUUAUUCUUCCAGGCUUUGGAGCAUUUAUUUAACUUGGGGUUUGUGGCUUUUCCCUAGUAGCAGUUGCUGCUUACCCUGUCACUGGAUUCUUCUGUUUCGUGACUCAUUUUUGUUGUUGACCCUUCUGUGUGUUUUAAAAAUGGAUCUAUUUUGUUAUGUGUUGCAUUAUUUUUUUAUCUUCCUGUUUCUCUGAGUCACUUUGAAACUGAUUGUGGGAAGAACCAACACAUCAGUCAAAUAAGUAAUAAAAGAAUAGUAAUUGGCUGGGCUGUGAGAUGCUGCAUGAGAUGAGAAAACUUUUGACAACUGUGCUGAUCAGUAUUGAUAGCAGUGGGACUUGUAACAGGGAUAUAAUUGUGAAUAUUACUUUGGUCUAAGCAUACAUACCCCACUCCCUCUGGUAGCCUUCACAAGUUGGAGGGUGAAUGUCUGUAACAGGGAAUCUUCUCUAUUCAUGGUUUUAGAACCAUGGGAAAUUCAGGCUCUGAACACACAGGGAGCCAACAUAGGUAGAUCAGGGUUACUAUUGCAGACAGUCACCUUCCAACUCAUGGAGGACAACACAUUCAGUGUUGGAGGGGCCACUCUCACCCUCCUUUCCUCCUCUGUACAUCACUAUGGCAUGAAUAAAAGAGGAAGAAAGAAUAGAUCUACUAUUUUAUCUGGUCCACAACAUCAGUCUUAUCAAUGACUGCUUUCUACCAUUUGUUCCUGUAUGCUGGACAAUAGUUUUGGGGUUUUUUUCCCAGUAUUUCAAAUGCUCCACUAGAAAGGCAGGAUAGAGAUACUCAAAUAAAUGAAUAACUAAAAUGCACACCUACCUACUUGCAUUUCAUUUGGAUUGCUUAUUAUUUGACUCUCUAAGCCUGGCCUUUCUGAGUCAGGGUUGGUUGCAUUUCAGUAUGCACUUCCAAGAUGCUAAAUGGUUAGGAUUUGAAUGCAGCUGAUUUUAGGCAAAGGUGUUUCAGUUGACAAACCUAUGAAUAACAAGGUGUUUCUGUUCAGUCUUCUGUAUUAGUAUUUGAAGCAAUGGAGAAGGGAUAGCCUUUUCUGUAGAUUUUUUUUUUUUAAUGUUACUGGCAUUAUGACCAUUCCAAAUCCAGGGCUGCAACUGUCAUCUAAGUUGGUUCAGAAUAUGCACCUGAAUAUUUAUUUUAAUACAUUAAAUGAAAAGAAUUUAGGUAAGUUUCCCCUGCUUUCCCCUGUUAAUAAUUCUUAAGUUGAAAGUUAACUCUACUACUCAGCUAGGCUAUGCAGCAUGCAGUAAGCUUGACAGCUGUUACUUUUGAAACUGUGUGGCUAUAAAUUGCAAUGGUAAACAGGUAAGCACUCUAACUUUUGAGCAAUGAUGAGUCAAUCAAAAUGUUAAUAUGUUGCAUGGUAUUUCGAAUGCUGAAAUAGUUUCCUAUUCCAAGCUUGUGGGAGGCAUGGAUUUUACAGUAAAACUGUAAAAAUAAAAAACCCAAAGAACAAAAAUAUCUGACCUAACAAUCUAUUUUGAGUGUGGGUGUGGGUGUGGGUGUGUGUGUAAAAUAAUUUCUCUCUUUCACACAUACAUACACAUACACACUAAUGAAAACAGAAAAAUGUUGUUAUCUGCUUAUUUAUUUUCUUUUGUGGAUGCCUUCCUUCAGUAACUGCUUUUGCCCCACAGUUAUGUUGCAUUAUGAAUAUCAAUGUAUUUUCACACUGAAGAUAAAAUAUAUCCAGUUAUUCUCCUAAAGACUUUCUCUCUACCUGUUUCCCACGACUGUGUGUGUUCGUGUAUAUUUCGAUCAUCUGGUUCUUUAUCUUUUUAUAUCUCCUUUUGAGAUUUACUUUAAAAAUUUAGGGCAGUACGGUAUGCACUCAGCCAUACAGAAAAUGAAAAGGCUACUGUGUUUAGUAUCUAUUUAAGUAUGGUGGUUACAUUUUAAUUUCCACAUAAUGCCUAUAAUUAUAUAAGUGCAGGAAAGAUCCGUAAAGGCAGAUGUUUAAAAUACAAAUGAUUUAAGGCUGUGUUAGAUAUGAAGAGGGUAUAAAAUUGACAAUGUCUUGUGUGUCUUUACAUUGCUGCAAGUCACUGAUGCUAGAACAGCAAAUAUGUUUACUAAAGUCAUUGUAUUAAUACUGCAAGUUUAUCAUAGAUGGAAACUCCUAUUUUCAAGUAUAAGAUGUGAUUUUCCAUUAAUAGUGCCUACAUUAGCCACAAUUGACCAGGAUCAUAGACACACUCAUCCCUGAAAUGAAUCAGGAUAUCCAUUUGGAGUUGCUCUCAAUUCAAUAGAAAUUUAUAAUGGAUUCUGUGCUCAGUAUCUCCAUGUCUGAGAAUAAUCUGUAAUGGAAAAUUAGAUUCUGGGUAAUUCUUUAAAUGAAUAUAGUAGGUAUUAAAUCUAAGCUUCUGUGUUUUUACGAGAGUGAGGAAUUUCUUUUUUUUAAAUUCUUUAAAGCCACUCUGCCAACAACUAAAUAUGAAUGCUGAGGGGAAAGUGUUCUGCAAUGUGGUUGGGUGGGUUUAGUCUUGUAUCUAAAAUAGCAAGGUGAUUUAUGCUAAUAUUACUUUAUUCUGUCAUUAAACCAUGCACAUAUUUAAAGCAGCUUAAUUAAGGACAGGCAACAGCUAAAUUAUAGGACUGAACUCUUUAUCAGUAGCAUAAUAAAGUUUUCCAAACUUUCAGAAAGUAAUCAUAUGUUUCUGUUUCCCAUGCUAAAAGUCAUAAAGGUAAAGGACCCCUGGAUGGUUAAGUCCAGGCAACUAUGGGGUGCGGCACUUAGCUCACUUUUCAGGCUGAGGGAGCCAGCGUUUUGUCCGCAGACAGCUUUCUGGGUCAUGUGUCCAGCAGGACUAAACCACUUCUGGCGAGUGCCAGAGCGCACAGAAACACCGUUUACUGUAGUUCACUAUGUAUCAGUGCAGUAUUAAAUGUCAGGACGCUUCUUGGGGUAUUAAGAGUUCUCAACUAAAUUCUAGCAGCUAUAUAUUUUGAAAUACCUUCUUAUAUUGUGCUAUGAAUAGGGAUAUUUUGCUUCAACAUCAGUUUCUCAUCUCCAAAUGGGAGAUGCCCACUCAGAAGUAAGUCCGAUUUAUUUUAGUGAGGCUUGCGCCCAGGUUAGUGGAAUAGAAUUGAAUUCUGAUAAAGCAACCUUAUGCAUGCCUAUUCUCAAUAGAAGCCACUCACGGAUGUUAUAGGAUGUCAGCCAGAGUCCCACAAUAGAAAAACUGGUACUUUUAAUACUAAACAAAUAGAAAAAUUGUGCCAAAUAUCAUAAGAAAGGAGCUCACUAAUUUGCAUCAGCAUUUUGUCUCUGGGUUGGAGAUUGCGGCUUGGAUUCUGUGACUAGGUGAAAGUCAACAUAAAGGACACAUUCCUUCUUCUUCUGCCUCCAAAAAGCCUCUUGGGUGGGUUGUAGAACCGUUUUAAGUAGUUUUGAGGGGCAGGGGCUGAAUUGGAAAGGGGGAGUCCCCCUCUAGACUAGAGAGUAUUUGGAGGGCUUAGUGGGCUACAGAAUGGAGGGGAAGACGGGAGAAUCUCUUUUCAUUAAAUUCCUUCUUUUCAUGGAUCAGUAUGCAAGCCACCAAAUCUUCUAAGAGUUGUGUGGUGGAGAAAUCUGUAAACUAAUAAAUUUUAAAAACUACAAUUCAGCAUUCUUUAUUUACUGGAUUGAUUUAAGCAUGUCAUAGUUUUGUUUCUUCUUGUUUUUCUGAACUUGGAUAAAUUUCAGUUGCUUCCUCAACGAUAGAUAUCACUACAAGUCAUUUAUCAACUGUGCUUACAUAUUUAAUUCAAAAGUAAUUCAAAAUUAAUUAAUUCAAAAUUAAUUCUAGCAAGUAAACGUUAAUGUUGUUAAUGACAUUUAUUAGGAUUUCUGGAACAAUAAACUAAGAUCUUCUACUUUUUUGCCGCGACACUGCUUUUUGACAUUGUUAAAUUAUCAUGAGUUUUUUAACAUCCAUUCAGAGAUGCAUUGGGAACCAGCAAUACAUGCUUCCCUCUAGUGUCUGGAUAGAAUUUCCACAUCACUCCAAUGGUUAGAUGUGCAAUUUUCGCAUGCAGGAAUCCCUUAUGGGAAUAUAGCUUGUGUGUGCCAAUUUUUGGUGGGGGAAAAGCACAAGGAGAAAGUAGUUAAAAAAUCAUGUUUUCAGUCCUGAUCUUGAUUGUCACACCACAUAGCUACUUAGCUACAUUUUGGUUCCCCUGAGAUAUUAAAAUGACCCAGUGCUAACCAUGCUUUAAAACUAGCUAGAUGUGCAGUUUUGAAGCAAUCAGAUACAUGUGUUUUGCCACCGGGAUCAUUACCCCACAUUUUCUACCCAAAUAAAAAUGUUGCAUCUUUAGGGCAGCUGCAGAUUUUUUGGUUGCUGCAAAAUGCAAUUCCUCCCACAGUUUGGCACUCUGUUCCUUGGGGAUGCAUUGUGGGGAGGGCAUUUUGCCAUUUUGGGGGUUGGGGGAAAACGUUACUCAAACAGUUCAAGGGGAAUGGAAGAUUGCAAUGUUUUGUUUACUAUUGUCAGUGCUUUUUCUCUCUAAAAAUAUAUAUAUUUAGGGGUGCUCUCAUUUUCCUACUCAUAUUGAAAUACUGCCCCUCAAUGAGGCCAAACUUAGAUUCACAGAAUGUUUAGGGGUAUGCAUACCCCUGCGUCCCCCCAGAAAAAUAAAGCACUGACUAUUGUUAUUGUUGUUAUUAUAUUGUGGAGAUAAAUAUUACAAUGGGGUUAUUAUUUCAAUUAUGCUUAUUAUUCCAAUGCAUUAAAAACCCAUUUCCCCGUAAAAUUAUUAGGUUCAUUCACUUGUAAUAUGUCAAUUUGGUCAUUAGCACAAAAGAUCAUCCCCCCCAAUCAAUUAAAAAAGCACUCCUUUUGCAGAUUUUUGCUGUUGCUAUUUUUGCAGCCAUUAUCAAAUACCAAAAAAUAUGCAUAAGAUCUGCUUUAAUUGUUCUGCAUCCCCUGUCCUUAUUUAUGUAUUAAGUUGGGUUUUGAUGUAGGUCUUAGCAAAGUGUCGGGUCCUUUUUGCAUUUCUUCAGGAGACUUGCUGUGUAUGCAUCCGGCAGUGGCACUGAAAGUCAAUGGCAGGAUAUUGAUCAGUCUUGUUUAACCUAAUGCUGCAGUUAAUUACAGGCCUUUUCACUUCUACACCUUUCUUCAGAGCUGGCAGGCAAUCUGGCCUGUUUCAGCAGGCCUUAGAUUAGAUAGAAGCAAUGUGAGUGACACUGUGAUGUCAGAAGAAAGCUAAAUGAGAGUACCUGCACACAUUGUGGCAUUUUGAGUUUUAGAAACUAUAGAAGUAUCUCUGUUGUAGAGUAUUAUCAUUUGUAGUGAGGCAGAAUAAGGCUUCCACUGAGCCUAUGGAAUAUUCACCCACUGACAAGUGCCGUUGACUCGUGUUUCUUCUUGAUCCCCAAGCUCAUUGGUCCCCAUAUACACUUUUGAUGGGGGAGUUGAAAUGCUAGAUUUGCAUGUAUGACAAUUUGGAAGGGGGGAGAAAUUUGGUUCAGCUCACACGUAAAGGUGUAACAAUCCUUCCAAAUUUGCAUUUCUCUGAAUUUUACUUUUCAAUUCCCCAGGCAUAAUGUGUAGAAACACACACACACACACGUGUGAAAAUAACAUACAAAAAUGCAUUUUAUGGAAAAUUAUUUGCAGGUCUUGCUAUAGUGGGAAAAGUAGUCUUAAAAGGUGUAUAUUAUGAAAAAUUCACAUUAAAAUGCUGAUGAAUUUUCACAUUAGCAGUUCUAUUUCGUAUAGAAUUAAGAAUAGUAUAGAUCACUGGUUCCCAAUUAACUAUGUACUACGGACCCCCUGUUUUUCAAAAGCUAAGCCAUGGACUGUUACUUUUGAAAAUUUUGAUAUCUCUAUUUUUGUUAUUUGCCAUGGACCCCUCUGGGUGGCUUAUGUGGACCCCCUGGCAUCCAUGGAUCGCUAAUUGGGAAGCACUAGUAUAGCUUAUUUGACUUUCAAAUGAAUUCAGGAUACUUGCACCACCAAACUUCCCUGAAAGUUUGGUGGUGCAAAAUAUAUUUCAUUCAUAGGAUAAUAGGACUUAGAAAGCCAUGAUCUGACACCUUUCUCCGUUCAUCUGCACCCCAGCCAUGCACAUAUGUUGAAUUAUUUCACCAAGACUAGGGUACAUUAAAUCUCCAUAUAAUAUAUUUUUUUAAAAUCAUCUUACAAUAAGAAGGUAUGCAUGAAUCCAUCCUUGGUUGUCAAGACUGGCUUCCCAUAGGUUCUAAAACAAAAUCCUGUAUAUACCUAUAUAUGCCUGACUUGCAGGCAGCUGGACUUCACAAGCAAAGAAGGGCAAAGACAAAGGAAGCUUAGCAGAUUUUUAUCUAAUACCCCUCCCCCUGCAAACAUUUGGCAGCUCCAUGGAAUGCUUGGCAGGGGGUUGGACUCGAUGGCCCUUGUGGUCUCUUCCAACUCUAUGAUUCUAUGAGUUAGCUAGAAGCCUGAAAUUAUAGCAGUAGACCAGUUAAUAGCCUGGCCACCAUAGAAGCAAUAAAUAGAAACACCACAGAGAAUAACAGUAGUCGAAAUAUUUAAAAUUCCCAAAACAGUACAGUAUCUGUACAAUGCUUGGGUAUUAUAUAGAUCACUCAGCGACAUACUUUAACUCCUCAGCAAGUGGAGAAGCAUAAAAUCGACCAUUUAACACCCGAAUAAACAUAGAGCCAAAUAAAAUCACAUAACUCGCAGAGAUUCCCAGAAAAGGGACUCUGCAAAUGAAUCCACUCACUUGUGAUUAUUGUAUUCUUUAUAAGGUAGUGUUCCAUCCUGUGUUGUGGUAGAUAUUGGCUGUUGCUUAAACCCUCCCUUUCCCCCUUCCUACAUGGCAGGCGCCCUUCAUGACAGGUCAUCCCAGAGGCAUUGUAAUUUCUCAGCUUGGAAAGCAGCACUGACCAGAUCAAAAGCAGUGUGCAAGCACUACUGUAUUAUCUGACAGGCACUCUUCCCAUCAGUAAAUCAGAGGUUGCCUUGAAGGCUUCUGGGCUGACAUCUGAUUUCCUGUUAAAAAUGUGCUUGCCAGAUUCUUAGGCCUAUGAAGCCAAGGACUCCUGAGCGAAAUAAUUCCAGCAGAUGGGAAUGGGUGUGCUAAUGACAUGGACAGAACAUCUUGGCCAGGGAUAUUGAACAGUCCCUUAAACUGAAGAAGUUGGCCAUGAUUGCUAAUGGGCUGAGAGGCUCACACUUUAAUAAGUACCUUUUCUCAUAGCCUCAAAGACCUGCUGCUGUCAUUAAAACUGGCCCACAUUAUAUAUCAUGCAUAUAUAUUUCCAGCUGAUGAACUGUUUAGGCCCCAUACAGAUUUGUAGUACUCAUGUGGUAAAGGGGGGGGGGAUCUUGCAAUUGACUAGAAAAGUUACCCAUGUAAUUUUUAACAUAUUUUUAAUAUAGCUUAAAUGCCAUAGUGGUUUUUUUUAUGGCAAACUAGGGAAUAGUUUGAUUCUAACCUACAUUUAAAUAUUGGUCUUCUCAAUAAAUAGCAAUUAGAAUAUUUGGAGAAUGAAAUCGAGUUAUCAGAGAAUAAGAGCUAAAAUUAGACACAGGGUGUUUUGAAAAUGUCCAUCGGCUGGGCAAGCUUCAAAUUUUAUCCACAUGGUUCUGAUUUGCUUGUCUUUAGCAGGUGAGCAGGUGGCAAUUUUGAUGCCUCAUCUUUAAUGGAUGCAAUUAUCACAAGAUUAUACGGUCUACCAUGUUAGGCAUUCAUGCAUUUUAAUAUUUUGUUUACAGCCUUCCAGCACCCUUCAGACUUUCUCAGUGAAAACUAAUGGAGAGUAUUAUAGCUCAGGUCUUGGCCCAUUCAAUAUGAAUUGCGUUGUUAGCUGGAGACAUUUGGAAAUGACACACUGCCAAACGGUUUAAUAAAUUGUGCAAGCUUUGUUGUUGCAAAUAAUUCAGAAAGAUUGUUCCAUAAUGGGUGUAUAAUGGGGAGAAAAACCCUUAGAAGUGUUACUUAUACAGCAUUUUUAAAAUUCUGUCAAUAGCCGCAGCACAAUAGGACAUUUGGCUUCUCUGCAUGUCUUCUAAAUGGUUUUCAGAUGUAUAGUGUCACUAGCUUUGUGGCAAAUCCAUGCAACAUUCUAGUGGCCUACUUGCUGCAGUAGAUUCUGCGUAACUCAUAAAUAUAGGAAGUAGGAACCAUUUUCAGUAGUAGUUGGAACUAAUUUAUAUAUAUAUAUAUAUAUAUAUAUAUAUAUCUUGAUGUAUUGUCAGUGAGACAAACAUAAACCAAAUGACUGAAGUUGGCUUGUAAAAGAUCAAUAAUUUUUAAUGGAAGCAGAGAUAAAAUGAACAGCUUUGGGGGACAUUUUUGCAUUAUGUAAGUCAUUGAAAUAAUUCCAUGACUUACAUAAUGCUUCCAUCAAUAAUUCUCAGAAUAAGCAAUGAUACGGGAAACAUUUAGCAUAAUAAUAAUAAUUUAUUAUUUAUACCCCGCCCAUCUGGCUGGGCCUCCCAGCCACUAUGGGUGGCUCCCAACAGAACAUUAAAAGACAAUAGUCUAUUAAACAUUAAAAGCUUCCCUAAACAGGGCUGCCUUCAGAUGUCUUCUAAAAGUCUGGUAGUUGUUUUUCUCUUUGACAUCUGGUGGGAGGGCAUUCCACAGGACGGGUGCCACUACUGAGAAGGCUCUCUGCAUGGUUCCCUGUAACUUGGCUUCUCACAGCGAGGCAACCGCCAGAAGGCCCUCGGUGCUGGACCUCAGUGUCCGGGCAGAGUGAUGGGGGUGGAGACGCUCCUUCAGGUAUACUGGACCGAGGCUAUUUAGGACUUUAAAGCUCAGCACCAACACUUUGAAUUGUGCUCAGAAACAUACUGGGAGCCAUAUUUAUUUUUAGGACAUGAAGAGAAGAUCCCUAGUAUUACAGUAGCACAUGUGUCCACUCUGGAGUAUGCAUAUGUAUUACUUUUUACCUAAGGGACAGAAUUAGAAAUGUGUGGGGAAUUGUAAAAAUGUUACAUUAUUUUAUUUCUAGGAAACGCAUACAUUAUAUAGUCUAAAAUACUAAAUGUUUGCAGCUAUUGUCAUGCGUAAACAUCAAAAAUAAGUGUGAGUGUCUGCUGUGGAAGGCAGAGGUUGUACGUUGAGGGGAAAGUGGGCUUUUGCCUUUUUUACUCCAUCUCCCACUUUCAGGCUGUUCAUCUAGACAUCUUGGCAGCCUUACUCACUUUGUGAACUGAUGGCAUUAUAUAGCACUUACCACAAUCCUGGCUGUUGUAAAUUACGGCGGUCAUUGCUACAAAACGCUACUACAGGUUUUUGGCGCUCUUGGGGGCAAGAUGCUGUCAGAUCUACCCAAUGUCACCCAUUGUUCAUAUCCAUUGCUUCCUAAUCCGCAGGGGAAAAUACCUUAAAAUAUUAAAUACUGUAGUUUCAGUUGGAAGACUUGAAGUGUCAAGCUGCUGUUUUCCACUCUAGGUUAGCUGAAUGUGAAGUUGUUCGCUUGCACUCUGUAUGCAUAUGAUAGACAUGUUGUAAUUAGUUUACAGUACCCUGUAGCUUGAAGCGCAGCAGGUGGGCUUUUUGGCAAGCAAGGUUAGUGUAAACAAGAAGAUAGGUUGGUGCCAUGGUUGCUGCUCUAAUCACAAGGUAAUUCUUCAUCUUCGGUCAUUAAAAAGUACCUGCUUUUUCACAGUUCUGGCUGCUUUAUUUUUCUUUGAUGCAAUCUGUGUUUGGCAGAUUGAUCACAGAUCAGCACUAAUGGGUGAUAUCCAAUGAAGUCCUACUAUGAAUAGACCCAUUGAAAUCAAUGCUCCUGCUCUGAGCUACUCUAUUGCUAGAUACUACCCACCUGCCCAUCACCUGAGAUCAAAUUAAUGCUAGAUAGCCCAAAGUAUUUUCUCUCUGCUUUACUGUUGCAGCUUAAACUGUGCCUUUAGAGAAAGAUCAUUCUCAUUGCCAGCUUCAGUUCAACCCAGUGGUGCAAAGGAACAUUUUUUUCUGUUAUGGGUUGAGCCUGCAAAGGAAGAUCCUUUGCCUUUCUGGUUUGAAUUCCAGCUGGCAAUGCAAAUGAAUAUUUGUGCUUAUAGCAAGCCCUACUUUGAUCCCAAGCGACUUGCUGUGAGUGCUGAUCGGCUGAUUUUCACUUACAGCAAGCGUGCUUUGGGCAGGGAUUGCCUGUACUAUGCAGUUCCCAAUUGGGACUUGCUGUUGCAACAGCAAGCUGUGUUUGCCAAGGAGCAAUCGGAAGUGUACUUGAAGGCUAUGUCAUUACCGGCCGGCACCUGACAUCGCAUAUGAUGUCAAGUGUGGGAAAGGUGGCUGUUGAUGAGGAAAGCAGCCUCAUGGACCAAAUUGGGACUUGUGCUAGGCUUAAUCUGUCCAUAGCUGUCAACUUUCAGAUUUGAAAAUAAGGGAUCAGCAGCCUCAACAAUAAGGGAUCAGCAGCCUCACCUGUCCCGGGAACAGUCUACGGGAUAUCUAACAAUCUGGGAUAGCAGUGGGAAACGGCGGGAAACGGCACUGGAAUAAGGGAAUUUCCCGCAAAAAAAUGGGAAGGUUGACAGCUAUGAAUCUGUCACAGGGGCUGCCUCAUGAUUCCUCAACUUGUGGAUUUUACAAUCUGAGACAUGUGGAGUGCAGGCUUUAGGAAAGACUCUAGAACCCAUGGUACUCCCAGCAAUAGCACCAGGAGUGUGCCAGGGCAUGGAGAAUUGGUGAUUUUGAGACCAUCCAUUUUUACAGAUCAAUUCUGAGCUGUAUGUAGGUGGCAUCUGUCAUUACUAGAACAGUUACCUUAAUGUUAUCACUUAAGGCUGCGAUUUAACAAAAUGUGUGACAAAGGCUCUUCAGACAUAUUUCAUAUACUUUUAAAUGCUUUCAAACAUCUGUGUUACUACUGAUUUAAUUUUAGGAAAAAUAUUUUCACAGAGAGUUGGUUAUUUUGCCCUUGCACCAUCUUGUGAACCCUGCAUGUUCCUGUGACAUGAUGCAUGCACCAACACUGUAUACUGUAUAUAGGAUGCAGAAUGAAGCAUGUUCAUGUUAAGAAUAUAAUUAGCCUGACCAAAAAUUAUAUAAAUAUAUAUAUAUUUAGCUUGGUGUGUUCAUUAUAACUGACAGGAUGUAAGAACAUAUGCAAAGUGCUAUCUUACAGGACAUCAAAGUGGUAUGAGAGUAACCAAAUAUUUAAUGGUACCAUAUAUACAUGUGGGAAACCACUCCUCUGAAGUAUCUGCCCAUGCAAUGUAAAAACAUUACAGUGCUUCCUUACCAAUGUGGAAAAACACAGGUAUGGUAAAAUUAUCCUCUCCAAUCUAGCAGGAAGGGAAUGAAGGAUGGUGCCAUAGCCAGGUGGGACGUAGAGAGUGGAUAUUUCUAGCAAAUCCCUACCAGCAGAUUCCUCUAGGUAGCCCAAUAAAUAAAGAAAUAAGAAAAGGAACGUCCUGAACUUUUCCCAGUAGCAUCCCUUUCUUUUUCCUCUUGGGAAGUGAGAGACUCAGUUAGGGUUCUGGAUUCUGCCCCCCACUAUUUCUCCUUGUGCCCCACAAGGUGCUUUAUAGGCCAAUGGACUCUUUUGAAGUGUUGCAAAAUAAGACAUAGCACACUGCAACAGGACAGGGUAAUCAAAGGAAUGUUGAUGGUCCGCAUAGCAUAAGUAGAAAUGUGUUUCAACUUACGGAAGCCAUUUCUGGAUUUUCCCUAUUUCCCUUCAUAAUUUGGAAUGACCAAGAUUCUAGGAUAGAAAAGAGCUGCAGUUCUGAGCCCAAACUUGCUGAAUUGUAGGAAAAUUUACUUCCAUCCUUUCCCUGCUUUCUAGUUAUGCAUGUGCUUGUAGAACAAGAGUGGGGAAUGCAUGGCACUCUAGAUGAUCAACUCCAAUGCCCAUCAACCCCAUCCAAGAUAACCAAUAGUCUGACAUGAUGGGAAUUGUACUUCAGUAACAUUUGGAGGUGUGAAGGUUAACCAUCCCUGUUGCAAAGUAUUGUAGAUGCUAAAGAGUCUGUCAGUUCCACUUUAUUUAUUUGUUUUGGCUCUAUUACAACAACUUUUGUCUGGUUGAGCUGAUCAAACCUGAAUCACGUGUGUGGGCCAAUUGGUUUCAGAGUUAAUGCGAUAUGAGAUUUUGUUUUUCUUGGGUCUGGAAAUUAUUUUCACCUGCAAGUUACCUCACAGAAAGAUCUAUGUGAAGAGAAACAGAUAUACUUUGGGAUCUGAGGCAUAGUCAAAUCCAGUAUAUUAUAUACAGUGGUACCUUGGUUCUCAAACUUAAUCUGUUCCGGGAGUCUGUUCAACGUCUGAAACUGUUCGAAAACCAAGGCGCAGCUUCUGGUUGGCUGCAGGAGCUUCCUGCUCUCAAUCAGAAGCCAUGUUGGACGUUCGGCUGCCGAAAAACAUUCGCAAACCAGAACACUUACUUCCGGGUUUGCAGUGUUCAGGAGCAAAUUUGUUCGACAACUAAGCCAUUCGAGAACCAAGGUACCACUGUAUUAUAGCUUGUAUUAACCCUCAUAUGGCCCAGUCUUGUUAUAAUUGGCAACGACAUUGCAAAAACCCUGAAGGUGAGAGAAACACAACAAACUCUUGGUGAAAGCAUAUGAUCAGCUUUCGGCUUUUCUUUUUUGGGAUUCUCUGCUCUCUUUUCACAUGCUUGCUAUCUAGAGCAACAGUGAAACUUCUACCAUCUGUAAAACAAAUUGUAACUUUUAAAAGAUUUAUGGAUGGUAUGUUUCUUUUUCUGGAGUGUUUCAGAGUGCUCCGUCUCCUUCUGCAGCCUUCGGAUACGCUUAUUCUACUUCAGUCAUCUUCUUUCUACAGUAAAUUUCAAGCUAAGUACCCUAGGAGUUUCUGAGUGUUUGUUAAGUAGUGAUUUAUCAGAUUCUUCCCGUCUAGCUUUCCCCUGCUAUAAAGUGAGCAUUCAGUUCCCUAAUAAUUUUUUUUCUUUGCUUUGCUACUUUCCCCUCUAGCUUUUUUCUUUUAAGAAAGAAGAAAAUACUGAUAGGAAACAAAUGGGUAUGUAUCCAAAAGCAAUUUUAUCCUUUCUGGGAAGUACAGGACUAUCUUCAACAUUUUCUAUAGCUUGAACAGAUGGGAUUGGAUCACAGUAAAUGUUAGGGUUGUCAGCUUAAUUCCCCCUUGUCCUAUGGUUCCAGCACCACAGGGGCUCUUUAUAGAGUUAGCCUUGGUUUUUGUUUUGUUUUUCCAAUUUGUGUGCCUCAUUUUUGGGGAGGAGAAGCUAGCAAACAUUACCUGAUUUUAUUUCCUUUUAAUUUGUCUAUUUUUCCUUGGCAGUAAUUUUAUGUCUGAACUAGUAAUGAUUCAAUGCAGUUCACAUUUAAAUUUGAACCUGUCUAAUUCAUACUUGCCAAAAUAGUCCGUGAACUGAAUCACCACCAACCUUUAAAAUCCCAAUUUCUCUGAAUUUUGCAGUGUAGUUCUUCAGCCAAGUAGUGUGUAAAAAAAUGCAUAUACCAUGAUGAAGUGUGCAUAAAAAUGCAUAAGCUGGUGAAAAUAAUAUUAAAAGGCAUCAGAUCAGGGCAAAUGGCUUUGCCAGAAUAUGUAUAUUAGGCAAAAUUGCAGAUAUUGUGAAUAUUCAAACAAAUUUGCUGGUGAAUUUUAAUGAGGGCUUUAAAAAAAAAAUCUCAAACUGAUAUGGAGAACUAAAUUUAAGAUUGUAAAAAUGAGAAACUGAAAUUGACAGAUUCACCCCUCCCUAGUCAGAAGCAAUGUACUUUAAGCAAUGUGCUAUUGUUUUAAGAAGUAUAAAAUAAUUCUACACAGUCUCCCAAAGAUACAAAUAUUCUGUUUUCUAGUGUCAGAUAAAUCUUCUAGUUCAGCUCCCUGUUCAUGUUUAAUCCUUGUGUUUCAGAUGAAACUACAUGCAAUUAUGUCUGUUCCUUAGUAGAUUUUUAAAACAUUUCAGACAUCACCCAUGAUGUUAGGAAAGCAGAGUACUAAUAGACAGGGAAAUAGACAGCCAUGCAAUGGAGAAAAAAAGUCUCAACAGAAGGUUUAUUUUUUUAAAAAAAGUAUAGAUGAUUUUGUUGAUAUGGUUCUGAAAGUCAGAAUCAGAAAUAUUCUAAAGGUUCAGUCAAGGUGAAAGUGGAGUUCUUUGUUUAGCUAUAUAUAUAAUUUUACACACACACACACACACACACACACACACACACACAUAAUGUAUUACCCACCCUUCACCCAAGGUGGGUUACAGUGAUUGAGUCAAAUACAAAAUUGCAGUACAGGCGGCAACCAUUUUGUGCCAGGGUUCCCUUCCUGGCUACUGUGUGCAUUGGGAGGGCAUACAUAAGCCUGCCCCACCCCUUUCCACCCCCAUUGUGUCCUCUUCCUGAUCCAAAAGGGCCUGUGCAUUUGGUGGUACCAGAAUCCACAAUAAAUAGUAGUAGCAUAAAAGCAGCAUCACAUCAUUACAGCAUCACAUAACAAUACACUCCCUCAUCUCCUAAAGCCUGGGGAAUAAGCUACAUCUUUGCCUGCCAACAGAAGCUGAACAAUUUUGGAGGGGUGGGCAUUACGUAGCGUGAAGGUUACCACCGAGGAGGCCAUCUCACAUGCCCUAACUUAACCAUCUCAGAAGAUGUCACCCAGCAGACAUAAAGUCACAAUAGCAAAUAGGAUGUCAAUCCAAACCUGGGGGGGGGGGGCUGAUAACUUCCUGGUUAUUCAAUGAAAUAAUCCUGAGAAUCCUUCAGAAUAGUACUGGAAAAGAAAAGCCAUCUUUCUACCAUCCUUCACCACACAUCUGAUGGUAGGUUAACGAAUAAAAAACAAAACCCUUUCUUUCUAUUAUGAGGCAUAUGCUAAGUUGUGAAUGAUCUACUAGAUACACAGAUGAGAUUGGUCAGAAGCUUUUUUUAUAAUGCAAUUCUUAUAGUUCUGUCCCACAGCCAUACUUUGUCAGUACGACUUGUAAGUAUAUAAUUUAAUUAAGCCCCUUUUUAGAGUAUAGGCUACUUCUCAUAGCUUGAGGAACAUGCUUUUUAUCCAGGAAUAAUUAUUCGGUGCAAAACUGGCUUUUAAUAGUUCUGAAUUGUUAGUAGCUGCUAGGAAGAUUAUAUAGGCAGCAAAGGUUUAUAUGGAAAUCUAAGCACUCCUUUUUUGUCCUCUUUUUUUCAUGGCAAACAAUCUACCCAUAGAGAUCAGGAGGGAUGCACACUUAAACAUUCAGCUUGCCAUCUUGGUUCUGAAUCCAAUCAUUUCUGACUUUGCAUUUAGUAUUUUCCACAGGCAAGCUUAGGUGAGAUGGGUAGGGUCUCUUGUGACAUAUUAAUAUGAGCAUGUAAUACCUAAUGGAAUAGUGAAGUCUAUUAGGCUGUCAUCAUGUUGUGUUAUGUGUGAAGGCAUAUACAAAUUUUUAAAAGUAAAGUAGCUUUUAGCAAUGUAUAAUUCUGCUACUCUUCUCUGAAGGCAAUUUUUUUAACUCCCACAUUUGGUUAUGAGUUUUGGGUUAAUUCUUGAAUAAAAUAAAUCCUCGAAACAUGAUCAAACCUGGAUGCUGAAACAAGAGCCUUUCUUAGGAAAUAGUUUCUUUACCAUCAAAAGAGUUGAUAAUUUUUUCAGUAGGGGUCAUGACCCCUUUCUUCAGUUGUGGGUGCAUCACAUUUUCCCAUCAUUUAUAUGUUGCUGGAGAACUAAAUUUACCCCUCCACACACCCCAAACGUGUAUUCCAGGUGUGAAUUCUGUGUGGAAUGUGUCAAGAUGGUUUGGGAGUACACUUGUUAGUGUCAGAAAAAUGAUGUAACGUAUCAUACUAAUAACACAUUUAUUCUCAAGGCAUUUGAGAAACUUAUUAAGUCAACUAUUAUGGGCAUAAGGAGACAUACUUACAUAUUUAUGUGAUUUUUUUCCUCUCCCAAUGAAGCACAAGGAUCAAUCUUUGGAAGAGAAGGAACAAAAGAAUUAGAAGAUUCUCCCCACCCCCACCCCCACCCCAAAAAUGUGUUAAGCAUUUAGAAUUAGGAAAAGAACAGGAGGAAAAGGUACUGUUACUGAAUUGUGAAGGGCUGAAAAGUGUUUCUGGUGCUUUUUAAAAAAUGGAAGUGAAGUAAGAUUAGAAUGGAUGAUGUUGAAACUUAAAGGAAAGAGGCCCUAACUUAAUUAUCCCAGGUGCUGUGUGGGAACAUUUGAGAUUCUUCACCAGCAUCUCCAAGGGACUGCUGAGCAUAUGGCUCUCCACAUGGGGUCCUUCACAUUAAGUUUUAGAUGCUAAUUAUUUAGAUUAUAUAACUUUAAACAUUAAAAUUCAUUCUGCUUUCUUGUGUAACUACACCUCCUUAUAUGUGCUAUAUUUAAUUAAAAAUUAAAAAUAAAUUGGUGCCCGCUAAACCUGGUGGGGCUGCUAGAAUGUCAUGGUGUGGCUAAUGAGGUCACAGGGCAUGGCCAGGUUCUGGUUUUCUGCCAUACUUCUCCCCUUGGAAACAUACUGGGGACACUUAAGCACUGCAGUUUUGCAAAUAGUAACUUCCCCAGGUAAAAAAAAAAUUCUUUGGUUCCAAAGGGGACCUUGCUGUCACAGUUGCUUCUCUGAUUUGCGAAUAGACGUCCUGCCUCCAUCUGUUCUGUUUCCCCCCUCUGUCCUCCUUCUUUGCAAAGAAACAGUGGACAUUUAAACAUUGCAGUUUUAUUAAUACUUAGCACUUAACAGAGAUUUAGUCUUAUGCUCGCUCUAAUGAGUAUACAUGCAGUUAUGUCAUAAUUCCUCAGUAGUGAACAGAAACUUAUAUCUCUGCUCAUUUGGUAAUGCUCCCUCAAUCCUGUUUUAAACACACACACACACACACACACAUACACACGAGAGAGAGAGUGUUAGAGUUGCUGGAAACUCACAAUUUGUAGGCAGUAGAAAAGAUGUUAGACAUUUUAUCUGAAUAAAAUAUAUGAACCACCAGUGCUUGGAAUGUUCAUUUUAGAAAAGGAACAAAAUAGUUCACUUCCAAUUCAUGCAAUGCCCUUUUCCAUUCAUAAUAAUUGCUGCCUGCUACUCAGGGGUUAAAGGUUGCACUCCCCCAAUGCCAACCCUAAACCAUGCCAAGAACUCAAGUUAAAAAUAAAAAAGAACAGAAAACAUAUAUUUUAAAUGAACACCUGCAGUUGUAUUAAUGUGAUGGUUAAGAGUGUUGUACUUGGACCUGGAAGAGCAGGGUUCAAUUUUAUGCCCACUUAACUGAAUACAAUGGGACUUACUUCUAAGUAAGGUAUAAAUCAUCAUCAUCAUCAUCAUUAAAAUGAAUGGGAUUAUGUUAGUAACUGCAGCUAACCCAUGCCUCUUCAGUAUAGUUUACCACUACAUAUACAAGAGUAUAUCACUCCAGUAAAUAUUAGGUUCAGGACUAUUACAUUUUAUUUAAGUUAAAAUGUUAGAAAAAUGAUUCUCUCCCCCUCCCACACACCAUAGGAUCAGUUCUAAAUACUAUAGCAGCAAGUUCCACAAGCUUCUCCAGUACUCUGCUGCUGUGGGCACUCAGACAUUCACACAAAGUUUUAUAAAAGCAGGGAUUUGUUUAGCUCAGAAUUCCUCUCCCUUUUGGCCACCAGUCAAUACACCAUUCCACCUCUCCGCUCAAAGUGAGAUUGCAGCUGGAAGUGUGGGAGCAAGUGUGCCCUGCUAAUGCAGUCUGGGGCUGAGAAACAAGAUGAACAUCUAGUGUUCUUCAAAGUACUGAUAAUACUUUUUGUUCUAUUUGAAGCAAUUACGGUAAGUUAUUGCUGUUAUUUCUGAUGGGAGUUAACGAUCUUGCAUAUGCCUGCAUCAUAUUUUCAAAUACAUUAAAUAUAAAUAAAUAAACGAGGCCCAAUCCAGGUCACGGGAAAACUUUUUUUGUAGACACUUCUAUCCCUCAACCAUAAAAAGGCUCAGUUCAGCCCAUGAAGAAACAAGAUUCUCUCCUUCCCCCUUUAUGAUGCCAGCCAAAUCUCCUCUCCUUUCCCUGCCCCCCUAGCAUUAAAAAGGGUCCAGUACCACCCCUGAAUUAAUCAAAUUAUACACAACCGAACAUGCUUUUGGAGUCAUUUGCCACUAUUCCUGCCACUGAAAUGUAUAUCUCUAUGUCUAUAUCUGGCAGUGAUGAAACUGGAAGCUGAACAGUGAACUUGUUGGAUAGCCAUGCCGGGAUGGGGAGAUUGUGCUUCCUGUUGCUUUUUCCUGGUGCUUGCAAAAGGAGGGCAAAGUACCUCCACCUCAGAGAAGAGUCAUUAGCAGCUUGCAAAUGGAUGCAUCUAUUUGGCUCAGGUUGAUCGGAGUCCUGCUCUAGUGCUGUGAAACUUUCAGUGCAUUUCUGAGGGAAUCCUGACCAGCUAGAGUUUAUUCAAAGGGAAAUGAAAUAAAAAAUAGAGGUUCAGAGGGGUCCUCCACCCUCUGUAAGCCACCCAUACUGGAAUUGAUUAUUUCAAAAACUUGGUUUUUUACCCAUGGCGACAGGGUUGAAACCUUAGGGAUGAUUAUCAUCUCCAGAGAUGAUUGGCCAGCACAAGAGAGGACCAGAAACAGGUCUCUAAAUAUGAAGGAAUGUAUUGCAAAUGAAUGAAAGGAGCAUAGAAAGAGCCAUUCUAUAGCUUUAUGGGGAUUGAGUUUUAGUGUGGGGGGUUGCCCCACCUGCACUAAGUAACGGUUUUCCACUGUUUCUUACCAUUAAGGUGUUGUUAAUUGACCAAAUUACAAAGCAAGGAAAACGGGCGCAUUUAUAUUUACUCUUCUCAUCCGUUUUCUGUAGAAUAUCAGAAGUAUUGAGAGGAGGAGGAAUGUGUCCCUUGAGACGGAAGUACCUAAAACAUACAAUGCCUGUUUGGUUUUAAAAGAAACUGAAUUUAAAACUUCUUCUCUUUGAAGUUUACAUUUUUGUCUUGUAACAUCUUCUCUGUGAAGUUUACACAUAUUAGGUUGCAUCUAAUGUCAAAAUGUUUUUUGCCAGCAAGAGAAUGCAUAAGCAGCAAAUUGAUGUGCAGCAAAUUGUACAAUCUGUUGCACAAGAAGUUUCUGCUAGCACAGCUGUGGAGUCCAAUUCCUCCAUUGCCUAAGAUUAAAACCCACCUGUCUGCUACCAUAAGAGCCCUUGCCCUACAGGACAGAAAACUUUGGAUACAGCCUUUUAAAAACUGAGAUGGCAAAGCUGUGUGUGGAAUGCAUUUGCUUAAAUUUAAACAAGUGAAUAAUUUACUGCAUCAAACAUGAAAUGGGUUGGGGGAAAAAGACUCCUGCUGCAACAGUAGACAACUAAAGAAGUAAAACCAGUCUAGAUUUCUUGGAAAGCUGCAGAAGAAAUAAGGUCAGAAUAUUUAAUUAUAACCCAAUCAACCUUUCGUGAGCAGCGUGUCAGUUUUACUUUUGAGAAGCAAAUGAAACAUUUCUUUGUUUCUCAAGCACAGGCUUUUAAGACAGGAGGUGUUCUAUCAUUGUAUUAAGAGGAUAAAAAUGGAUUGUUUGAUCUUCUGAAUUUUAAUGUGUUGAAAAGAUUAUUGGGAAGAAAAUUGCAUUCUCUGAAGUGGCAGAAAUAUUAUUCAGAUAACAUUAAUUACAUGAUAGUUCCCCCCCCCUUUAAUAAUGGGUGUAUAUUCCAGUUUGGGUUUGUAACAAACAGAGUGGCUUUAAAGACUUGAGAAAUUUAUUUUUCUUUUAAAAAAAUCAUUACCAUGAGUAUAGCACUUAAACUUGCAUGAGUUCUUUAAUUAUUGUGGUGGUUAUGGUCCAUUGUGCAUUAUGUUGUGUGUGUUUGCUUUUUCUAGUGUGCUGUGGGUAUUAAACAUAAGAUCCUCACAUACUGCAAAAAAUUUAAAAGACAUGAUUUGAAAGGAAGUUUAUCUCCUAUCAUUAGGCUGUGUGCCUGAAGUGCAUAUUUUGUGUGAGUGUUUUGUCCUCAAAAGCACAAAUAAUAAUAUGGCACCACAGUAGUAAUUUAUCAAAACAUGGCAAAAAAAGGAAAGAACAGAGGAGCCUAUAUCAAACACCUUGAUCUCAAACAUAUUUAGCUUGGAAAUCCCAUUUUAUUUCAGUGAAACUUGCUUCCAAGUGUCUUGUGUCUACAUCAAGGCAACAAUAAAGAAAAAUGAGUUGACAUUUUUGCAUGUUUUAGCCACAAUUUGACAAACAAGUUUUCAGACCAGAAGCCAUCAGUGAUGUAAAUGUCACACAUUAUGUGGUCAGUACCAUUUCUCAGAAUCUGUGAUUUGCCUCUUUGUAACUUCCAGACAGCCUUCUCCAGCUGAGUGAACUGUGAUUCUACUGGCGUUAUCAAUUCAGGGAUUGAGGAUGAUUUAAGGGUGUGUGGUAGUGGGCGCAUUGUAGACAGUGAGGUUGGAGGGAAAUGAAAUGCAGAAAAGCGCAGAAAGUGAUAAUUGUAUAAUUGGCAAGUCACAAAACAGUUAUUGAUAUCCCAGGCAUGCAGGCAUCAGUAAGCCAAUGAACACACGCCGUGUCCUAAGCAAUCAAUCAGUCAAUCAAACAAACAAAAACCCACCAUUGACUCAGUUCAGUCCACAAAUGAUAGCACUGAACCUCUUCAUGUAUUAUAAUUCAGGGGUUUCAUGUUGCAGUCUCACUUGAAGUUUCUUUGCUCUAGGAUGUCAACUCCAAAGUCAAUUCAAAUGCUCCCACAGUGGCAUUUUGCCAUUUCUGAUAUUGGUCCAUUUAUUAUUUUGCAUAUUGAUUGCUAAUGGGACUUCUAGCCACCAGACUCUGUCACUCACCCACCAUAACUUCAGCUUUGAGAGGAACAUCAUCAGAUCAAGGGACACAGCAAUAGGCACUCACAUAAUUCAACAGUAGGCCAACAUCUUCAUGGUUCACUGUUAACUGUGUGGCUUAUCCCCAGACCAUGUUACCCAGUUCAGCCACAUUCAUCUGAUAAUACACACAAGCUUGACACCAUUAUAAAAGUGUUAGUUUUUGCUGUGCCCGCAAGACUGUUAUUUUAUUUUAUUAGGUGAAAUCCUGCUCAUUUAGAGGUUUAAUUUAAUAACAAUUCCGCUAGGCUUCAAGGUGCUAUUUUACUAGUCUUGUGAAAUCAUAUUAACACUUUUAUUUAACAGUUUACCUUCCAUUAUCAUUAUUGGAAAGCCUUUGUACAAAGCUUUUAGUAGUGUUACACUGUUUACACUGUUUACACUAAUUAUUAUAUUGCAAUGCCUCCCUUUUUAUGUGUGUGUCAACAUGCCCAAGAACUACAAGAUGUGCUAUUUAUUGGGGGUCUAAGUGAUACCGAGUCCUUUACUGUGAUUUGAUUUGAUUUGUUUUGUUUUUGCAAGACUUACUGGCACCAUAUAAUGUUACUGUGCAAAUUAAUUAAUGAAGGAAAGGGUACUUCAUCACUGGUAUUUUUUCUUCUCCUUGUAAUGCUUCCUGUAUUUAUAUACUGCAAUUGCACUGUGACAACUUUCUUUCUCUAUUUUCUAUUUAACUUUUCUUAUUUUUCUGUUUCUUUUGCAGCAAAUUUGCUGGAUAGAGUUUCUGCUCGCUGCUUGUUAAAUAUGUUCUUUUUUUCUGUCAAUUACCACAGGUUUAGUCCCUAUGAGUGGUAUAACCCACACCCUUGCAACCCCGACUCAGACGUGGUGGAAAACAAUUUUACCUUGCUAAAUAGUUUCUGGUUUGGAGUUGGAGCUCUCAUGCAGCAAGGUAUACGAUUCAGCCUGCUCUUUCCCCUGGGUGCCAUGUCCCACUUUUUGCUGGGGGUGACAGUUCUCUCUUUCUCUGGCACAAAUUGCUUGCAUGGGUGCCUCUGUGCAUGUAACCAUAAACCAGCUUUUAACAUUAAUACACCUAGGCAUUCUUGAAUCCCACUUUCUGAAAAAGAGUACCCAGCAAAAUAAGAGAAAUCCCAACCUCAAUAUUCUCAGGUCACUUCCUUCUAACCUGGAUAUAGGUACAUCUCACUGCCAUUAAUUGAUGCACUAGUCUGUAUUUUUCAAACAGUGACAUUUUUGCAAAGCAAGAGCUGAAAGCAUGAUUACCUCUUUACUAUUGUCUACUUUGGAUGUAGACCUUCAUUUUCCGUAUUCAGCGCUGAAAUGAGAUGCCAUUUAUUGCAUGGUUAAUAAAUGCCAUCCCAGUUUGCAAUAAUUGUUGCAACCAUGUUCUGUUUGAGAUUCCUUAAAUGCAAAUUAAUAAAGGCAAGGCAAACGUUGACGACGUAGCACAAUCUGUACGGUAUGUGCAAAGAAAUGCAUUUUAAAAGAUGGAUGCUAAAAUUAUAGGGAUGCUCAUCUGAGAACAGAUAAUAAUACAUCAACAGGGUAUUUAUUUAUUUAUUUUGGUUAUACAGUGCACUCCUCUUGUGCCUAUUUUGUUUAAUUUACAAGAGGGCAAUAUAAGUGGUAGUCCUAAACAAUAUAAUCUAUAGUAAAUUGUUAGUAGGUUCCCCUCUCCCCCAGUGUAAUACGACAUAUAUAAAAGGAGGGCAGUAUAAUGUUUGUCAUCUAAUUAACAUUACUUAUUUUAAAAUUCAUUGUUCUUCAUGCUAUCAUUGCUUGCCUUUAGUAGACUACACCCACAUUUCCAUGGAAUACCAAAAACAUUUCUCCCCUUCUUGAGCAUAUUUUUCAACAGAUAUUUUAAGAGAAGUUGACAGUUGCAGGAGAGUAUAUGUACACAUUUGGGUGCUAGAACCAGCAUUUAAUUUCGGCAACCAAAAGUACAGAAGGUGGACAUGUGUAUUUGGGUAUCUUGUGCAAGUGGGGGGGCAUUUAUUUUGAUUUCAUUUUAAAUAACAGCAUUUCCUUUUGGAAAAGUAAUUAAUGUACUUGACAGAAUGUCUUAGGAGACAUGUAGGAGUUAGGGCAUAUUGACAUAACUGCCCUGGAGCAGGAAGUUAGAACAACUUUAAUUAAACCUCUACCACGCUUGUAAACUGCUCUGGAUUCUUGUUGUUUUUGAAGUUAUUGAUACGUGGAGACCCACAAUAAAUAUAAUAUAGCAGUGGGCACAAUCCAGUCAGAGAGACGAAAUUGUAAUUUCCAUUUAUUUCAACAGAAAAGAGUUAAAUACACUCUUUCAUUCAAAUUAAAAAUGUUUAACUCUGGCUGGAUCUGACAUGUCCAGUGUGUUCUUUGCAGUCUGAACAUUUUAUUCUUAAACAUCCUUUCGUAUGAGUAAUACAAAAUGCACCAGCAUUUUAAAAGACAGAAACGACAAUCAGAUCAUGAUUUAGAAAAGCACUUGGCAAAUAGAUAAGCCAAAUAUAUUGCAUAGUGGUAAAUCUCAUGCCAUACUCCUGUAAAUAAAUAAUAGCCUAAAUAGAAAUAAAAUAAAUAUAUUUUAUGAAACAUAGGACUAUCUACAAACCAUACCACAAGGAGAGGACUAGGUUGAGAGGAAAGGAGUCCUGCACAUGCCCAAUAUCCACUAUAUUUCAUUCCUGGAAUGCAGUUGGUUUCAUCUAAAGAGAACUGAUCGCAUUUUUUGCUGUGGAGGUAGCAAGACAUAUAGGUUUGUAAUCUGCAAGAAAAGGCAAACAUACAGUGAAGGACCAAACAAACCAUGAACAAUGGGGCAUUCAUAAGAAAUGUUCAUGGGUCCCAAAGGUCCAUUAGAACAUAGUCUUCCUCCUCCUAUAAUUAUCUUCUUGCCUCUGAAAAAGAUUAGUGCAAAGAACCUUCAUUUGUUUGUUUCAGACAUAAUGUCAAACCAUAGCUUGGUGCAAGGUAAACUAUCUUGUGCUCAUUCACUUAUUUCUCCUUGCCUUCUUCCCUCACAGUCUCUGAUUUCAUUACUCACUUUCCAUUUAGUGGCAAAUUAGCAUUUAGUUACAUUUGAAUUGAACCAGGGGGAGAAAACACACACGAGCAAGACACUUCAUGCUUUAUAGCCCCAUUUUUAUAGGCUAGUGAAUUUGUGGCACUACUGGGGGUACAAUGUCAUGGGAAGCAGCCAUUUCCCUCAGCAGGAAACAGGAAGUCUCCUUAAGAGACAGGCUUGCAUUGUAUUGGGUUUAGUGUGGGAGAGGCAUAUAAAUUAUCCUACCUACCUGGUCUAAGCCGAUGGGGUAGUUCAGGUAAUAACCUCAAAUGAAAAGUUUCCCGACAAGGUGUAAUAAUUUUUGAAACACACUAAUAUCUGCAUCAUUAACACCCCCCUCCCCAAACACAUUUCCAUGAAUGCUGGAGGCUACAUGAUAGAGGAAUCUCAUUCAUUCCUUGCCCACACCUCUCUGCUCCCAGGAAAUUGUGGGAUAUAGUGCUGGACAUGACGUUACCUUGGGUACAUGACAGUCAGCCCCUAACCAGGCUCUGUUUCACAGGCUUUGGUGGCACUCUCUCUUAAUCCUUGGGUAAGAUAUGAACUUGUGGUAAUUGGGGCAACUAUGGCAAACAUUUCUACUGUUCUUUUCUCUCAAGUCUUGUUUGACUUUCCUAAGUGUCAAUUUUUUUGAGAAAGCAGUAAAAGCUGUUUGGCAGUAUUAGCAUUUUAGUGUCUUUUAAGUGUCUGACUGACAGGGCCUAGGAGCGACUACAUCAGAAAGGUACUUUUCUACUUUUUCCCUUGCAGAAUUCUAGGCAAAGUCUGGCGCUGGAGUUGGCUGUCAUGUCCAAGUCUGUCAGAGCUUUUUUUGUUUGAAACAGCAAGGGUAAGAUGAACUGCAGGGUAAGAUGGGCUGUUUUGGAUCGAAUAGUCCAGUUAUGAUACCACUUCUUUUUUCUUUUUCUUUCCCCCCCUUUCCUUUCCUUUCUUUUUCUGUUCUGUAAUUGAUGUUGAGUUUGGCAUAAGCUCCAUUCAUCGGAAGAUGUGUUACCUUGCUGGACCAGUUCCUUAACUGAUGCAAAAUAAACAGUAUAAUUAAUCAGGAAUAAAAUAGUCCAUCUUGCCUUCAUUCCAUUUUACCCAAGUAAAACAAAAAUGAAAAAAAAAAAUCCUUGCCAACUGAUUAAAAUUUCUAAUCCUUUAUCAUAAUGACACUAUGGAUAUAUUUCUUUUGAAACACCUUGUUGCAUAUAUGCCUUGCAACAUUCUUUUGCAUAUUGUGGAACAAAUGUAUAUGUAUAUAUAUAUAUAUAUUUGCCUUGCCAAUAUUAGUUAAGUAAAAUAUUCCGUUUUCCAUUUUUAAGAAUUUCAUGCAUGCCAAUUUACAAUUUUAUAUUUUUGCAAAUUAAGAAAAAAAUAUUACGGCUUCUAAUGAUGAAGCACAAAAGGAGGCUAUGUGCCUUCUAUACUAUUAUUAGGCUCUAAAUUAGCACUAAUCAUUAUGUACAUUACAAAUUAAUAUCUAAAGCCCCCCCUCUGUUUUUAGUGCCAUGAUCAGGCAACUCCAGCAAUGCACUUAUAGUCUGUCUUCAUAUAAUAUAGGUGUAAGAGUAAUAGUUCUACUGCUCUCUAGUAAAUGAAAUGUGUAGCUUGACCACCCCAUUUAUCUUAAGCUGUGGGGCUAACUAUAGAGAUGGGAGAUGUUUCAUUUUACCAUUGGCUUGCUACAUAUAGAUUCAUUAUGGUGAAUUUUCUUUUUUAAGGUGGCAACAUUUUCAGGUUUGUAGCAUCCUCUUUGUAUCAGAGUUUCUCUGAUACAUUUUUCCUGAUUCCUUGGGGCAACAGCUUAUUUGUUACAGAAGUCAAAACAUUUUAUGAGCUGCCAGAUUAGUGGUUCAUAAAUGCUUUGAAGAGCUGCUGCAAGAUUUUACUGGGAGGCUCAGGACUGCUGUUUGUUUUUAGUUCUCUUUGAACAGCUUAAGUGUCUUCUCUUUCUCAUUUUAUUUUUUCAUUGUCACUUGAUUUAAAGCUCAUUAAAAAUAAUAAUCUGGUUAUGCACUAGAUCACGGCCAAAUAUUGAUUUGGACCUCCCAUUGCUAUAUUUUUGGGUCCCAUAAAUGCUUGAUUUGCCUAAAGCUUUUUUACCCUCCCUUUUGAGUGGAAUUUGGUUUUAUUUUCAAUUUCAGUUCUGCGUCUGUAUAAGCAAAAUGUAUGCCUGUCACUUUAUUUAUUUUUGCUCCGUGAUUCCAUUCUCACCGCUGUGACGAAAGCAAACAAACUCAAAAUAACUGAAUUCUAACAAUGAGAAACACAAUGUUUAUGCACUGGAUUCAUCUUUUCCCCCCUGAUUUUCGUUAGGUUCCGAGCUCAUGCCCAAAGCCCUCUCCACCAGGAUAG